CCUCGCUUGCAGUACCCGCGGCCGGCGCUCAGGGGUCGCUGUUCUGCGCUCUCUGCCCUCCUCUCACCAGCACCAGGAGCAGCAGCGGCCGCCGCGCAGGGCCUGGGAAUCUUUUUGUCUGUGAGGCGGAGUGAGGAGCGGGGAUUCCGCGGCCGCCGCAGCCAGCAGCCCCCCGCGCGGGUACCGGACUGAGGGGGCAUCGGGGGGGGGGGAAGGGAGGGAAACCCCCCGGAGCAGGGCCCGCCGCGGCCGCCAUCACGGGCACCGUCACCCACGGACACCGCACGGAGCCGCCGCCGGCACAAGGCACUCCACACAAAGGGGAGACGAGGAGCCCGGGCCGGCAGCAGCAUGCUCCCUGACACGGGACCGGGACACUGACACCGAGCCGCACCGAGACCCCCGCCACCGGACAGGCCGCACCGAGACCACCACCGCCGGCACCGAGACCACCACCGAGGCUCACACCGCGGCCAACCGGACCCCCGGCACCUCCUGUGCGCUCCAUGAGCGGGCGGCCGGCCCUCCUGUAAGGAGCCCGAGCACUAACCGGUUAUCUGAGGACACCCUCCCCCUCCCUCCCCCCUCAUCCUAACCCCGGACCAUGGCUAACCCCACCGCCAAAACCGAGCCCGAGCACCGGAGGAAGGGGCUGGCUUUCCUGGACGAGCUGCGGCAGUUCCAUGAGAGCAGAGGGUGAGCUUCCUCGGGACUGGGGGGAGGGAGGGAGCGGGUCCGAACCGGGUCAUUGUACAGACAGGGGGACCGAACCGGGUCAUUAUACAGACUGGGGCUCCGAACCGGGUCAUUAUACAGACUGGGGGACCGAACCGGGUCAUUAUACAGACUGGGGGACCGAACCGGGUCAUUGUACAGACAGGGGGACCGAACCGGGUCAUUGUACAGACUGGGGGACCGAACCGGGUCAUUAUAGAGACAGGGGGACCGAACCGGGUCAUUGUACAGACAGGGGGACCGAACCGGGUCAUUAUAGAGACUGGGGGACCGAACCGGGUCAUUGUACAGACACACCAGCCUGCUGAUCCCAUUAACCUCUCCCAGUUAUCAGCUAUCCCAAUAACACAAAAUAACACAAAUACUACAUUAAUUGGGGACACACUUUCCUUUAAUUAUAUAUAUAGAAUAUAUUAUAGCCUAUACAUACUGUAUGCAUAAUGUGAUUGUAUAAAUAUUUGGAUACACAUGCUGUACUGGAGCAGAAUCAUAACACAUUGUGCUCUCAGGUUCAUGUGGAUCUUAUUUACAAAUAUUUAAAUAGUUAGAGACAGAGAGGGGGGGGGAUCUUAGUUCCCAACCUGGGAAGUUGAUGAUGUUUUUGUGGUAGUACUUGUUACAUGAGGCAGAAAGAAGAUGCUUUGCCUGCAUCACUUGAAAGUUAUUUGUUUAUACUCUUAGCACUGCCUCUCAGUUGGAUACUAAGUUUUGCCGGGUGAAUUGGGUUUCCAGGCAUUGUGGGAAGGUCUGGUCAUUUAUUUUUAAUCCAAUGCCUUGUGUAGUUUUUGGGUUACCCAUAUUUACAAUAAGUACCACACACACAUCACAGGCUAUAUAUUUUGCUCCUGUGCUGGGAGGCUGUUGCAUACUGAAAAAUAUAUAAACAGUUAUUGUCAAAGGCAAAAUGAUACUGAUGUGUAAAUUUGUUAUAAUUUAGUACAGAACCAAUAUAAUAUCCAGGUCUAAUAUUGUAUUUGUUGUGGUCAGUUGUUUUAAAGCGCAACACUUAGGUCACUUUUUUCUGAUUACCUAAUUGAAAAGGUCCUGUGAUCAUCUGAUAUAUGUAUGUUUAUAUUGGCAUAGGAGAUGCCUUUUAUUUAAAUACAUUUCUUGCUGGUCCAGGGUGGACCAGAGGAUGCAUUUUUAAAUAAAAAUGUCUGUUAUGCCUGAUAAAUAUUCAAGACCAUUAGACAGGCCCACGUGUUUUAGUUUGGCUUUUUGAUAUCUCCCUGCACAGUUUGGUUAUGUUUUUAUUUUUUCAUGUUCUUGUAUGAUAUGGAUGUGAGGUACAGUUUGGACAGUGCACUGUGGAAUAAUUCUUCCAGAUUCUAAAUAACCCCACACUUCCUCAAUUCUGGAAAAUGUGAGAAGUAUCUUGAUGGAUAUUGAGUCAGAUGAUAUUGGUCAAUUUCAGCAUCUACCCACGGCCUGAAGGGGCUUUAGUGUCCUGAAAAGUUGCAUUACUAUUUAUCUUUCCUAAUUUAGCAUUAACAGGUGUUAUUGGUGCCUUGUAGUAAGGUAGAGGGAAGUUAAGAUAGGUGCAGUAGUUAUAGAGCUAUAAUAGCGUUUACCAUAUAUUGGAUUAUACCAGAAUAGGUGAUCACUGCCCAUAGAAUUUACAGUCUGGGAAGUGGAGGCGAACACGGGCAACACGUCGUUAGGCGACUUUUGGUUUUCGGACGCUGGACGUCCUCAUGCUGUGUGUCACCCAAAACCCUAUAAGAAAGCAUUGUAUAAUGCCUUCCUAUGGGGGGAACUACUAAUGCGAGAGCAACCAUUGGUGCGCAUGGGCAUGAGAUCUCCACCGCCAAUGUCAAGAGCAGAGGCGGAACCGCAGCCAGCGCCAAAUGACAUCAGAGCUGGACUCGAGUAAGUGACAGAAGAGGUUUUUAACCUCAGACCAAUGUCUUAGAGGACACUAUAGGGAGUUAUGGUGCCAAGAAAACAACUUUGUUUUCCUGGCAUCUUAGUUUCCCUUUAAUGGUAACUUCUGUAGAUGAACCACUUGAAAAUAUUCAACAGAUUGUGAACAUUUGAAAGGCUUAUCCAAAAAUGUUGCAUCAAGAGGAAGGAUAAGACUUCUGAUCUAGAUGCAGUAGUGUUGGAUAUAUGUGCAGGUAAAAAGAGAGCAGUGAAAGAAAAGCUAUUCUUUUUUGUAAGUAAAUAAAUCCACAAUAGUAUUUUAGUAUUGUUGGAAAAGUGCUCUUCUAGAGGAAAAAUACAUGUCUGAGCUAAUCAAGUUCAUGGUGGGCAUACAAAUCUGGUUUUGGUGGUGAUUCACAGCAUUCCAGAUGGUUAUCUAUUCAUUGAUUUACAAUAACUUUGAAGGAGGUCACAAGAUACAGUUUUGUUUUAUGUUGUAGCAUCCCGGUACUCAACUGGGUACCUCAAGGGAUGCUGGUUGCACCUUACAGCCUCCCAACUCGUAGAAUGUUUUUCUACACCAGCCUCACUAUAGAGAGGGAGUUUGUAGUAUGCACCUCCGGUGUCCGCGGAUUCAUGUCACCUCUCUUGCGGUCCUAGCUCAGAGUGCUGCCACUGUGUUACUAUGGCCAUGCUCUGACUCCUUAACUGAACGCUGGGAUGGAAAGGUGCUGACUGUGAUCUGCACCAAUUGAGAGACUAUAGCCCCUAUUAAGGGUUUAAAUGGAAACUACCUCACUGAAACACUAGGCAUGACUGACCUCAGCCACGGAUUUAUAUUUUUUUGCGGGAAAUAAAUGUCAGCUUCACUGAUUGAUCCACUAGGAAGAGAAGGUAGAGGUAAGGUAGGCAACACAUUUUUAUUCUUAUAUAAAGAACGUGCAAAGUCCCCCCCACACAAAUACACACAGCCUUUCCUCUGACAUAAUCCACACACAAAGUAUACACCGGACACAGCCUUUUCACUCACAUAGCACAGGAUGAAAACAGGGGAAAUAAACAAAAGUUUGAUAAUAGAGACAAGUGCAAUGUGAGUCAGAAAGACACUGUAAGAAAGAAGAGUCACAGACAAAGAGAGAAACUAGCAAGGUGAAAAGAGUUAAGAGAUUUAGGACAUAGGCAAAUAUGAUUUCUGACUAGAAUGGCAAAAAUAUUUGCUCUGGCCCUCACACGGGAUUUUUUUUUAUCAGACAUACAGUAAGACAUACUGUUGUAGCAUAUGGUAAUAAAUUAUACUUUUCCUAGUUGUCAAGGCCGUAAAGCCAUUUAGUUUAAAAUAUUUUUUAGGUUUUUGUUUCUGGCAAAUUAUUCUCUCUGCAAUGCGAGCUGCUGUUUCCUGAGUAAUCUACAGACUGCAGUUAGCCUGUCUGUUAGGAAUACUAUCAGCAGCCUGAUGAGCACUGUUUUGGGGAAGGAUAGUGACACUUUGCAAAAGUACCAGAUAGAAACUAUAAUACCUGUAAAAGGCUACCUGUAAACUAACUUUACAGAAUAAAGUGUAAUAAUACAUGCCACAACAUAACAAAAGUUAGUUUUUUUAAAGAUGGUUUAUUCAUUUUUAAAUGUACUCUGUCAUACACUACAUUUGCGAGUUACAUUUGAAUCUGAAAAAAAAUGUCCCUUAUACAUUUUAUUCGCAGAUAUACAUUUAGAUUAUAUCUGGUUUACUCCAACAGGGAUAUUACUAAAGUGAGAAUUGCCAGGAAUUCAAAGUGAAUUUCAAAUUUAAAGUGUUACUCCAACCACCAUGACUACUUCUGCUAUUUGACGUGGUCAUGAUAGUAAGAGUCUAGAUGUGUAGUGUUUCAACUCGGUACAUGUGGGUUAGGCAGCCCAAAACGCUGUCAAUUCUGUGCAUAAAUUACAUCUGUGGUCAAUCGGAUCAGAUUGCUCAGUAUUGCUUCAGACCUCUGGAAGAGAGGAAAACGUUCGAAAGCUUGUCUUUGAAGUAUUAUGUUAGUCCAAUAAAAAACGUUAUUGCAUACUGCAAUACUCUGGUAUUUUGGCAUUUUUAAUUUAUUAUAUCAUUAAUAAAGCUAUGCAUCUUAUGCCAUAAGUGCUUUACAAUGCAUAGAUGAUGCAAGUAAACAUUACAAAUUUAAAGGAACACUUUCUCUUAAUGAAGCUGUUACGGUGCCUGGAGGUUCUUAGUGCCAUCUUACAUCAAUGGGUUAUACAGUUUAAACAACUGUUUAACCCCAAUGUUGUGUAGAUGGUGCCCAUCUGCUCUGCCCUCUAUCUUCUGGCAAAGUACUCGGAUUUAUUAAGGAAGUGCCAAACUGAACAUCAGCGAUAGGAUGAAAGCAUCCGCGGAUACUCCCAGGUUAUCACUAGCUUACUGUUGAUAAAAAUUAUUUUAAAAAAAUGUAUCAGCCAUAAGACUUGCCCCCUGGAGGGGUAAUAUCAUAGGUGGUAGUUUACUUGCUUAUUUGCUUAGCACACCACUCACUUGUGUGGUCUGCAGCUUGGGAGUUUUUUGUACAGAGUCAGUUUAAAAAAAAGACUGAAAAAUAGAUCUAUAGUUGGGUGAUAAACUUCAUAUCAAACAAACUGCUAUUCAGGAAGGGAUAAAAAAGCCCCACAGACAAAGAGAGACUCCCGAUUGAUGGAUCCUCUUCAUGUACAGGGGAGGCUCUGCCAGCUGCUGCACUUGAAUUUAACUUUUUUUUAACACCCUUAUAAAUUGCCUUCAAAGCCAUAGAGUUACUUUCUGCAUAUUGUAUUUCUUUAAAUUGGCGUUUUAUGAAACUAACUCUAGCUUGCUGUUGUGUUUAUAGUGCUCCCCUACUUCAAUGUCAGACUCUUUAGUAAUAAUUUCACAUAUGCCAGGUCUCUUACCAACACAUGGAGAAUUCCCCUUGAUAUGAAUAAACACUUGGCAUUAUCAUUGUCAAUUUCAUUGAGCUUGGACAGCAUUGAUUGAGUGAGAGGGAUGAGGCUAGUUCAUUCAGUGCUGUCAGCCAGUUGCUGUUGUGGCAGCAUUACUUUGAUCUGAUCAGUGUGGCUAAGUAGGUUGAAGACUCCAUGCACCAGGACCCUGGUUUACAUCAAGUGUAAUGCCACUGCAGUGUCCAUUCAAGUAUACUGGACAAAAGUUCUGCUCAGACAAUAUUGUCUCUAUUCCCUAAUAAUCCUAAUAUUACCCAUUGUACAGGGCUAUAUAAAUAAUAAAAUAAUUACCCACGUUCAGAAACAUUUGUACAUACUGCUUAAAGGAACACUGUAUGCAACAAUUUCAACUAAUGGAAUUGAUUAUAACCCCUGCAGUCUCCUGGCACUGUCCCUCCAUUGAGUAUUAAACAACUUUUAAGCAGUUUCAUUAAAAAGGGGCCCUGGCUUCCCAAACCCCUGCCUCUACUGGAGGUGUGGCUAGGGCAGAGAUUGCAUACCUUGAAUGAGAACUGUGAUAGGCUGAAAGUGGUCAGCUGACAUUCUCAGCCAUGUUCAUUGCUGCUCAGGCUGAUGAUUUCUGAGGGACCUUUCAUAUAACAUUAAAAAUGGUUUAACACACAGUAGUGACUUUAAUCAGAAGAAGCAGCUACAGUGUCCAUUUAAGGAAUUGUGGUAGGCUAAAUUAUUUUAACCCAGCUUGUUUAAACACUAAGUGGCUUUCUUGUAGUUGGUUAUAGUGGUAUACUUGUUAACCUGUAAAGAGCUGGGGCACAGACUAAGUAAAAAAUCCUCCAAUAUAGCACUGUUUCUGUAUAAAUGAAAGUUGAUUUUAAUGUCCAUGCUUAAAGGACCACUAUAGUGCCAGGAAAACAUACUAUAGGCUCUGGAAAGGGGAAAAACUUACCUUUUUCCAGCGCUGGGCGGGGAGCUCUCUGCCUCCGAUCCUCCUCCGUUCCUCCCCGUCGGCUGAAUGCGCACGCGCGGCAAAAGCUGCGCGCGCAUUUAGGCGGUCGCAUAGGAAAGCAUUAUCAAUGCUUUCCUAUGGACGCUUGCGUGCUCUCACUGUGAUUUUCAGUGAGAAUCACGCAAGCGCCUCUAGCGGCUGUCAAUGAGACAGCCACUAGAGGAUUUGGGGGAAGGCUUAACCCAUUCAUAAACAUAGCAGUUUCUCUGAAAACUGCUAUGUUUAUAAAAAAAAAAAAAAAUGGGUUAACCCUAGCUGGACCUGGCACCCAGACCACUUCAUUAAGCUGAAGUUGUGUGGGUGCCUAGAGUGGUCCUUUAACAUUUUUUUUAGCCAUCUUCCAGGCUCAGUAAUGCCAGUUUUAGCAUCUCUACACCAAGCUGGUUCAAUGUGUUACUGUGCAUCACAUUGACUCAGAUUAUUUUAAACUCUUGGUAAACUUUAAAUGUUGGUCAUUUAUGUAAGAAAUUAUUUGCUUUUAUCAUAUUUACUAGUGCAUUACAAUUUGCAAUAUGUAGGCCUUAAACUGCCAAUAUGAAGAAAACCAAAACAUUCUUUAGCUUCUGGUAAUUAUUGCAAAAAGUUCAUCACACUUCUUACUUUAGUAGAGAGAUCCUAAUAUUUACAAAUCAGCAUCAGUCUCUCUAGAUAUUUAGUUUUCUAUCACAUUAAUGUGUUGGUUUUUUUUUUAAUAAUAAAAUGAGUUGAGUUGGUAAUCAAAUAGCAAAAUGCUACAAGAAAAAUAUAUGGGGUUUAAUCCUUAAACCUGCAACUAUUAAAUUUUAGCUCAAACAUACUUUUAUUGGAAUAAUUCAUCAUGUUUCUUUAUUACCUGUUGGUCCAUAAUGGUCUACCUUGUGGUAAAUAAAUCUUGCAUCUCCAUCUCUGCCACUUGGAUAUUUUAAACUACAUUUUAUACUUAGGGAUGCAUGGAGAGAUUUAUUUAGUAAGCAAUGAGUGACCUGACAGACAACAAUGUUGGCAACCUGGAGUUUUAUCCUCAUUCAUAGAGGCAAUGUGCUCAAUUUAAUAUAGUUUAACUAAAUGACAUGCUGUAUUCCCUAUACAUGUAAAUGUGUAGCAGCCUCUCUGUUAUGGUGGGAUUGAGUGUGACCCCAAUAGGCCCUCUCGCCCUCUGUUAUUGUUGGGUCCCCCAGCAGGCCCUCUGUUAUUGUUGGGUCUCCCAGCAGGCCCUCUCGCCCUCUGUUAUUGUAGGGUUCCUCUACCUCUCUCACCCUCUGUUAUUGUUGGGUCUCCCAGCAGGCCCUCUCACCCUCUGUUAUUGUAGGAUCCCCCAGCAAGCCCUCUCACCCUGUGUUAUUGUAGGGUUCCUCUACACCGCUCACCCUCUCUUAUUGUAGGGUCCCCCAGCAGGCCAUCUCGCCCUCUGAUAUUGUAGGGUACCUCAGCAGGCCAUCUCGCCCUCUGUUAUUGUAGGGUCCCUCAGCAGGCCAUCUCGCCCUCUGAUAUUGUAGGGUCCCUCAGCAGGCCAUCUCGCCCUCUGAUAUUGUAGGGUCCCCCAGCAGGCCAUCUCGCCCUCUGUUAUUGUAGGGUCCCCCAGCAGGCCAUCUCGCCCUCUGUUAUUGUAGGGUCCCCCAGCAGGCCAUCUCGCCCUCUGUUAUUGUAGGGUCCACCAGCAGGCCCUUUCGCCCUCUGUUAUUGUAGGGUCCCCCAGCAGGCCCCUUCGCCCUCUGUUAUUGUUGGGUCCCCCAGCAGGCCCUCUCGCCCUCUGUUAUUGUUGGGACUCCCAGCAGGCCCUCUCGCCCUCUGUUAUUGUUGGGACUCCCAGCAGGCCCUCUCGCCCUCUUUUAUUGUUGGGACUCCCAGCAGGCCCUCUCGCCCUCUUUUAUUGUUGUCUCUCUCAGCAGGCUCUCUCGCCCUCUGUUAUUGUAGGGUUCCUCUACCUCUCUCACCCUCUGUUAUUGUUGGGUCUCCCAGCAGGCCAUCUCGCCCUCUGUUAUUGUAUGGUCCCCCCAGCAAGCCCUAUCACCCUGUGUUAUUGUAGGGUUCCUCUACACCUCUCACCCUCUCUUAUUGUUGGGUCUCCCAGCAGGCCCCCUCGCCCUUUGUUAUUGUUGGGUCUCCCAGCAGGCCCCCUCGCCUUCUGUUAUUGUAGGGUCCCCCAGCAAGCCCUAUCACCCUGUGUUAUUGUAGGGUCCCCCAGCAGGCUCUCUCUCCCUCUGUUAUUGUAGGGCCCCCCAGCAAGCCCUCUGUUAUGGUAGGGUUCCUCUAGGUCUCCCAGCAGGCCAUCUCGCCCUCUAUUAUUGUUGGGUCUCACCCUCUGUUUUUGUAGGGCCCCCCAGCAAGCCCUCUCACCCUGUGUUAUUGUAGGGUUCAUCUACCUCUCUCACCCUCUGUUAUUGUUGGGUCCCCUGCAGGUCCCGGUUCAAGAAGAUCCCUGCAGUUGGCGGCAGCGAGUUGGACUUGCACUCUCUUUACACGAGAGUCACCACUUUGGGAGGAUUUGCUAAGGUGAGAUGGUGUGUUUAUAUAUCAUAAAACCAGUUAGUAAGCCUCAUGUUCGAUGGAAAUGACCUUUUACCAUUUCAAUGCUGUUUUGCCUUAAUGUCAGUGUUAACUGUGUUGGUAAAUACUGCUGUAAGUGCACUGGGUUAUUAUUUACAUACAGUCUGUCUGAUAUCAUUUAUACUGUAUUUGUGUUCUCUGAUAUGUAUACUGUAUAGGUGGUGUGUGUAUAUGUAUGUCUAUAUAAACUGUAUUUGUGCUCUGUUUGAUAUCAUGUAAACUGUAUUUGUGUUCUCUGAUAUAUCAUGCAUACUGUAGUUGUGUUCUCUGAUAUAUCAUGCAUACUGUAUUUGUGGUCUCUGAUAACAUGUAUACUGUAUUUGUGCUGUCUCUGCCAUCGAUGGCCCUUACUGUAGAUCUGUAGCCUGUUUCCCAGUUUAAGAUACUCCAUGCUUUCCAGGCCUAAACACGACCCGUGGGAAGGCCCCUGGCUGUUUGGGGGGGUCCCUGUCUGGCCGCUAGUUGGUGGGGGGUGGAUUGCUACUGCUGUAUAAGGUGUAAUGGCUUAUGUGGAUGGGGGUGAGAAUGUGUGAUCGGUAGGGUGGGGGAAUACACGAUGCCCCCCUUCCCCGGGAUCAUGGGCCGUUCUAAAUCCUUGCCUCCGUGUACUGGCCGCCCGGCAAUAGCAGAUGCUUUACGAACACUGAGCACUUUCCCUGCAAGUCAAAAUUAGCGGGCCAUGUCUGCACAUGGGGAUCAGCCCCAAAUGCACGGAGACCAGCUAACCCCCUGCCCCCUCUUUCCCUGGGAUCGCUGACAGAGUAGGGAAUAACAAAUCGGCCCAGACGGUGUAUCAAAAGCCAUCAUGGGUCGGAAAGGUGGGUAGAGAAUAGAGGAAGAUGUUAAAACCCGCCGGUGAUUAUUGUUACAAUGUUACACGGGCGGGAGUGCGCUCCCCGUGCUGCCCCCUCCCCCCGGCGCUUCCCUCCCUCCCUCUCACUCUCAGUGCUAGGGAGAGAUAUGCUGUGAGCUCUCACUGUACUGAGCUGGGACUGAGAGACAGCGCUCUACACGGCAUUAUGAACAUACACAUCGAGCUUUCUAUUCACUCAAGUUGAGAUAUGCUUUUCCCCCACUAAUUCUGUAUGCAAAGCUGUUUGUUUCCUACCUGAUAUAAUUGCAAUCUUUCAGACUGGACCUUUCAAAACUGUUUUUUUCCUCUAACUCUGUCAUAUUAUUAUUGUUCUAUAUCCUUUACUGUUAGGUGAUGUGAUUAAGUAAAUAAUACAUGUGUGUGAACUGCAGUUUUUAUUUAUUUUGUGUGGUUGCAAGGUGUCGGAAAAGAAUCAGUGGGGUGAAAUAGUGGAAGAAUUUCAUUUCCCAAGAGGAUGCGCAAAUGCUGCCUUUGCUUUAAAACAGUAUUACCUACGGUAAGUGCAACUAUUUUGUUCUUUGCUAAACCGUGACAAUUUGUGCUUCAUUUUUGUUGGUCAUCUGCUUCAUGUUAGAUAUCAUGCCUUGCAGCGUUCUGUUUAUGCCUUUAGGCCAUUGGACAAUGUAGUUUGUUUUAAUUCUGGUAACAUGUUUAUCUCUAUGGAGUUAAUGGAGUUUUGAUGUAUAUUAAGGUUUGCUAUUUUAAAUAUAUUUUUUUUCUUCUAUUCUGGAUUUUUGUCUUUCGUUACAUUUGCUUAUCUUAUGACACAAGGUAUGUGCAAAAAAAUAAUAAACUACAAAAUAAUCUGUGUACACACACAUGUACACACACUUUAGUUACAAAUUGGUGAAAUUAAAAAAAAUAAAAAAUAAAAAUGUAAUAUAAUAACGCAAAAACCCCAGUGUUUGUAGAAUUGUAUAAUUUGUUAUGCAUGUCUUUAUAUUAACUAUCUCCUUGCCAUUUUGAUGUUACGGUUAUUAAUGCUUGUGAAACACAAUUCACCCAAGACCGUUGCCAAGUACCGGUAUGUGUUUUGCCUGUUAUGAUUUCUUGUGUGCGCAUCUAUUUAGAAACCAUGAAUAGCAUUUAUAAUUAAACAUCAUUAGUGAAGUAUGAUCUUCCUGCCUACUUUGCUUAUUUGUUUGCACUGAGUUUGUCAUACACACUAUUUUGUUAAAGCCUGUAUUACUGGCUAGGGAGGUUCGAUAAUUUCUCAAAUAUACCUGUCAUUGGCUGUCGUGGAUUGACUUAAUUUGAAAUUAUAGUUUAAUAAACCACAUGACCAGGAUGCUUCUGAAUACUCUCAUGUUACUCACCACUGUAAAGGAAGGGAGCAUUUAAUACAUAUUUUAUUUACACACAGUAUGUUUUACAAGGAAAAAAAGUAGUUUUGGUUGUCUUAUGUAACAGUUUGGGAAUUUAGUGCACUGUAAAGGCAAGACAGACGUUGGUAACUUGGCAUUUUUUCUUUGCAAUAUAGUUAUGUUAAUCAGGGAUUACUUUGAGGAAGGGAAGAAAAUUAAUGGAAUCAACUGCUUAGCAUUCCUCAACUUUGUCACUCCAUAAAUCAUUUUUGUCCCUUUUCAUACUGAAAUUUUGUAAAGUUUUAUUCUGGUGAUCAACGUUUGCAAGCUCACUUUAUUGGAUUAUCUUCAUUCCUCUUCAUAGUCCUUUUAAAGCGACGCUGUCAUGGCCGAAUCCUGUGUUUUUUGUUUUUUUUUUGUUUGUUUUUAUAACCACCAUCCAGGCUCCACUACAUCUAAUUGGCCCCCUAGUCAACCCCAAAUGCCCCUAAGCCUCCCAUAUAGGCUAUUUUUUUAAUCUUUAUUUUCUGCCUGGACCUAGGUCCUGGGCGCUGCCAUCUUUGUGUGUGCAGAUGAAGUUCCUGUGGGACACGUCAUCCGCCCCCACUGGAUAUUGCUGUGAAAUUCCUGCACAUGCCCAGUUAAACACUUGGGCAUUCAAAUGGGAAUUUAAUCUAUUCAUUUGUCAGAAAGACGAAUAAAUGAGUAGAAAUUUAAAACGACUGAACGAAGACCUUGUCGUUCGUUUGGUUUAUUACAAGAAGGGAGCUACUUAGCCACUUCUUAAGCCCCUCAUGUCCUCCUUCACUCUGUUGGGGUCAAUAUGAACUCCAUAAUAGCAUAAGGGAGAUUAAAAUCUUCUGAAGGCCCCUACUCUCUACAUGCCCCUACUUGCUGUGAGUAGGAGCGUGUCUACUAAACAGUGAGCACCCGUGACCCGUUUAGUUGCAUAGCCCCAACUCGCGGGGCAUGGGUGGGGACUCUGGGUACACACACCAUGUCCCCCCCACUAUUUAAUAUAUGCCCCAGCAGAUUAUCAUUUUUUGGAGAGCAACAGGCACUGUUUAUUAGACAUGCCCCUACUUGCGAUAUAGUGAGUAGGGGCAGAUUAUUUACUAAUACUAAGUAAUCUUUACUUGGUAUUGGUAAAAAUGGCUGAAAGGCCAAUCUUGGUCUUUCAGUCUUUUGGUAGAUUGCUCCCUGAUACCGUGGGAAUUAGGGAGCAAUCUACUUAGCAGCUGCAAGAUGCAACCACGAUCGGAUCAGAAUUCAUUCGAAUGAAAUGUCGAACCGGACAUAAGUCCCGAAUUUCAUCUCCGUAUGAAUGGACCAACUGCUCUCAUUCUAAUAGGGUGAAAUUCGGUAGUUUUGCCAGCCCAAUUGACAGUUGGGCUUUGACUGUCGGUGGCAUCUGCAAUCAGACCUGUUCAAUUUGCAUUUUAAUUAAGAACUGCUUUUUUUUUUUUUUUUUUUUUUAGCAAUUUACACUAUGAGCAAUACAUCUGUAUUCCUUACUAAUUUCUAUAAACAUAAGGUAAUCCAUGCCUACUGGAUAUGUAACUGGCAUUUUCCUAUAUUUAUUUCCUUUAAAAUGAGAAUCAAUUUGCAGGUCACAUGUUUGCAAGUUAGUAAAUCUAAUGCCUGGAAGGUGGAGGUAAAACUUUAGUUGAUUUUCUCUGCUGGCAUAUAAAUUAUGUAUUAGAAGUUUGCCAUUAAUAAACAUUUGUAGCACCUGUUAAAUUACAGUGUAAAAUCAGGUUUACAAAUAGACAAUACACACAUAAAACAUGACAUAUAAUAGUAAUGUAUUUUUUCAUGAGAACAUAAAUAACUCCUAUUAUUUAUCAAGACCAUAUAGAGUAGUAAUGUUUUAUCCUUGGCACUGUAUAGAGUUAUAGGACACAUAACUUAAAAUUAGCAAGUACGAUGGUUGUCGUUCAUACUAUAGGAUGAAAGGUAUUAAUCCAGCUUUGGAGGGAUAAAGGCAAAUUCGUUCUUUAGCAUAACGCUUAGCAUGUUGCAUAGUAAUACCAUAUUUCAUUAUUGUAAAGGGAAAAUUGUUAAAGGGCCCGGUCAUUUCUGAGCUGUUGAGUAAUCUUCAGUGAAGGCUGUAAAAUAAAUACAGAACCGAUUACAAAUGAUAUCGCUUUCUGAGAGUGAAGCCAAACCCACCAAGAGGUGAAUUUAGAAAUGCAGUAAGGGUUCUAUGUGUUUGACUCUUGGAUACACAUAUAGACUAACAAAAGGGAUCAAUAUAAUUUCUUAGAACUUUUAUUUUUUUGUCUCUAGAAAUUAAAGAAAGUUGAUUUUUCUGAUUUAAUAUUAUUUGUAUCAUCAUUAGAAAUGAGUGCAAAAUAUUGGUACAGACGUGGGAUUUGGCUUUGACUGAUCACUUUGACUGUUUGAUACAGGCUCCUACAUUCGGCUGUAGUUAUUGUUCUUAGUGUCCACACUAUUUGGUUUGACUUAUUGAUUUAUAUGCUUGGUGUUAAAUAAUUUGGUUUAUAGACAUUUGUUGAAGUUAGGUAGAUAUAUUUAGGAACCAGUGUAUAUAUACACGUAGAAAAUAAAGGGAUACAGCUGUAUAACUUAAAAUCAAGACAUUAAAUGUGCAAUACAGUAAAACAUGGACUUUAUAAGCCUUUACCUGACCUGCGUAGCUCAGCCUGUGCAGUGCCCUCGCUGGGUGAAGGUGGAUUGGUUUUUAUUUUAUAAGUUUGGGAAUUCUGGAUUUUGAUUUGGCCUUUUUUUGUGGCUGAAAAAAGGUUUUAGAAGAAAGACGACUUCUAAUGGUAAGUAUGACUUUAUUUAAUUUUUUCAGGUAUUUAGGUUUUCAGGGUGAGGGGAGUAGGUAGGCUUUUAUUUGAGGGGGUGACUAGGGGCUUGGGGCCCCCUAGUCACCUGGUCGAGGGGGACAUUUAACAUUUACCCCCCCCCCCAUUGUCACUUUAAGGGUCCCCACCUGGCCGCUCAUAGGUGGGGGUCGGAGAGGGUGGACAAAAGGCCCCUGUAUUGUAUUUUCUCCACCUGACGCGCAUGGGUGUAUGUUGGGGUGGUGGACAUUGGGUGUCGUCAUCCCCCUCACACUCCACCUAUUGUAACUUGAGGCCCCCACCCACGCUCAUGCGGUGUAGGGGGGAAUGGGACAGUAGACCACUGUUGUAACUUAAGGCCCCCACCCCCACAGUAGGCCCUCCCCCUUAUUGUAUUUUAGGGUCCCCUCCCGCCAAUUUAGGUCUUUCAGCCUCUUAGUAGAUGGCUCCCUAAUACCGUGGGAAUUAGGGAACUAUCUACUCGCAGCACGAAUAGGAUUGGAAUUUUAUUAAUUCGAACAAAAGUCCCGAAUUGCAUCCUAACCCGAAUGGACAAACUCAUUUUAUUAGGAUGAAAUUCGGUAGUUUCGCUGGUGUUCGAACUAGGGAUCGACCGAUUAUCGGUUUGCCCGAUAUUCGGUAUUUUCGACAAUAUCGGUAUCUGCCUAUAGAGAUACCGAUAUUGCCGAUAAUGCAGACCAGGACUGCCGGGCCUAUGACAAGCCUGUAGGGCCUACAACAAGCUCUUACUUACCUUCCCAGCAGCUCCCUUCAGCUCCCCCAUUCUAAAUCUUGCGAUUCCUGCGGCCGUCAGAGCGUUGCCAUCAGGUACCCCUCCCUGGGCAAGUAAGAAGCAUUGAGGGGGGACUAAAAACAUUUAAUAUUUUUUUUUUUUUAAAUUUAAAAUAAAAAUGCUCCUCCCCCACAUUUACACACAUUACAUACCUACACAAACACACACUACACAAACACAUUGCAUUUACUAUACACACUACGCAAACACAUUGCAUUUACUAUGCACACUACACAAACACGUUGCAUUUACUAUGCACACUACACAAACACGUUGCAUUUACUAUGCACACUACACAAACAAGUUGCAUUUACUAUGCACACUACGCAAACAUGUUGCAUUUACUAUGCACACUACGCAAACAAGUUGCAUUUACUAUGCACACUACGCAAACGCGUUGCAUUUACUAUGCACACUAAGCACACGCGUUGCAUUUACUAUGCACACUAAGCACACGCGUUGCAUUUACUAUGCACACUAAGCACACGCGUUGCAUUUACUAUGCACACUAAGCACACGCGUUGCAUUUACUAUGCACACUAAGCACACGCGUUGCAUUUACUAUGCACACUAAGCACACGCGUUGCAUUUACUAUGCACACUAAGCACACGCGUUGCAUUUACUAUGCACACUAAGCACACGCGUUGCAUUUACUAUGCACACUAAGCACACGCGUUGCAUUUACUAUGCACACUACGCACACGCGUUGCAUUUACUAUGCACACUAAGCACACGCGUUGCAUUUACUAUGCACACUAAGCACACGCGUUGCAUUUACUAUGCACACUAAGCACACGCGUUGCAUUUACUAUGCACACUAAGCACACGCGUUGCAUUUACUAUGCACACUAAGCACACGCGUUGCAUUUACUAUGCACACUAAGCACACGCGUUGCAUUUACUAUGCACACUAAGCACACGCGUUGCAUUUACUAUGCACACUAAGCACACGCGUUGCAUUUACUAUGCACACUAAUCACACGCGUUGCAUUUACUAUGCACACUACGCACACGCGUUGCAUUUACUAUGCACACUAAGCACACGCGUUGCAUUUACUAUGCACACUAAGCACACGCGUUGCAUUUACUAUGCACACUAAGCACACGCGUUGCAUUUACUAUGCACACUAAGCACACGCGUUGCAUUUACUAUGCACACUAAGCACACGCGUUGCAUUUACUAUGCACACUAAGCACACGCGUUGCAUUUACUAUGCACACUACGCACACACGUUGCAUUUACUAUGCACACUACGCACACGCGGCGCAUUUACUAUGCACACUACGCACACGCGGCGCAUUUACUAUGCACACUACGCACACGCGUUGCAUUUACUACGCACACGCGGCGCAUUUACUACGCACACGCGGCACACGCGUUGCAUUCAAUAACCAAAUACUUUCACUGCAUCAUUACUUACACACAUUCUUGAAAACAUAAAAAAUUCUGACUGGCAUGUAUAUUUUGUGCAUUUACCUUAAUAAAAAAAAGUGCAAAAACAAAUAAACAUGUUCAGUUAACAGUAGAUUUGUGUAGAAAUAGUUUAUUUUUUCAAAAUGGUAAAUGUACAUAAUAUCGGUAAGUUAUCGGCUGUCGGCCUGAAAGUUCACAGAUUAUCGCUAUCUGCUCUAAAAAAAAAAAUCAAUAUCGGUCGAUCCCUAGUUUUGACACUGAAUCUGUAACUGCAUGAACUCUUAGGUCACAUUGUUGGUUUGCUGUGGUAUUUCUAAGGCUAUUAAUGUAAUGAAAAAGGUGUAACUGCACCCCCUAGAGACUGCUUUGGAAAUAUAUCUGUGUGUAUUAUACGCACAAUUUAAAGGUAAAAACAAGGCACAUCUUGCCUCACAAUCCAUCGACUUAAAUUACAGUGUAGUUUGUUUUAUUUUAAUUAUAGUUUAAUAUAUUUGUCAAUUUAUUGAUGUAUUUAUUUGAAAUCUCUUGCCUCAUGUAAUUUUUCUGCCAAAGUAUAAAUCAAGGUUUCUGGUUCUCAGGUACAUGGUGACUUCCAAGUACUGCAGCCUUAAUGCAAAUGACAAUCUUACCAAUGUAUCUGACUCGGAGCUUGUUUCCUUACCUUGUCUGUAAAUAUAUGCCACAAGCUGUUAUUUACACCAAGUUUCCAGCCUUGUCACUGCUUAGCAGUCUACUGCUAGUAUCGUCUGCUGCAACUGGUAGCAAUCAAUUCAUAGCGAUUACCUCUGUGAAAAAAGUGCACAGAACAGUGAAUUCCUUACAACUGGGACAAACAUAACCCUUUCAAUGCAGAAGCUGAGCGCAAUGCAAUGUGUUGCUGUAAUACUGAAAGGCAAAGAAAAAAAAAUUCAAAUAUAUAUACAUUAAUUUUUUUGUUGAGAUUUUUCAAAAUAUUUUAUUUGUUGAUGUAAUUAUCACAAAUGUUAUUUAUUCUAACUUUGUGGCAAUUUUUUUUUUUUUUUUUAAAGUAUAAUGCAAGAUGCUAUUUAUUCCCCCCACUUUGACUAGGGGGGGGGGGGAGGAAAUUCUAGCAGAAUGCUUGGUUGUAUAGGGAGAGGUAUUAGCAGUAGAAAGAGGGAAGUGCUCAUGCCAUUGUACAGAACACUGGUGAGACCUCACUUGGAGUAUUGUACACAGUACUGGAGACCGUAUCUUCAGAAGGAUAUUGAUACCUUAGAGAGGGUUCAGAGAAGGGCUACUAAACUGGUUCAUGGAUUGCGGGAUAAAACUUACCAGGAAAGGUUAAAGGAUCUUAACAUGUAUAGCUUGGAGGAAAGACGAGACAGGGGGGAUAUGAUAGAAACAUUUAAAUAUAUAAAGGGAAUUAACACAGUAAAGGAGGAGACUAUAUUUAAAAGAAAAAAAACUACCACAACAAGAGGACAUAGUCUUAAAUUAGAGGGACAAAGGUUUAAAAAUAUCAGGAAAUAUUACUUUACUGAGAGGGUAGUGGACGCAUGGGAUAGCCUUCCAGCUGAAGUGGUAGAGGUUAAAACAGUGAAGCAUGUGUGGGAUAGGCAUAAGGCUAUCCUAACUAUAAGAUAAGGCCAGGGACUAAUGAAUGUAUUUAGAAAAUUGUCAGACUGGGCUGAAUGGUUCUUAUCUGCUGUCACAUUCUAUGUUUCUAUAAAUUACUUACCUGGAGUGCAGCACUGGUUGAACCUCUUUUUGCUAGUUUCCACACUGCUGGUUUACUUUAAUCCUUCCCACAUCGUGGUCCAUUGAAAUGAUUCUUCUAUAGAGCCAUUUGAUUGGACUGUUCUCACAGUCUUUUUUUUUUUUUUUUUCUAUUGUAGAAAACGUUCUUUUUGAAGUGUUUGCACUUACGAUCACAUAGAGCUAGGAAUUAUAUUUUUGAAGCAAGUGUAGUAUACAAUAACAUUCUUUGGCACCAGCACAUGGCACAAAUUGCAAUUCGGCUUUAAAAUAAAAAAAAUCAAAGAAACUAAUUUUUCUUAAAUCCUGUAAUUCCUUAUUUGGGAUGCUUUGUUCUCUGUUCCUAAAUUCCUGUACAAAUGCUAGAAUAAAUCAUUGUACUUUGGUAAUUUUUUUUUUCCAUUGUAUUUUUCAACGUCUUAAAAUGCCAAGUCUCGUAGAACUACUAAGGUUGAAAACAGCUUGUGGUAACAAAUGCGUAUGCCAAACUGUAACUAGAUGUUUACACACCGUGUUUUGGGAUCACAAUAAACAGUGCUCUAGGUCUACAUGCUACUUGUUCUCCAGCUCCAAAGUUUAUCAAUCCUUAAUGUCUGUGGUUUAAAGAAAAACUAUAACUUUAUAAAUCUAGUUAUCCCCUCCCUCCCCGCCCCCCCAAUAAAUAAAAAAUGUUAAAUUCGCCUUUUUAUCCAUCUCCAAUAGUCUCUCCUGGGCAUCUGCUUCUCCUGUUCUUAGACCAUCCUCAUGGAGAAGCACUGUUACCCUACUUCUCAAGCACGGUAACAGCUGUGCUUAGCAAAUUGUAUGCUUCUCGUAGAGCCUUUAGUGAUGCUACACCUGAAGGCUUUCAAUAAUUGAGACAUUUCACAUGGAAGGGACUACAGUGGCUGUGUGAUGUGACAGUCACUAGAGACAUUCUUAAUGACAGAUGUAAAUAGUGCCAUUUCUCAAAAAUAGAAAUGCUUGCCUUGUCAGAGUGCGGGUCUUUUCAUCAAAACCUGUACAUUUAAAGGGCACUUGUCAUCAUACCUUAAACAACUUAUGCUUGUUAGAUUGAGCAUAAGAUUUUAUCUAUACAUUGUGCUAGCAGUUUUGCUUGCAAAUGUAUGAUUAGGAGAGAAACCUAUUUUAAAAUAGUUUUUUCUCCUAGCUGUUAGUCAACGCUUUGGUGUGCUGAGGUAUUGAGUAACAAGGGAGAGCAGAAAAAGCUCUCAAAGGAGUUUCCCUCUGCUCUCCACCCAGAGCAACCACAGCAUAUGUACUGUGGUUACUAUGGAAAGGAGUAUAGAAACUGUGUCGUUACUCUGUUACAAUGCCAGCACGCUUGCAACGAAGCCAGCGUGCCAACAUCACUGACAAGAUUUGUCCUGCUUGGGUAUGCAUCCCAAGCAGGGCAAAUCAAAGAAGAAUAGAGGCAGAGCAGAGGCCGUCCAGGAGGUGGGUGUUACAAGCAGUGUAACACCCACAAAUUGGCCCCGGAACGGAGGAAAAUUUUGUAAACCUUAUAUAUUUUACAUUGAAUACACCAUGUAUCUUUGUGAUAUAUGGUGUAUCAAAUAUAUGGAAGCCAUUUUGAGGCGUCCUUUUUCCAUUACAGAUUUAUUUUAAGAUGUAGUGGUUUUAGUGCUUAGUGUCCCUUUAUAGAUUUUAAAACCGAGCCGCACGCGCAUUCAGUCAGGUCAUAGGAAAGCAUUCUCAAUGCUUUCCUAUGGACGCUGGCGUCUUCUCUCAAUGAAACGGCCACUAGAGGCUGGAUUAACCCUAUUGUUACCCCUAGAUGGACCUGGCACCCAGACCACUUCAUUGAGCUGAAGUGGUUUGAGUGCCUAUAGUGGUCCUUUAAGGGCUGGAUAACGGCUCACCUAGUGAAGUUGUACAAUUUGGAUAUUUUGGCCUGUAUUGUGCAUUUCCCUGAUGAUUGAUUAGCAAUUCCAGGUCUUAGUAAAUGUCAUUUUAGAUGUUCCAAAAAUAGCUUAAUAGUCCUUUAUAAGGCAGAACUGCAGUGUGAGCUUGGCAUUAGCAGAAUACAAGGUAGAUACUGAAAGUCCACUGUAGUGGAUUAUUGCAGAAUUAUUGAAACAUAACUGACAAGUAGAUCAUAAACACUCCACAGAUGAAGCGAUACAGAUGUGAACAUUUAUCAGAACGAGAGGAAAACACUUGUAUAAACUCAGGAAGUUUGCCACAAGAUGCAGAUCAGUACCAGGUUAGAACAUGCUAAAAACUACAACAAAAACUUAACUGCAGCAAAAUCUUGUGGCAAAUUAACAAAGAUUAUCCUGUACAAGGAGGGACAGAAAGUGGAAUUUGUGAAGUAACAACUGCAUGAGAUUCAUAACAUCACUUACUUGUUAUGUCCAGUGGAAAUCUUAUAGGUAAUGGAAUAAUGACAGCAGUUACAGAAUGAAUUCCUGAAAUGUACAGAAACAUCUUAGCUCCGAUACCAAAGAACUGAAAUCUUAUUGGAAAGCAUUCAAAACACAGUAAUAAUCCCGACCAUAAAGUGACACAGCAUAACAGAAAUGUAAUGCUCUUGACCGGCUGGUUGAGCAUGCUUUUCAAUCACAUGGUGAAGACUUAAGACAGUGAAAAACACACCUAGGAAUCAAACAGGACUAAAUUGGUGUAAAAUUGGUCUGUCAGAACAUAGCUAGUGGAAAUGCUCAGCCUCCAGUGAUUUCAGGCUUUCAAACAAAAUUGCAACCCGAUACUAAAAAUGGUGACUUUGUUCUAGAUAUUUGUCACUUCAUUUACUUUAAAGAAAUGCUCCAAAUGCCUUGACCAGUACAAACAGUCUCAGCCAAUGAGCUAAAAUCAUAAACUAUAUAGUUGUCUUGUCAGUUACAAAAGAGUAUAAAUAUUACUAUGCAUCUGGAAUAAAAAUAAUCCUUUAAAAUCUAUUCAGGACAAUAGUAUUCCCAGAUCUAUUGCCAUGCAUGUAUUUGUAGAUAUUUAAUGCUAAAUGUAUCUUUAUUAUUUGUGACAUGGCCCAUGUAAGGUGCAAAAUGUGCGUUUUAUCGAAUUUGCCAAAAAUGAUCUAACGCAAAUGUUUGUAUUCCCUCUGUAUGAUUAACUGGGAGUCUGGUCCAGUGUUGGAUCCUAAGGGGUAUGGGUUUCCCUUAUUAUGUAGUUUUUUUCCCUGCAGUGUGUGAAUUUUACAUUCUGCAGGGAAACACUUUUGCAUGUCUAUGUGAAAAUGUAACAAAGACCUAGGAAUAAAACAUAGUGCAUCUGACAACCUUUGGUAGGAAGUUGCAUGUACCUCGCCAGCAUCUUUUGUUUAUCCUUCAAACAUACUACUCUGAAAUCCAAGUGAGUCAAAAGUGCUUGAAAUUGCUGUGCUGCCAGUAACUGUUGAGUACUUCAUAGUUAUUUUUAUAUUUAUCUGUAGAUUAAUACACUUUGCUGGCCAUCCUCAAAAGCAGAAUGCAUGUGAAAAGAAAAAAAUAUAUGGAGUAAAACUUCUGUUUAUGCAUGGCAGGGAUAAUUUGCAUCACAUACCUAUAUAUAAUAGUUGGAUAUGGUGGGGCUACACCUUAUUUAAUCUUUAGUGGAAUAUAAUGGAACAUGUCAAUGAUUUCAUGCAAAAGUAGAGAAGCUGCAGUACUCAAGAAAAGCAUGAGGGUCACUAGUUGUAUAUCUUUGUUCUGUGGUAAAGCAUUGAAAAGUGCAGUAACGUCAUCAGUCUUCUCUGGUAAAGCUCUCUGGAAUUAUAUCGCUCAUACCUACCUGCCCACUAGCUGGGUGAUCGUCCUCUAUGCUGGUGCAGCAUGUCUUUGUAGGGGUUGCGGGCCCUUCUUCUUUUUAAUGAGUGGCAUUCUACUCUGUCAGUGCCAGGUGCCACCACACGAUCUAUCCUUUAAUGCCUCACAUGUGGAAGAUAAAAUAUUCAUUGACUUCAAUUAUGGAAUUGAGAUAUGUAACACUCCAACUCUUUCAAAUGGCACGGAAAGUUAAAAUUGCAUUAGUUUUAAGAUUGUUGGCUUCAGUAUUCCAAUCAUUCAAGUGAACGUCAUUCUUCAUUAUUUUUGACUAGCUAUAGCCUGAUCUGUCAAGUACAGUCAAUCAAAAGUCUAAUUUUUAAAGCAUUCCAGUUUUUGUAGCUCUCCUGAUUUGCCCUGAUAUUGGUAGGGCCUGUAUGAGAGUAUGAUUUAAAACUUUGCAAGUGUCUUUUAAAUUAAAUAUAGUCAAUGCUCAAAGGAAUGUGUUCUUAAAUAAUUGUCUGUUAGAGAUUCUUAAAAAAACAAACAAAAAAAAUAACAAAAAAACACUGUCCUUGGUGUUGUGGAAGUAAUGUUGGAAAAUCCAUACAAAAAUUCAGGCCUUCAAAUGCUGUACAUGGAACAGACUUGAUUUGAAAUGAUCUAUUGCAAGGGCAAAGAUUAAUCUGAUUGGGUUUAUUUUUAUUUUUUUUAUGUUCUUGGUUCAUCAUUAAAACGCCUGUCAAUACGUUGUGGUAAUAAGUAUAAAUGUUUGCAGACACUAGUCUAAAUAGCCCAAAAUAGUAUAUUAUAAAACAUCCUUAGAGAAAGGUGAGCUCCAGGAAAAAAAUAAAUCUCUAACAUUCCUAUAAUUAUGGCUGUUUUGAACGAAUGACGUCACUGUUUCCAAAUGUAAAUGAUUGAAAGCAAAUGAAGGUUGAUCUCUUGUUGCUCUGACUGCUGAUGAAACAUAUUUGUGCUUGGAAAACACCUACACACUUACUCAAUUGCUCCAUGGUUGUGUUUGUUGCCUUCUACAUAUAAACUUAUAUUUUUAGAUUAAAUUGUGAGAGGCAGAAAGUAAUACCUUUAACCAAUUUCAACCAAAUGAACAGCUUCUUCCUUUAGUAACAGGGAAGGAAUGCAACCUCUCAUCCUGCAUAUUUUUUUUAUAGGUUUUUUUGUCUUUAAUUUUGCAAUGAUUAGAUGUUUAGUAUCCAUAUUUUCUCUGGCUGUUAUCUCAGUGGAAUUUUAAAGAACUACAAAAUAUGAACAGUUGCUACCACCUAACAUAAAUGUAAUAUUUUAUAUUUGAAAAGAAAUGUGUCUAUUUGUGAGCACAGCAGCAGUAAUUAUCACUUCUGCUAAUCAUUCACAGCUAGCAGGCUAAAUAAGCCUAUUUUACUGUGAGCACAUCCCAUAUAUCGGAAUGACCUCAUUAAUUUUUAGUUUGUAGUUCUAAUUCAGGAUCUUGGUUGUUUAUCCAUUAAAUAAUGUGACUUACACUGGAUUCUUUACUAAUGACCGCAUACCUUGUUUACCCCUAUUAAUUAGUUUGAAAGUGGCUCAGUGCAUUGGAUAUAAAAUUUAUAUUAAAGGGGAAGAGGCUGAAAGUGGCACCCUAAGCUCCAUAGCCACAAUAUCAUUUUAUAGUGGUGAGGGUGUCAACAAAUUAUGUUGCUAAUGCAAAAGUAACUGUUUUGUGUUGGGUAUGGUGGGCAGCAGGUCUUGGGAGACUGUUGGUUUCUGUCCAACCACAAAAAUGGAGCAUACUGGCACCAUAACCACUACAGCAUGCUGCUGUGGUAAUGGUGCUUAAAGUAUCUAUUUAAUAUGUAAGGUAGUUUGAUUUGAUUAGACUGUUCUCACCGGUUCAGAGAUCAUACAUACCAGGGAUCGACCGAUAACAUUUUUCCAGAGCAAAUGCCUAUACCUAUUAUCGGUCGCCUUUCAGGCUGAUUGUCUGAUGCCAAUAUUCGGUACAUUUAAAGUUUUGAAAAAGUCACAUAAUUUUAAUACAAAUCUGGCAUUAACUGAACGUGCUGACUGCAGUCACACUGAAAAAAAUUCUAGGUAGCCAGUACAUGCUGGGAUCACUGAGAUCCAAGCAGGUAAAGUAAUCACACUAUCAAUCUGUUAGCUAGCCCAGUACAUUACAGUCGAUUAUUCACGGUCUCACCUAGCUGCCUUCAGCUGAGCUCUCCAUGUGUGGUCUCACAGAAAGGGGUGAAGAUAGUGUUACAGAUAGACUGAUUAUCUGUAAAAUGCUGUAUAUCGGUGGAACUGACAAUCGGUCAAUCUGUAAUAUAUGCGGUCUGAAGCAUGGAGGGAAUCAAGUGGAGGAUGGACAGAGGGAGGAAGGGCUCGGAGGUGGGAAAAUAUGGCCUUAUGAACAAAGGUAAGCAUUGGAGACUGGGACAGGUCACACAAUGCAGGGAGGGAGGGGAGAUAAAGGCUUCAACUAGGUGUGCUCCCAGCACUACAUGUAAGGGUAGAAGCUCACUACAUCUCUUGCAUGCGUGUAAUGUGCACUCACUGCAGAGUAUUUUUUUCAUAGAAUUAACAUUAUGUAGUCUAGAACUGUGUUCCGAGCUGCCUGUCACAUGUGUUAGGGGUUCAAUUAGCCCUCGGCACAAAAGUGCAAAAAUAUCUGUAUGGUGCAGUGUUUCAAGCCGAAAUAUUGCACAUAUAUUCCUUCCUCCAUGGCAACUUCGAAAAGCAAAGAUGGUUAUGGACAAUACAGUAACCCUUUAAUGUAAUCAUAGUAAGAGAACUUAGCUGUUACCAGGUAUAAUUAUCCAAACCAACCAAUUUGACCUUAAAAGUAACUCAACUAACUCAAUAAUAUUUUUUAGGAUUUAAUUCCAAACAUCUUGAACUGUAUAUCCAAGAGGUAAAUAUUACAAAAUUAAUUAAAUGUUAUGUAAAGGUGUUGGAAGAACAUUGCAAUAGUGCUUUAGGGAACUGGUUUAUGCUGACAGGAAAUGUAUGUUGGAUGUGGGUUAAUAUAGCCAUACGUACACAAAUAUUAUUUAGGUACCAACAGGUAAUAACCCAUGCUUAUUUUUAUUGUACAGGCCAAAACCCAACAGUCUGAGUAAUAGACCAAUACAGAGUUUUGCAACUCCAUGAUGUAAAAUAAUUCUAGCAACAAUGUAUACUACAAACUACGUAAAUAAGAUUAUUUAUAUUUUGACACACCAUAAACCUGCUCACAUGACCGUAAUCCCUAAUCUUCAUAUUCCAUAAAUGAGCAUGUGAGACACCUGUUUGUGAGAUAAUUCUUAAUAAAAUUUGUCCCCUCUAUGUCCAUAUAUAUAUAUAUAUAUAUAUAUGGACACACACACACACACACACACACACACACACACACACACACAUCCAUAAAAAUUGGGACAUCGAAACAAUUCUAAUCUUUGGCUCUAUACACGACCACAAUGAAUUUGAAAUGCACAAGAUGUGCUUUAACUGCAGACUUUCAGCUUUAAAUUGAGGGUAUUUACAUCCAAAUCAGGUGAACGGUGUAGGAAUUACAACAGUUUGUAUAUGUGCCUCCCACUUUUCAAAGGACCAAAAAUAAUGGGACAAUUGGCUGCUCAGCUGUUCCAUGGCCAGGUGUGUUAUUUCCUCAUUAUCCCAUUUACAAGGAGCAGACAAAAGGUCCAGAGUUAAUUUCAAGUGUGCUAUUUGCAUUUGGAAUCUGUUGCUGUCAUCUCUCAAUAUGAGAUCCAAAGAGCUGUCACUAUCAGUGAAGCAAGCCAUCAUUAGGCUGAAAAAACAAAACAAACCCAUCAGAGAGAUAGCAAAAACAUUAGGUGUGGCCAAAUCAACUGUUUGGAACAUCCUUAAAAAGAACGUACCGGUGAGCUCAGCAACACCAAAAGACCCGGAAGCACACGGAAAACAACUGUGGUGGAUGACCAAAGAACUUUCCCUGGUGAAGAAAACACUCUUCACAACAGUUGGCCAGAUCAAGAACACUCUCCAGGAGGUAGGUGUAUGUGUGUCAAAGUCAACAAUCAAGAGAAGACUUCACCAGAGUGAAUACAGAGGGUUCACCACAAGAUGUAAACCAUUGGUGAGCCUCAAAAACAGGAAGGCCAGAUUAGAGUUUGCCAAACAACAUCUAAAAAAGCCUUCACAGUUCUGGAACAACAUCCUAUGGACAUAUGAGACCAAGAUCAACUUGUACCAGAGUGAUGAGAAGAGUAUGGAGAAGGAAAGGAACUGCUCAUGAUCCAAAGCAUACCACCUAAUCACUGAAGCAUGGUGGUGGUAGUGUCAUGGCGUGGGCAUGUAUGGCUGCCAAUGGAACUGGUUAUCUUGUAUAUAUUGAUGAUGUGACUGCUGACAAAAGCAGCAAGAUGAAUUCUGAAGGGUUUCGGGCAAUAUUAUCUGCUCAUAUUCAGUCAAAUGCUUCAGAACUCAUUGGACGGCGCUUCACAGUGCAGAUGGACAGUGACCCGAAGCAUACUGCAAAAGCAACCAAAGAGUUUUUUAAGGGAAAGAAGUGGAAUGUUAUGCAAUGGCCAAGUCAAUCACCUGACCUGAAUCCGAUUGAGCAUGCAUUUCACUUGAUGAACACAAAACAAGGGAAAAUGCCCCAAGAACAAGCAGGAACUGAAGACAGUUGCAGUAGAGACCUGGCAGAGCAUCACCAGGGAUGAAACCCAGUGUCUGGUGAUGUCUAUGCGUUCCAGACUUCAGGCUGUAAUUGACUGCAAAGGAUUUCCAACCAUGUAUUAAAAAGUGAUAGUUUGAUUUAUGUCUGUUAAUCUGUCCCAUUACUUUUGGUCCCUUAAAAAGUGGGAGGCACAUAUACAAACUGUUGUAAUUCCUACACCGUUCACCUGAUUUGGAUGUAAAUACCCUCAAAUUAAAGCUGAAAGUCUGCAGUUAAAGCACAUCUUGUUCAUUUCAAAUCCAUUGUAUUGGUGUAUAGAGCCAAAAAAGAUUAGAAUUGUGUCAAUGUCCCAAUAUUUAUGGACCUGACUGUGUGUAUAUGUGUGUGUAUAUAUAUCAUUUUAUACAAACCUUUCUUUUCAAGUAUAUAUGGCAUAAUCAGAUUUUUACAGACUGUCUGUAACCCACGACCAUGUAUUUGCCUGCAACAACAACAAAAAAUGCCUGCGUGGCAAUCUCUGUGGGGGAAUUUAUAAUAAAUGUAUUUCUGAAGCAGUGACUGCAGCCAUACAAUUCCUGCAAACUUAGAGACUUAAUUCCUACAGGCAGAUUUGUUUUGAUGUUAUAAUUUACAUUCAAAGCAACAUUUUCACAUAAGAUUUUCUGCAUAUCAUUUUAUUUCUCUUGCGUCAGGGCAUUAAAUGAAAGUAAUAUAAUGAAAAAAAAAAUAUAUAUAUAUCUAUAUAUAUAUAGAUAUAUAUAUAUAUAUAUAUAUAUAUAUAUAUAUAUAUAUAUAUAUAUAUAUAUAUAUAUAUAUAUAUAUAUAUAUAUAGAGAGAGAGAGAGAGAAAAAUUGGCUCAGAUACUUUUUAGCAGAAUAAUCUGAAGCAAGGAGAUUAAACUUUUUAUAAUUGGCCAUCAAAUUGCCCGCUGACUGUCUUUCAGAGGCUUUUUACAAAGUCAGCAAAAGAUACACACUGACCUAAUGUUUACAAUUCAUAUCUAAGUGCAUUUAUACCUGAUGUGUAAGUUUACAAUGAUCUGUUACAAACGCAAGGCCAAAACACUGAAGGAUCCAUAUGUAACAUCUACAAAUUCCAAAAUGCAGUUUUAUAUUAAAUAGACAAAAUAAUUCAAGACGGACAGCCCAUACAAAUGUUUAAAAUAAAGUAAGGUUCACCCUAAGAAAAAAUGGCAGCAAUGUGCUCCAAUGUGCAAUGCAGGUAACAUGUAGUUUUAAUUCAAACAGAUAAACUUUAUUGAUUGGGUCAUUGGAGGAGGCGCAAAAUAGACUAGAAGGUGAUGGCUAUUUGAUUGGGUGGGGAGUGUGUAAGAGUGCACCACCAAGCAGGUUUUUCUGUAUCCUUGUUCUGUUUCAUGAAAAUAUUUUGGUCUCUUGAAAAUCCAUCAUACAGUUUGGAAUUUUAAGUAUGAACAGAAACUUCCACCGGUUUUCUCUUCUGUUUAAACUGGCAAUUCUCUCACACAGAGUUACAUGUAGAAUAGAUAAGCAUUUGGCAACCAUGGUAAAGGACUGACCUCAGAACAUAAUAUUCUCUGUAUAGUAUCUGUCUCAAAAGAACUAAUGUUUAUGAUAAAUUUUAUAAAUGCACUCAUCACAUUAACACAGCAGUCCAAGCUGAUGAGUAGGCAUGGGGUUGUCACACAAUGUUAAAGGACCACUAUAGUGCCAGGAAAACAUUUUUUUGCCUGGCCCUAUAGUGCCCCGAGGGUGUCCCCACCCUUAGGGCCCCCCUCCCGCCGGGCUCUAGGGGGUGGAAGGGGUUAAAUUUACCUCUUUCUCCAGCGCCGGGCAGGGGAUUCUCCUCCUCCAUUCCCCCUCCUUCUCGUCGUCAUCGGCUGAAUGCGCAUGCGCGGCACAGGCCGCGCGCAUUCAGCCAGUCCAUAGGAAAGCAUUCUCAGUGCUUUCCUAUGGACGCUGGCGUCUUCUCACUGUGAAAAUCACAGUGGAAAGCGCCACUAGAGGCUGGAUUAACCCUAUUAUAAACAUACAGUAUAUACUCGAGUAUAAGUCUAGUUUUUCAGCACAUUUUUUGUGCUUAAAAACCCCCACUCGACUUAUACUCGAGUCACUGUCUGUAUUAUGGCAACUUAGAGAGCCGCGGCCGUCAGAGCCAUGGCAACGAUCCCGCGGCAACCAGACCGCGAGACUUACAGUGGAGCUGACCGGAACGGAGGAGAAGGGAGCUGACAGGAGCUGCAGGAAAGGUAAGUAAAUGCUUCCUGCCGGCCCCCCCACGUCACAGCCCAUGCCACUGGACCACCAGGGAUUAAGAUAGCCCCCCUCCCUGACCAGUUAACAAGCAGGGAGGGGGGAUAAAAAAUAAAUUAAAAUAAUAAAAAAAUAACAUUAAAAUAAAAUAAAAAAUUAAAUAGAAAUGCCCUCCCCCCACCCAGUUCACACACACUACACAAACACACACUCUGCAUUAUAUACACACUCUGCAUUAUAUACACAGUGUGUGUAUAUAAUGCAGAGUGAGUGUUUGUAUGAGUGUGUGUGUGUAUAUAAUGCAGUGUGUGUGUUUGUAUGUGUGUGUGUGUAUAUAAUGCAGAGUGUGUGUUUGUAUGAGUGUGUGUGUAUAAUGCAGAGUGUGUGUUUGUAUGAGUGUGUGUGUGUGUGUAUAUAUAAUACAGAGUGUGUGUUUGUAUAAGUGUGUGUGUUUAAUGCAGAGUGUGUGUUUGUAUGAGUGUGUUUGUAUAUAAUUAUAAAAAUCACAGAAUUUCAUAGCCCAAAGUUUUACCCUCGACUUAUCCACGAGGCAUAGCAUAUUUCACAAUUGUUGGUCACAAAACUGCACUCGACUUAUACAUGAGAUCGACUUAUACACGAGUAUAUACGGUAGCAGUUUCUCUACAUACAUACAUACAUACAUAUUGAAGUUGCAAGUUGUGUAAUGCUAAAAACUUGUUGUUUUCUAACAUGUUCUAAACGUUUAAAAAUAGAUUUGGAUUCAAAUUAUUGCUCAGUAUUUUUGUGCAAUGAUGAAACCUAAAACACUGAGGAAAAAAAAAAGUAUGUUCAUGCAUGUAAUAAUUACAUAUUGCUUACACAGGCAUGCAUUUCUGUGUGUAGCCCCGUGCUAUUAAAACGUCAUAGUUCGUUCCAAAAGCGAUAAAACAUUGUUUUACACAUUCUUGGUUUGCAAUAUGCUUUAUUUGAAUCCUUAUUUAUUUUGAUACCUCUUGAUUUAUGCUCAUAGUUAUAAAUUAGGAGAGCAAUGGCUAAUUUUUAGAUAAUGUAUGCUCUGAACAUAGCAGUGAAGUGUAUUUUAAUAUGGUUUAAAUCAUAUUCUCACAUUUCUGUUUCCAACUCUUUGUACUGUUUGUUUUACACAUUUAAAAUGUCAUGUUUAUGUAUGCAAUCCUCCACAUCCCCAUUAAAUUCAUCUGUAUGCUAAUUACAGCGUAGUAAGAAGCAUGAGACUAGGGUGGUACAGCUCCAUGGUAGAAACCACAGACUGCUAACCUUGGUGCCAUAGAUGUCUGUGAAAUACAUUUCUUCCAAUACUCAGCCUCUCUUUAGUUCACAAAUAUGUAUAAUGCCAAGGUCAGUUAGCAGAAGUAUAGACACCUGCUGCUGCAAUUAAUGUUCUAGACACUGGAAGGGAACACAGUCACAUUGGAAUAAUUUACUGCACAGUAGCAAUUUAAGCGUGAGAAAUGGUAAUGAAAAACAUGUUACCUUUUCUUUCUUCCCUCCCCCCACCUCUUUUCGAAGUGGACAAUUGGCCUCUUACAGUUUCACAAGGAUGUUUUACUAGAUUUACCCUGGAACGAUCAUAUACCUAAACUAUUUAACAGAAUUGCUCUUGAUGUCCCCAAGAAUCUUCAUUCUGGAAGACUGUACUUGUAUUCAUGAAGUAUUCCCCUGCACCCCAAAAAGUUGCGUUUUAACUGCGAUCUAAUUUUAUUUUGAUACAUUUUAUAACCUUUCUUGUUGUAAUUGGUAAUCUGUGAAUGUUCUGAAGUGCCAUUUGUGUGGAAAUUGGAUUUCCACAAUAAACACAAUUUUCCUAACACAACAUCCUUGUGUCUUCACAACAAAUGUCCUAAAUUACAUGUAAAAGAGAGAGAACCUAUGUGCAGAAAGUUGGGGGACUAAUAGUCCAUCUCAUUUAUACAUAAAGAUUUAUAAUUUAUCCCAAUAUGCUUUUUCUCUUUUGCUUCAAGUGUCUUUUUUUUAUUUUUUUAUUCUGUAGGCACCAGAUAUUGCAUGGAAAUGUUAAAUUAAACCGUCAUUGACUCGUUUUCACCACAUUUAUGUUUAACUGGCUUACUGAACAAUGGUGUUUUGCAUUUCCAAAGAAUCAGCUGUUUUGCUUCUUCAGUGAUAUUGAACUGCUGUGAUUGUGGAUGUAACAUUAUAAUAUGCCAGAGACUUAGUGUCUCUGCUAGAACACAGAUUAGCCUAUGAAGUCAUUGUAAAGAAAUAGUGAAAUGUUUCAGAGCUGGGAGAUUUAGUCAUUCUUUAAAAGUAAGAUUUUAACAUUCCAGUGUUGGACAUUUUCUCAAGUGAACGGAGGAAUUUCCGGUAGGAAGUCACCAGGUAUUAUUAUUCAUCAUAUCAAGGGACAUGCAUCACUUUGAGAUAGCUGUCUCAUUCAAAUGCUUUUUUUGAAUGAGACAGUUGUUCACUCUACAGGUUGAAAACACUAAUGGUGUCCUAUCCCUAGGAAUGCUGAAAAAGUGCAUAGGGCAUGCCUGACAGAUUUACACAUGGGCAGUUGGAAGAUCUAUCACCUGACGGGGAGAGAAAAAAAAAAAGUGAUGCAUGCCCCUUUAAAUAAUCUGCUUUACUUAUUGAUUUUUAGCAAUUAUUUGAUUACAGAAAAGUGUUAUUGGUAACCUACUACUUUACUUCAAGAAUAUAUGUACUAAAUAAGGGAACACAUGAUGUGAAAUUCAUAUGAUAUCAGUUUUAAAGGACCACUAUAGUGCCAGGAAAACAUACUCCCCCUCCCGCUGGGCUCUAGGGUAAGGAAGAGGUUUAACACAUACCUUUUCUCCACCGCCGGGCUCCCUCGGCGGUGGGGACUCUUCGCCUCCUUUCCCCGUCAUUGGCUGCGUGUGCAUUCAGCCAGUCUCAUAGGAAAGCAUUGAAAAUCACAGUGAGAAGCGCCUCUAGCGGCUGUCAAUGAGACAGCCACUAGAGGCUGGAUUUCUCUGAAACUGCUAUGUUUACAGCAGGCAGGGUUAAUCCUAGAUGGACCUGGCACUCAGACCACUUCAUUAAGCUGAAGUGGUCUGGGUGCCUAUAGUGGUCCUUUAAGUUUCAUCUAUAAGCAACAUUCUUUAUUCACUUGCUCCAUCUUAGAAUUUAGAUUAUCUAAUUUAUAUUAGAAAAAUAAUAAAAAGUUUAGUUUAUAUUUAAAGGAACACUCCAGACCCCCAAAGCUGGAGUGACGUGUCCUCUUUUUUUAAUUUUUGCAAAAAGUGCAGAUUUCAAUAGAAAUGGACUCUUAUUUAAAUUAUCCUAGUUACACACCCCCUUGGUUUUCAAUCAUACAACCAGUAAUGUUACUUCUUGGUUUAUUUAGCUCAGUGGAGCUAAAUUCAAAUGGCUGCAAUUGCUCCAAGCUCCUGCCUGACAAACACUUCUCAUUGAGCAGCAUUGGGAAGUCUGUGGACAGCCACUGAAAGUCUAGGUGGGGUUUAAAGAGAUCUGUAGGCUUUGCAAUCUGUUUUUAGAUUUACCCCCAAUUAAAAAAUGCUUUUUUGGGGGGGUUGGAGGGGGGGGAGGGGAGAGAAUAACUGCUAAACAGUAAUUUGUAUUUAUUUUGUAUUUGGACAGUGAAAAGUCCAUUUAAAACAGACAUAAUCAAUAUUAACUCCAGAUCUGAAACUCCAUAACCGUUCUUUGCAUAUUGUUGCAUAUAAAGAUAUGCGAGCAUUCACUGUUUUAUUUCUGCUACUCAACCCAAACCACGCAGCUCAUAUGGCUGAACACCAUUUGUUUUCAAAUCUUAUAGGGAUGUAUUUAUUGUACAGUGAAAUUGCAAAUUUACAGUAACCUAUCUGACUUGAAAAAAUACUAAUUGGGCUCACUAUUGUAAAACCUUAAAAAGGACCUGUUACUACUUUCAAAAUUCUAUAAAGGUUGCUGCAGUAGGUCAUGCUUGUGCCCCUUGUCUGCCUGCUUACUACAGAUAUUAAAGAAACACUAUAGGUUGAGGAACACAAACUUAUUCUUGACCCUAUAGUGUUAAAAACACACUUUGGGCCCACUAAAUAUAGUAAAAUCUCACCUUUAUUCCAGUCUGCCGGUGCAGGCCCUGCACCUGAUCUGGCUCCUCGACUCACAUAAUCAAAGUGAUGAUCUCCCAUAGAAAAGCAUUGGGUCUCGGCCAAGGAUGUGGGCAGAGGAGGCAGAGCUAAACAUUGAAUCAAUGUAUCUCUAUGAGGAAAGUUCAGUGUCUGCAUGCAGAGGGUGGAUACGUUGAAUGUGUGCAGCACUGCACCAGGAAGCACCUCUAGUAGCCAUCUUAGGAGUGGCCACUGGAGGUGUCCCUAGGUCUCUCUGAAAAGACAGUGUUUACUGCAAAAUGUCUUUAGGGUCAGGCUAUACUCACCAAAACUACAUUAAGUUGUAGUUGUUCUGGUGACUAUAGUGUCCCUCUGAUGCAAAUUAAGACUGCAGAGCCUUAAAGGGACUCUAUAGUCACUAAAACAACUUUAGCUUAAUGAAGCAGUUUUGGUGUAUAGAACACGACUCUGCAGUCUCACUGCUAAAUUGCCUAUUAUGAGUUAAAUCACUUUGUUUUUGCAGCUCUAGCCACACCUACUUGCCUGUAACACAACUUUCCUAAACACUUCUAGGAAAGAGAGAUCUAGUGUUAAAACAUUCUAGAUUAAACAGAAUGUGCAAUAAAGGAAGUUUAAUCUCCUACUCUGUGAUUAAAAUUCGAUUUACAGAGCAGGAGAUAAAAACGUCUAGAGCAAGUUAACCUCUGAUCAAAAUGAAACCAUGUGUGAUAUCAUGCAAUCACAACCAGAAAUGUUAUGGCAGGGAGAACAUUGUCAGAGAACACCACAAUGACCAGCUUGUGAAUGAAUGCCACACUACCUAACCAUUUUCAGUGCCAAAACAAUAUUAAUACAUUGUACAAAGCAGUGGCCCUUAAAUGGUUAACAUUCUAAAUGGCUUACCUAGCAAAAUUAUGAUUAAAGGAACACUAUAGGGUCAGGAACACAAACUUGCAUUCCUGACCCUAUAGUGUUAAAACCACCAUGUAGUUGGCUUGCCCCCUUAGAAAGGUUUAAAACUUGCCUUAUUUUCAGCUCUCCACGGGUCUGCAUGCUCUGACCCAGCCCCCGAUUCGCCUCACUGACUAACAUCAGAACUGAUGAUUUCAGCCAUUAAAUUGGCUGAUAUCGUCAAGGUCUCGUGGCCAAAUUCUUUUCAAUCCAUGCAUCUCUAUUGAAGUUUAGUGUCUCCAUGUAGAGCGUGGAGAUGCUGAACAUCAUUGAGGCGCACUGCCCCAGGAAGCACCUCCAGUGGCUAUCUGAGGAGUGGACACUGGAGGUGUCACUAGGAUUUAAUUUACACACUGCCUUUUCGUUGAAAAAACAGUGUUUACAACAAAAAGCCUGCAGGGACUGACUGUACUCACCAGAACUAAAUUAAACUGUAGUUGUUCUGGUGACUAUAGUGUCCCUUUAAAUUAACAUUUAUGAACGAGCGGCUUGUAUUUUCUAGUUACUUUGUACAUCCUUGUCUCUGCUUUAUGUCCUGUUACCUAUGCUCAGCAGCUGCUAGUUUGUUGUACUCUAGUAGUAUAUCACACAUUUCCUUAAUUCUACCUACUUUUAAAAUGAGAAUGAAUAGUAAUAUUAAUAUAACAUUACACUUUUCAAAAAUCACAUUAAAAUUUUAUUUUUAUUUUCUGUUGCUUUUGUCAUUUUCGCUAGUGGUUUGUUCCCCUUGCUGGGCUCAACUGAUAUGUUCCAGCAGCUGUUGGCUGGCAAGUCCCAGCACAGUAUGAGUGAACACAGGAUUUCCUGCAGACUAACGGUAUCUUCUAUAGUUAAACUUCAGUCAAGAAUAACAGUGCAAUGGCAGUGUGGUGAUAUAGAUACUAUAUUACCCUGUAGAACAGAAUAUUUUGUAAUAUUUAACAGAGAAUUCUGCAGUACAUUAAUGUUUUAGUGACAAGUCUGCCCCAUUGAAAGUGAAACCAGGUUGGUGUUUUUUUUGUUUGUUUUUUGGGUUUUUUAUGCAGGCUGUGUCUGUUCCAGCCACAGGAGGUGUGGCUAGAGCUGCAUAAACAGAUGCAAAGUGAUUUAACUCCUAAAUGGCAGUGAACUGAGCAGUGAAACAUCAGAAGCAUUAGUUAUACACUAAAACUGCUUCAUUAAGCUAAACUGGUUUGGUGACUAUAGUGUUCUUUUAAGUCAUUUGCCUCUACUUUUUUUUUUCUUUUUUUUUUUCUUCAAUCUUAUCUCGGACUAUCCAGUUUGGCAGUUUAUGUUAAACUCUGUAGCCCUAUCCUUUUUUCCUUUAAAGGGACACUAUAGUCACCAGAACAACAACAGCUUAAUGUAGUUGUUCUAGUGAGUAUAGUCCGUCGCUGCAGGCUUUUUGCAGUAGACAGUGUCUUUUCAGAAAAAAUGCAGUCUUUACAUUACAGCCUAUUGACACCUCCAGUGGCCACUCCUCAGAUGGCUUCUAGAGAUGCUUCCUAGGGCACCACCCUCUGCAUGGAGACACUGAACUUUCCUCAUAGAGAUGCAUUAAAUCAAUUAAUUCUAUGAGGAGAUGCAUUGGUCCAAUGCAUCUCUAUGAGGAGAUGCUGAUUGGCCAGGGUGAUAUUUAACUCUGCGUCCGUCCUACCCCCUCACCUCCUUUGCUGAUAUAAUCAGAAUUGAUCAUCUCUGCCAUUCCAGUGCUUUCUAAUAGGAAUCAUCACUUCUGAUGUCAGCCAAGGUGGCAGAUCAGGUGCAGAGCCAGCACCAGCAAACUGGAAUAGAGAUAAGAAUUGACUAAAUUUAGGGGGCAGGCAUUCUAGAUGGUGGUUUUAACACUAUAGGGUCAGGAAUACAUGUUUGUGUUCCUGGCCCUAUAGUGUUCCUUUAAUGUAUCUGAAUUGAGGUUGUAAAUAAAAGGGUGUUUCACAGAAUGUUUGUAUACUUGAAUUUUAGCUCUAAGACACAUUAGGCAGUUUAUACUGUUAGUGUGUGGAUUACAUUGCAAUUGGGAAAUCUUUGGAAACUCUGUAUCAAGUGAUGGUGAUUGUAUCAGAUGGAGUAGUCAUGGACAAGGCACUAAUUACAUUGCCUCACUGCCUAGGUAGAAGGGAUGCUGAAUUCUUGUGUGGGACGUUUUGUCAGGGGGCAAAAUGAUCAAGACAACCCUGUACUGACAAUUUCUUAAUAUGUUGGCAAUGCCUUUGCGUUAAGUUAUUAUUUCUGUAGUAUACCGAACAGUAUUUUUUGUUUUAAAAUGGGAAAUAAUGAAUAAUUUUUAGAUUCAUUUUAAUUUCUAGAUUUAGUUUUUUUUGGGGGGGGGAGGUGGGAAGGGGGGUUCUAAUGUACCUACACCUAUUUGUGGUUUUCUAUAUCACGGCUUAAAUAGAUACUGUAAUCACUGUAACCAUUUCAUUUCUGUGAAUUUGUUAUAGUGUCUGCAGUCCCCUGGCACUUUCCCCCUAUUCAGUGAUCAACCUUUUUGAGCAGUUUAACACUAACUUAGGGUCCCUGGUCACCUAUAACAGCUACCUAGAAGUAUGACUGAGGCAGAGAUUGCACAUUUCCUUAUAGUUAUACCAUUCAUACCAGCUCUGGGCACUCUGAUAGGCUGAAAGCUAAUACUCUCAGGAAAUCCCGGCUGCUCAUUAUUCUUAAUUAGUCCCCGCAGCACAGAGCUGAGGGACUGCUGGGGACUGUCAAAACAUUAAAAAAAUGUUUUUAGUGCUGAAAGAAAGGAUGGGACCUGCGGACUCCAAACACUAUAACCAGUUCAAUGAGGUGAAGCACAUACACAGUGUUAGUUGAUACACAUAUUUUAGUUAACUUUCUUUAGAAAUAUUUCUUAAGAUUAUUGGGCAAGGACAGCUCCCCCCCCCCUAUUAAUUUUGACAUAUAUGUAGAUGGUACCACAAUAUAUACAUGAAGAAACAUGAAGAAACACUUACAUACCAUACACACACUAAAGACUUGUAUUUAAGCUAUUGUUUAUUCAAAUGCAUCAGUGGUUAAAAUGUUUAAAUGUUUUGAGAAAGUUUGUGUACGUUUUUAUUUUUAGAAAAUAUUAGUGAAAGGGUUUUAAAAAAAAACAAACAAACAAAAAAAAAAAAAAAAAACUCAGUUCUCCUAUGAUGUACCCUAAAAGGUUUUAAGUAAAUGUAAUAUACACCUUUUUUUUUUUUUUAUUUUCAUCGUGCGUGUAAUAACAUUUGGCGUGCAGGGCCACAACAGCAGCUGCAUGCUUUUUCAUAACAUUUUAACAUUGUAAGUCAUGGCAGGCUAAACAGUGCACUUUUUUUUUUUUUUUUGGGAAAAAAGAAUAACACUUGCAAUUAUCGUGCUUAAGAACAAUGAUUAAUCAGUUUGGAGGUGUUCAGCUUGUUAAAUUUACAGUUAGUUUGGUCUCAGGUAAAAAUUAGGUUAAGUACAUGGCAAAGCUGUACGGUGAGGGUCUAACAUGAGUGCGUAUGCAUUUCUCUUGUCCCCUUCUAUUCUUCCUCCUAUUGUGUUUUCUGAUAUGCAUAUAUGUAUGUCUAUAUUCUCCCUACGAUAGAAAGUUAUGGACUAGUACUAAGGUCUUACGCGUUAAACGUUAGCAGGUAAGUUGUUAGAAGCGUAUUAGCCAGCAUAUUCAGCCGCUGACACCGCCAGAGUAGGCAAUUUUAGAAACCCCAGGGAGAUCAAUAGAGGUUUUACUGAUUUAGUUGAGUUAUCGUGAUAUCAAGGGCUAGUGGUAGCUCGUGUUCCGGGUGGCUAAGUUUACAAUCCUAUCCGUGUUGCUCAAUAGGAGCAAUGCUGAGUAAACAAAACUAAAACCAUAAACGCAAAAACAUUACACACACAAACCGAAAGAGAGCUUUGUCCCCCGUGCUGUAGCAAUUAGCCUAAUGUGUUCGAAGUGUGUGGGCCUUUGGUGCUAAGUAUCUUCUAGAGGCGUCUGUGUGCUUCUGCGUGCCAGAGGCCGUUUAGAGGCAGUAGUAUUAUGUCUGUGUCCCCUUAUUACAAUUCGUGUGGAGUGUGGUACUAACGUAGAGCGAUGGUAAGUGUUUAUGUGGCUAUUGUUAGAGUAAAGAUAAAAAAAAAAAAUAGAAAAUAAUAACAUUAAUAAAAAGUAAGAUAAGCUAAGCGUUCAGUUAUAACAAUAAGGUCGUGAUUCGGCCAAUCUGUGAGAAAAUAGAAAAAUAGUGUCCCGGUGAAGGGCCUGUCGGGCUCAAGUCAUGGCUGCCGCGUAAGCCUCAGUGGCUCUCUGCCCGGGCUUGAAUUCUGUGGAGUGUACCGGGUCAAGGCCUCGAGAGAUUGCAGGUAGCGCUCUUCCGAGGGAGUCCAGAGGGAGAUCCAAGUCUCUCAGUGCCCCUGUGGCUUCUUGCAUGUCAUGUAUGACAUACGUUGUUUCACCUUUGGUGACGUGUAGUGUGUUGGUUGGGCCCCAUCGGUACCGGAGCUGGUGUGUGCGUAGUAGGGUGGUUAAUGGUCUUAGCGUUCUCCUCCAUGCCAGCGUUCCUCCCGAGAGGUCGGUAUAGAAGGAAAGCUCCAUCUUCUCAAAGAGGUAGGUAGGUCGGCCUCUGGCAGCCGCUUGUACCGCCGUUUUGUCUGUGCGGCUGAGUAACUGAAGAAUCAGGUCUCCAGGAGCUGAAGUUGAUGCUUUGCUCGAUUUCAGUAUGCGGAAUAUACCAGUUAUUUGGGUCGCUUUGGCCGCUUUGGGGUUUAGAAGUGCAGCUAUCAGCCGCCUGGUGAAGUGUGGUAGCUCAGCAUCCGAGAUGUUUUCUGCCACUCCCCAAACUUUUAGGUUGUUUUGGCGCCGUCUAUCUUCCUGGGCGUCGAGCUUUCGUUCCGUGAGGAGGUUUUGUCGCUGAAGUUCUGAAACCGCCUGUUGCAGCUCCUUGAGAUGGGUUGCCUGUGAGUCGGAGCGGUUUUCUAUCACACCCAAUCUGCUAGAUAGGCCGCGUAAGUCGUCUCGGAUUGCAGCCACCUCUGCCGAGAUUUUUUGAUGGUGGUCUUCCGUGAGCCUGCCGAUUGCAUCCAUUGUUACUGGUGUGGAUGCCGCCGUGGGCGGUGGAGGGCCUCCGCAGUUCUGCCACAUUCUCCCCUUCUGCUUCGUCCGAUGUUCCAUCCUCAAAGUCGUAGCAGCCUCCGUGUAGGGACGCCUUGUUGGGGCCUGGUGCACUCAGGGCCUGUUUCCAUAAGUCCCCAAUGUUCAUGCCCUGCCGAGGUUUGUCUGGCUUUUGCUUCUUCAUCUUCCGGCCCAUGUGGGUCGGGGGGUGUUGGGGUACCCCCUGUUGUGUGGGUAGGGUGAUGAAUCCCACUUUUAAUGAUUGUUUUGGCUCUUUUUCUCCCGGAGCUCCGCGGCCAUGCUGUAAUAUACACCUUUUAUGUAACCACUUUUGUGUGUGCAUCUAUAUAUGGUGAAAGCAUGUUUAUAACAUAAUAUCCCUGCCUCUCUAUCUCACACAGCCAUCACUCACAGUAAGUCAUAAAGUUGAGUAAAAGGAAAAUUUCUAUCCUAUAAAGAACUCCUACAGGCUGACUGUGGGUAGUUCUUUUGAGCUCCUCAGCUGACUUAUGACUGUAAAGUCGUGGUCAACCUUCCCACAAUCUUGGGUCAUCAUCCACAAUGAGCAGAUAGAAGUGGUAGGCAGCUGCUGUGAACAAUAGGGGAAUUUAAGGGAAUAAUGGGGUAGAAAAGCAGAAUGGAGCAAGUCAAUCCACUGACAUACGAGAGUGUGUGUUUGCUGUAAAAUGCACCUGCCUAUAAUAAAAACUAAAAAAAAAAUCUUUGAUUCUACACAUCUCUUCAUUCUGAAAGGACCUUUAAAAUCACCCAGACCACUUCAUCUCAAUCAUCUGUCAUUUUAACCCUGCAACAGAAAAUUGCAGUUUUGUAGAAACUGCAAUGUUUAAGUUGCUUUGUUAAAUACACCACUAUUGGUUGUCUUCCUGUCAACCAUUAGAGGCGCUUUCUCCUCCAGAACAGAGUGAAAAUUGGAGCUGGAAUCAAAUGCUGCUGAUAAAUAUUAGAUUGGAGGUGCGUGGCAUUUGACUUUAAAUGCUUAAUUCCAAUUCAUUGCUUCUAUAUAAGACGUGUAAAGAAGCGAGACACAAUCUGAUGUUUGGUUUUAUCUCCAGGUAUUAGUUUCAAUGAUUUGUCAUGCUCUAGGUAUCUAGAGUGUCUUUUACAUCAGUGUGCUUUCUGAGCAAAUUUGAGGCAGAUAAUUUAGCAAUAAGACUGCAAGAACUAUACAACAAAACCGCUUCAUUAAGCUAAAGUAGUUUUGGUGACCAUAGUGUCCCUGACACAGUAGGCACCCAGACCACUUCAGCUCAUUGAGGUGUUCUGGAUGCAUUGUCCCAUGCCCCUUAACCAUACAGUAGUAAUUAUUGCAGUUUGAGAAACUGCAAUAAUUACCUCUGAGGGUUAACUCCUCCUCUACUGGCUGUCAGUCUGACAGUGACCGGAGAUGUGUUCUCCAAGAAAUGUAAACUUUACCCUUUUUUCAAGACCAUGCAGGAAGGUAUGAUAAGGGUUGUAAAAACAAAAUCACUUAACCCCUCAAUAGCAGAGAAUUGAGCAGUAAGACUGUAGGAGCAUGAUCUAUACACCAAAGCUGCUUUGUUAAGCUAAAGUUGUUUUGGUGACUGUCGUGGUACUUUAAGUUUUAUUAAAUGCAAUAAACUUAAUUUAAACCUUAAAUUAAUAUUUGAUGAGUUAUCCUUUGUAGGUUGAAAUUUUCACUUGCUUCCCAAGGAUGAAGUGUCACUGCCAAGAUACAUGAUGGCACGGCAAAGGAUUAAAUUUUUUUCUAACACUGUGAAUUGUGUAUGUAAUGUAUAAGCAAAAGUGCAGUAGCGAUGAGUGUCAUGUUUCAUCUGUGUUCUUUGGGACACAAUCCUAGUGAUUGGAUCACAGUUAUAGUGAUUGGAGUGUGUGAUUAUUGACGUUAAAGGACCAAUAUAGGCACCCAGACUACUUCAGCUCAAUUAAGUGGUCUGGGUGCUAAGUCCCCCUAGUUUUAACCUUGCACCUGAAAACAUAGUAGUUUCAGAGAAACUGCUAUGUUUACACUGAGGGUUAAUUCAGCCUCUAGUGGCUGUCUUCCUGACAGCCACUAGAGGUGCUUCUGCGAUCUACACUGAGUAAAUCACACUUAUUUGAAGUUGGACAUCCUCACGGACCUCAAGCGUCAAAAAAGAUCCCCAUAGGAAAGCAUUGAGUAAUGCUUUCCUAUGGGCAGGUUUGAAUGUGCGCAUGCCUCUGGUUGCACAUGCGCAUUCGUCUCCACUCGGUAGCUGAUAUCGAUGGAGGAUGAGAGGUCACCAACGCCGAGGGAGCCCAGCGCUGGAUUAAGGUGAGCAACUAAAUGGUUAAUUAACCAUUUAUUUUCCGUGGAACGGGGCAACUAGUGCUUCAUAGCGUUAGGAAUUCAUAAUAUAUAACGCUAUAGUGUUCCUUUAAUAGUAUACACAGGGUGGUGAUAUAAUUGAACACUUCCUUCAGAGGAAGGUGGUUUAUGUUUUAAACUCAAUAAAUUGGUUUACUGCAUUUAAAAAAAGAUUUAUUUGUUGAGCUGAUCUCAUUUCUGAUCUGUAUGCUUAUAUUGAAUCUGUCUUUUAUUAUUUUCUCUAUCCAUGAUGCCCUUUGUCCAGAUAUUUAUUUGUAUGUGUUCUUGUGCUGUUUUUUUUAAAUAUAAAAAAAUAUAUAUAUUUAAUCUAAGGUCUUGUGUUGCUAUAGAAGACCUUUCUGUAUAUUACAUGGGGUUGUACAGUAAUUGUGUCCACUAGCAGUAUGCAAUAUAUGCCAAAUAGUCAUAAGGCAGCCUUCCCCUAGUAUAUACAGUUAGUCAAGGUGGAUGGUUUUAUAGGUGUUACGCAGAAAGGGAGGCAGCAUAGCAAGGUAAAAAUUUUUUUUAAUAUAUAUAUAUAUAUAUAUAUAUAUAUAUAUAUAUAUAUAUAUAUAUAUAUAUAUAUAUAUAUAUUAAAUGUAAAUUAAGUAUUCAUGUAACUCUUUGCAGAUAUGUAACCAUCAUUGUAGUUAACACAAUAUCUGAAUUCACGUUUCCUAGGUAUUUGGAAAAAUAUGAAAAAGUACAUCAUUUUGGGGAAGAUGAUGAUGAAGUCCAACCUGGUAAUCCAAAGCCGCAGCUUCCAAUUGGUGCAAUACCCUGCUCGUACAACUACCAGCAGCAUGUUGUACCAGGUAAGUUAACACCUAAAAUCUGACAAAUGAAAUGCCAGGAUGGAUUAUCUCUUGUAGGCCUUUUCACUGUGCUCCUCAUCAAAAGCGGAGUUUAACUCACAUGACAAUAUCCUGUAUUCAGGUAAAUAGUUUAAACUGCCAUUUGUUUGCUUACCUCAGUGGAGCAAACCAUAUUUGAUUUGUUACUGAAAUAAGGUGUGCACUUGAAGGGAAGUUAAAAUCCCGUUAUGUAUACUAACUUAAUCAGUGCCGCCAUGUCGUUCUAGUGAUGCCAUACCCUCUCCUGGAAUCAUAACAUAGCCUUGUGUUUGGUACAGAUCGAUGUAAAUUGAAAGGGUUUCAAAAAAAUAAAACCACAAAUUGCUAGUUUAUAUUUAGCUAUUAGAAUGUACUGUUACCUCUGAAGAAACAAUUCCUCUCAAAAGUUACCAACACAGAUCCUUGCAACUACAGUCUAAACUUAGAUGGCAUUGUUGUUCCCUUAUGCAGGUUUGCUAUUGUAAAUUGUGCCUUUUCUGAGAAACAACACUGUUUACAUUUUAAAGUGCCCACACCAAGUCAUUCAGUCACUAGGGACUUCAAAGACAGUCAAUGAAUCUCUUUGAGUGACAGCAUCAUAAUGCAAAACUUUUUGUUAAAGCCAGACUCUUUAUGCAUCGAAUGCUCCCCUAUGAAAAGCAUUGGAUUAAUUGAUUCUCAUUGACAAGAAUUGGAUUGGUGGAGCAGUGCAAUUGCUCUACAUGUGCUGUGCUCUGAUUGGGCAACUGUCAUCAGGAUUGAUGACUUCCGUGAGGACGAAUUUAGCUGCUAGGAGGAGACUAUUAAAAAGGCAAACUUUUAUUUCUGCACCAAAAUAAACUUCUAAAAAAGGGAAAGAAAUAAUUCUAGUAAAAAAGAAAAGAAAAUCUUUAUUUUUAGUUAUUUAUUUUAUCAGUGUUCCUUUAAAAUGGACUGUAGGUCAAAGCAAUAUUACCAUUUACCUUAUGUGUAGUGAAUACAUUUACCACUCUUGGAGGCUUUUCCCGUUAACAAUUUCUUUAUCUUCUUUACUAUUACAGACUAUUUACGACAAAGUUAUGGGCUUACCAUGGACUUCAAUACACCAAAUGAUUACAACAAACUGGUGCUCUCACUUUUAUCUGGACUCCCAAAUGAAGUGGACUUUGCAAUUAAUGUGUGCACGCUUCUGUCCAAUGAAAGCAAGCACGUAAUGCAGCUUGAGAAGGACCCCAAAAUAAUCACGUUGUUGCUUGCGAAUGCGGGAGUGUUUGAUGACAGUGAGUAUACAUGUGAAAAAAGGCAUUUCUGCAAGGUGCUAAACUGUUAUUUUCUCAAGUGCAUUUAUUACUUUUUUACAUAUGUUAUUAUUUUUUAGUGCAAAAACAUUGUUGUUGUGGCUUUUAGUGACCAGACUUCUAAAUUAUUCUUCUAGACUUUGAUGUAGAGGUUUUGGAUUGUAAAGGAAACUUUUUUUGUGGUCACAUCAUUUUUUAUUUAUUUUCUUCUGUGCUUUUCAGUCAUUUCUAUUGCUAACAUUUACCUGUAUUCAGUAAUUAUUAAUUUUACUUCAGAUGGUAUCAUUAACUUCAAUCUAAUUAUGUCCAGAUAUGGCAUUCAUUUUGCUGCAAUAGUGGAGGUCUGAAUACAAUGUGAGAAUUCUUAAUGUUUUCAGCCUUAAAGGACCACUCUAGGCACCCAGACCACUUCAGCUUAAUGAAGUGGUCUGGGUGCCAGGUCCUUCUAGGGUUAACCCAUUUUUUUUUAUAAACAUAGCAGUUUCAGAGAAACUGCUAUGUUUAUUAAUGGGUUAAGCCUUCCCCCUAAUCCUCUAGUGGCUGUCUCAUUGACAGCCACUAGAGGCGCUUGCGUGCUUCUCACUGUGAUUUUCACAGUGAGAGCACGCAGCGUCCAUAGGAAAGCAUUGUAAAUGCUUUCCUAUGCGACCGGCUGAAUGCGCGCGCAGCCAGCCCAGGAGGAGGAGAGCUCCCCGCCCAGCGCUGGAAAAAGGUAAGUUUUUACCCCUUUCUCCCUUCCAGAGCCGGGUGGGGGCACCCUCAGGGCACUAUAGUGCCAGGAAAAAGAGUAUGUUUUCCUGGCACUAUAGUGGUCCUUUAAAGCGGCACUGUCAUGCCGAACUUACCUUUAAUUUAUCGAUUCCUCUUCUCUCCCUCUGUCAGGAUCUGUUCUUCAUUUCUUCCUGUCUGCUCCAGUUUUCUUGAAAACAUAAAACAAAGUAGGGACAACUUUGUCUUAUGGAGGUUUCCUACGCUUGUCCACCCCCCCGCUGUGUAAAACGACACAGAGCCCUCUCAUUGGUUGGAUUUCAAGCCAACCAAUCAGAGUGCUGUAACAGGUAAAUUUAGAGACUUAACUGUCAGUCUCUUCAUUUACCUGUCAGAGCACUCUGAUUUGGUUGGCUUAAACCAACCAAUCAGAGUGCUCUGAGCCUAAUUGCAUUCUGCGCUGUGCCCUCCAUGGGUGAAGAUUGAUUAUUAUUUAGCGUUGGGUUGUUUUUUGUUUUUGUUUUUGCACUCGUGUUUUUUUUUUAAUUUUAUUUUCAAAGUGCAAUGGGUGUUACGGACUUUUAUUUGGCCUCUUUUGGGGCUGAAAAAAAGACUUUAGAAAAAUACAUCAAAUGGUAAGUUUUAUUUAGUUUUUACAGGUAUUUAGUUCUCUUGUUCCCCCCUCACUAUUUUAAGGGUGAGGGGAGUAGGUAGGGGUUUAUUAAUUUUUUUUAGGUGGGGGGGUGACUAGGGGCCUGGGGGGGAUGUAAUCUAUGGCCCCCACCCGCCGCUGGGGGAGGGGGGAGGAGGACGACAAUAGGUCUCCCCCCUUUAUUGUAGUUUAGGGCCCCCUCCUGCCGCUCAGGGGUGGGGGCCAGGGGGAAGGACAAUAGGUCUCCCCCCUUUAUUGUAAUUUAGGGCCCCCACCGAACGCUCAGGGGUGGGGGCUGGGGGGGGAAGUACAAUAGGUCUCCCCCUUUUAUUGUAAUUUAGGGCCACCACCGCCACUCAGGGGUGGGGGCAAGGGGGGAGGACAAUAUGUCGUCCUCCCUGUCGUCCUCUUAUUAUAAUUUAGGAUCCCCACCCGCCACUCAUGGGUGGCGUCCGGGGAAAGACUACGAUAGGUCCCCCCCCUUUAUUGUUACUUAGUGCCCCCACCUGCCGCUCUGGAGUGGGGACCAAUAGGUCCCCCGUUCACUUUAAUAGCCCCCACUCACAGGUGGGGGCUUGGGAGGGGAGACACUAGGGUUGUUUUUAUAUAUAUAUAUAUAUAUAUAUAAAUAUACAGUGAGCAACCACUGGCUGCUCACUGUUUCCUAGACAUGCACCUGCUCGUGGUAUAGCGAGUAGGGGUAAAAUUUACUAAAACUAAGUACUUCUUUACUUAGUAUUCGUAAAUUUGUCUGAAAUCAUGGAUCAAAGGUGAGAAUUGUGGGAAAAUUGCUUUGAUCACCGGAAACUAAGCAAACUUUGCUCGUCCGCUAGUCAAAACUGGUCAAACGUAGGAAACCUCCAUAAGACAAAGUAGUCCCUACUUUGUCUUAUGUUUUAAAGAAAACUAGAGCAGACAGGAAAAAAUGAAGAACAGAUCCUGAGGGAGAGAAGAGGAAUUGAUUAAAGAAAGGUAAGUUCGACAGUGCCGCUUUAAAGAUAAAAAUAAGUUUAAUCCAUUGAACAAGACAGCUUUGCCUGCGUUAAAGGGACACUAUAGUCACCAGUGCAGCUACAUGUAUUCUUGACCCUAUAGUGUUAACACGACCAUCUAGCCCCCCUGGGACCCUCAUGCCUCCAUAAAUAUAGUAAAAAUCUUACUGUAUUCAAGUUAUAUGCUGUAAAUCUGCAUGCUUUUAGACUCAGGAAAAACAAGCAGUCUGCGGACAUGUGAUAGCCUGAUCCAAUCACAGUGCUUCCCCAUAGGAUUGGCUGAGACUGACAAGGAGGCAGAUCAGAGGCAGAGCCAGCAUGGUUCAAACACAGCCUUGGCCAAUCAGCAUCUCCUCAUAGAGAUGGAUUGAAUCAAUCAAUCUCUAUGAGGAAAGUUCAAUGUCUGCAUGCAGUGGGAGGAGAUACUGAAUCACAGGAUGCUCGUGCACUGCAGAUCUGAGUGGAUGGAGGCAUAUUUUGCCUCCAUCAACUCAGAAGUCCCUCUGGUUCACUCUGACUGCAACUGGAGGUGUUCCUAGCUUUCAAUGUAAACACUGUAUUUUCCCAGAAAAUACAGUGUUUACAUGAGAGAGGCUGCAGGGAGCUAUAGUUCUCACCUGAACAACCUCAUUAAGCUGAAGUUGUUCAGGUGACUAUAGUGUCCCUUUAAUGUUGAUCUUAUAAUAUUGCCAUUAAGUUUGAAAUCCUGCUUUGCUGUGUGAAAUCUUCAUAGAUGCAGCCCCCACCCACACACUUCAAAUGUAAAAUGCAUAAUUUAAAAAAAUAAAUAAAAUUUAAAAAAAAUAUAUAAAGUUCCAAUUGCUUGCACUCCUGGAUUGAUAGUAAAAAGCCCGGUGCUUAACAGCCAAAUAAUAGAAAUAAAGUAAUGAUAGCACUCCAAGGACUUCAAAAAUAUUGUGAAAAAACUUAGCUUUUAUUCAGGCAUCUGCCACAGAAGAUCAACGUUUCAGUUCUUCAAGGAACUUUCGUCAGGAUCUUCUGUUGCAGAUGCCUGAAUAAAAGCUAAGUUUUUUCACAAUAUUUUUGAAGUCCUUGGAGUGCUAUCAUUACACUCUAUCUCUAUCUCUACAUACACACACACACACACACACACACACACAAAAAAUAAAUAAAGGGAACACUUAAUCAACACAAUGUAACUCCAAGUCAAUCAAACUGUCCACUUAGGAAGCAAAACUGAGUGACAAUCAGUUUCACAUGCUGUUGUGCAAAUGGGAUAGACAACAGGUGGAAAUUAUAGGCAAUUAGCAAGACACCCCCAAUAAAGGAGUGGUUCUGCAGGUGGUGACCACAGAUCACUUCUCAGUGUCUAUGCUUCCUGGCUGAUGUUUUGGUCACUUUUGAAUGCUGGCGGUGCUUUCACUCUAGUGGUAGAAUGAGACGGAGUCUACAACCCUCACAAGUGGCUCAGGUAGAGCAGCUCAUCCAGGAUGGCACAUCAAUGCGAGCUGUGGCAAGAAGGUUUGCUGUGUCUGUCAGCGUAGUGUCCAGAGCAUGGAGGUGCUACCAGGAGACAGGCCAGUACAUCAGGAGACGUGGAGGAGGCCGUAGGAGGCCAACAACCCAGUAGCAGUACCGCUGCCUCCGCCUUUGUACAAGGAGGAACAAGAGGAGCACUGCCAGAGCCCUGCAAAAUUACCUCCAGCAGGCCACAAAUGUGCAUGUGUCUGCUCAAACGGUCAAAAACAGACUCCAUGAGGGUGGUAUGAGGGUCCACAGGACGUUUGGCAUUUACCAGAGAACACCAAGAUUGGCAAAUUCGCCACUGGCGCCCUGUGCUCUUCACAGAUAAAAGCAGGUUCACACUGAGCACAUGUGACAGACGUGACAGAGUCUGGAGAUACCGUGGAGAAUGUUCUGCUGCCUGCAACAUCCUCCAGCAUGACAGGUUUGGCAGUGGGUCAGUAAUGGUGUGGGUGGCAUUUCUUUGGGGGGGCCGCACAGCCCUCCAUGUGCUCGCCAGAGGUAGCCUGACUGCCAUUAGGUACCGAGAUGAGAUCCUCAGACCCCUUGUGAAACCAUAUGCUGGGGCAGAUGGCCCUGGGUUCCUCCUAUUGCUGGAGUGUCAGCAGUUCCUGCAAGACGAAGGCAUUGAUGCUAUGGACUGACCCGCCCGUUCCCCAGACCUGAAUCCAAUUGAGCACAUCUGGGACAUCAUGUCUCGCUCCAUCCACCAACGUCACGUUGCACCACAGACUGUCCAGGAGUUGGCAGAUGCUUUAGUCCAGGUCUGGGACGAGAUCCAUCAGGAGACCAUCCGUCACCUCAUCAGGAGCAUGCACAGGCGUUGUAUGGAGGUCAUACAGGCACGUGGAGACCACACACCCUACUGAGCCUCAUUUUGACUUGUUUUAAGGACAUUACAUCAAAGUUGGAUCAGCCUGUAGUGUGUUUUUCCACUUUAAUUUUAAAUGUGACUGCAAAUCCAGACCAACAUGGGUUGAAAAAUUUGAUUUCCAUUUUUUUAUUUUUGUGUGAUUUUGUUGUCAGCACAUUCAACUAUGUAAAGAACAAAGUAUUUCAGAAGAAUAUUUAAUUCAUUUAGAUCUAGGAUGUGUUAUUUCUGUGUUCCCUUUAUUUUUUUGAGCAGUGUAUUUUAUUUGCAGCUUUCCAGUACUGUAUCAUGCUGGAUGCUAUACUCUAGUCAGUAACAUACAACUUAAGUUUAAAUUCAUGGGGGAAAACUGAAACACAUGAUUCCUACUGUAAUAUAGAACUUAACUUUGCUAUAAACACUAACAUUUUCAGAUAACUUAAUAAAAAGGGAACAUUUUGUUUUAGGGGAACCUUUUUUUUUUUUUUAUAUAAAUUACAGGAGUCAUGCCAACAUUUCUGGUUUUGCAUUAUGGCUAUAGAGCAGAGAUACCGAGCCAGAACUUUUUCUGUGUAUGGAAAGUUUGUUUUUGCAUACAGUAAUCAAAAUGAUAAAAGCACAUGGUUUCUGUAUAUGGAUAGGAAAUUUUCUGCAUGCAAGAUAGCCAAGAUUGAAAGCCAAAUCUGGACUGCUCUCAGUGCUCAGAAUUGUAUAUAAUAAGUAAUCUUGCUUCCAAAUUACAAGAACAAUAAUAGUUCUAAGUCUUAUAUUUUCGUAAAAUUAUAGGAAAAGGCACGAGCAUUCCUAGUUAAAGAAGAUGUAGUAUUUUUUCACAAUGUAGCUGCAGGCUGGGGCUAAAUAAUUAUAUUGAUAGGACUUUAUGGCUUACGCCUGAGAGUCUCCAUCAGAGCACACAAUUUAAACGUUUGUUCCUCGGGUAGGGUUCAUUAGGUGCUCUUUUAAUCAGAGUGAAAAUCUGAAAGUGCUGAUUCUGGAAACUGAAUGACAUUCCAAGUGGGGCAAAUUCUCUAGACUUAGAGUCUGGCAAAAUGUUCUGUAAACCAUACACAUUACGAGCCACUCUCUUAUAUCUUAUACUGCCAUUUCACACUCAUGUCAUAUCUCUACAUGUCCUAUCUCAUAUCAUUUAUUUAGCCCUACAAUUUAGAAAAAUAGACUUUAAAGGAACACUAUAGUGUGAAGAAUACAAACUAUAGUGCUUGAAUGCAGAAUUGGGUCUCGGCACCGUUCUUUAUAAAGAUUUUCCAUUUUUCCCACAUCUCGCUAGUCUCGCCAGGGAUGGCUCCACCUCAGUGUCUGAGAUAAUCCGUUUUGAUGAUCUCAGCCAAUGCAAUCCUUUCCUAUCGGAAAGCAUUGGGAGGUUAUUGCAAUUGUGCCCCACCAAUUAGCAUCUCAUUACAGUAAUGCAUUGAAUCAGUGCAUCUCUAUGGGGGAAGUUCAGAGCCUCCAUGCACACUGAAUGCCAGCUCUGUACACUGUGCAGCACUGAACUAGGAAGCACCUCUAGUGGCCGUCUGAGUGACUGCCACUAGAGAUGUAACUAACAAGCAAUUUAAAAGGCAGUGUUUACCAUGCUAAAGCUAAAGGGAAAUGCUAGAGACACAAGAACCACUACAUUAAGCUGCAGUGGUUGAGGUGACUAUAGUGUCCCUGUAAAGAAUCAAAUAAUAACUACACUGUGCAAUGAAAAUGUGUCCUUAAGGUUUUCUGAUAUUUCAGUCACACCAGUUAUUGACAGAUAUAUAAAAAUCAACAUUGUCAGUUUAUCAAAUUCUGCCCUUCUUUAGCUGCUCCAGUCGAAUGUAAGAGUUAUUCUUUUCAUGUGGAAAAGCCUAAAAGUAACAUUCCUGACCUAAUGUGGUAGGCCACAUUACCUUUGCAAAAAAGGCCAGCAAGAGCUGAGGGCAUACAGCUGAUAAAUAUUGUUUUUGGUGACAACAUUAAUAAAGGGAUACCUCUAACUUAAUAAGUGUAUUUAUUUUUUAAAAGAGCAUUUCUUUUUUUUGUUUUGUUUAAAUGACUGCCAUCCCUUUAUCCCCACACACCUCUCUCUGGGGUAGAGAAGAAAUAGUUUCAAAGUUUGUUGCAAAAUUGGAAAGCCCCUCAAACAAAAUUUUUUUUUUUUGCCUUCUUUUGGAUUAACAGCAAAAUCAGAUAUGUCAGUCACGUUCAGCUUUUCUCACAAGUCUGUCUUCAGCCUAUGUAACGGUCAUUGGACUCUGGAGCAAUGUAAAUAAUUGUUUGGUAUAAUUAAAGGGACACUAUAGUCACCCAGACCACUUCAGCUCAAUGAAGUAGUCUAGGUGCUACGUCCCCCAAGUUUUAACCCUUCAGAUGUAAACAUAGCAGUUUCAAAGAAACUGCUAUGUUUACAUUGCAGGGUUAAUCCAGCCUCUAGUGGCUGUCUUCCUGACAGCCGCUAGAGGUGUUUCUGCGACGCUGGAUGCGGAAAUCGCAUUUAGCGUGAAGAACGUCCAUAAGAAAGCAUUGAGAAAUGCUUUCCUAUGGACUGUUUGAAUGCGCGUGCAGCUCUUGAUGCGCAUGCCGCUCCACUCAGGAGCUGGUGGGGGCCGAGAGGUCACCGGCGCUGGAUUAAGGUAAGUGGCUAAAGGGGUUUAACCCAUUUAGCCCAGUGGGGGGAGGGAGAGGGGGGGGACUAAGGGUUAUACAGUGUCAGGAAAACAAGUUUGUUUUUUCCUGAUACUAUAGUGAUCCUUUAAUUGUUCAUCAUCUGGUGUAUAACUGGAGACCUUUACCUGCCUAAUUGCAUUGUACCAACUAAAAUAUUUGAAUGAGGAAUAAUGAUCGGGUGUUUUUUCAUGGUUUGGCUAAGUCUCUCUUAUUUGCAUGGAAGGGUUUUUUAACCCCUUAAGACCGGAGGGCGUACUAUUACGCCCUAUUCUAAGCGGCUCUAAACGCCGCCGGGCGUAAUAGUACGCCAUCCGGUCUUUUCCUACUUACCAGGGAGCCCCCCACGGCACCUCAGACGUCCUGGAAGCCCCCCGGCCAUGUGAGAGUGGGGUCCAUGCGAGGACCCUACAAUCACAUGGCCGGGGGUAGCUGGCUGCAGCAUUGCCAGCAGGGGGGCUGCCUGUAAUGACAGGUGGUCCCCCUGCUGGCUGAAAAUAAAAUAAAAUAAAUAGUGUAAAAAAAAAUAAUAUAUAAAUAAAUAUAUAUAUAUAUAUAUAUAUAUAUAUUCUAAAUAUAUAUAUAUAUAUAUAUACACAUAUACAUACACACACGUACACCGUCUAGGUGCAUUUUACUAUUAAUAUAUAUAUAAAUUAAUAUCAAAUUACACGUAGACUGAUACUGAUUAAAUAUAUAUAUAUAAUUAUUGUUAUAUAUUUAUAUAUAAUAUAAAAAAUAAAAAUGUAAAUACGUUAAAAAAUAAUUAAAAAUAAAUAAUUAAAAAAUAUAUAGAUGUGUUAUUUCGUUCUAACUGUAUUGUGAAAUUAAUAUAUAUAUAUAUCAAUAUACACGUAGAACGAAAUAAUAUAUAUAUCUAUAUACAUAAAUAUAUACGUAUAUAUCACUAUAUAUAUAUACCUAUAUAUAAAUAAAAAUAUUUGUAAAAAAUUAUAUACAUAUAUAUACACAUACGUGUGUGUGUGUAUAUAUAUAUAUAUAUAUAUAUAUAUAUGUAAAUUCUACAUAUAUUUAUGUAAUAUUUUUACAUAAUUAGGUAUCUUAAUUAAUUACAAUUAGCGGGACCUGCCUGACAACCCAUGCUGAAAGUAGAGGGAAUUUAAUUUGCUAGCACUAUAUUUAACCCUAUAACUUUCCAAGACACCAUAAAACCUGUACAUGGGGGUACUGUUCUACUCGGGAGAUGUCGCUGAACACAAAUAUUAGUGUUUCAAAACCGUAAAAUGUAUUACAACGAUAUCGCCAGUAAAAGUGAAGUUUUUUGCAUUUUUCACGCACAAACAGCACUUACACUGACGAUAUUAUUGCUGCGAUACUUUUUACUGUUUUGAAACAGUCCUUAAGUGGUUAAUGUUGGGCCAUACAAUUACUCUCUAGACAGUACUGUUCUUCCAACUAUUGGGAAUGUUUUUUUUUUUUGUUUUGUUUUUUUUAUGCCCUUGCAAGAUGUCAAAGAGGGAUCAUGUCAAAGAUGCUAACAUAUCUAUAGAUAAUGAAGCUCCAUUAAAUCAAAUUGCUCCUCUAAUUAUCCAAGCAAACCUUCAUAGUGUAAUUUAGCUGUGAACUGUGACAAAUUUAAGUUGCUUUUUAUGUACAAAAAUUAAAACUGAAUAUCUCGUGGUCCUCCUAUUUUUAAAGGCAAGUAACUAAGGAGGUCAUAUUCAGUUACAGUGAUAGGACAGCUGAAACCCUCAAAGUGAGGAGUUGAUAUGUUUUAAGUAGAUGGUUUUUUUUUGUUUUGUUUUUUUUUUCAAUCAUUGUUUAGAGAACACUUUACAAUAAGGGUUUAAAGUGGCUCUAUCACCUCCAAUAUCUUACUCCUAUUGGAAAUGUCUGAUCUAUUUCUCUUCAAAACAUUAGGCAGUGUAGGGACUACUUAAACUUGAUAAUCUUGACAAAGAAAGUGCAGCUCAGAGCGACAUUCCACUGCCCAAAUAUUAAAAAAUAUAUAUAAAAUCUCUGUUCAGUAGAUAUACCCUCAAUAAAGAAAUGCAUGCAUUUAUUUAUGCAUUUCUUCACUGCGGGUAGAUCUAUAAACCUUUUUAAAAAUAUGCAGACCUCUUGCUUGAAGAUUUUGCCAACCAUUUCCUUUCUUAACAAAAGCAAAUAUUCUAAAUCUAUAGCAUCAACUUUUUUCCUUACUGAAACAUUUGGUUUCAUAUAAUUUUAACUAUUUCAAAUGCGGACAGGGUAAAUUAGACCUUUUGUAUAGUAAAACAGUAUGGUGAAAUAGCAGUAAGCUCCUGAUAAUUGGAGUAUAGCCAAGUCAAAAUGAACAUAACUUUUCUGAUUUACCAUCAGUUUAAAAGUGUAAAAAUAUACAUUUUCCCUCAGAUUUUGCUUACUGUUAAGAAUUAGCAGAUUUGUAACCACACUGAAAAAUGUAGGCCUCAGAAACGGUUUGGGUGGGGGAACAAAAUAUUCAACUCUUGUCACAGCUUCAAACUAAAUUUUGAACUUUUUUUUUUUUUUAAAUUUUCUACCGUAUAUUGAAUAAACCUCAAGGUUUGCAUUCAGCAUACUUCUAGGAACAUUGAAUAAUAUUGUGACUAUAACAGGAACACACUACACUUCAAACUAAAGCUUAUUAAAAUGAGGUGUACACACAUAUUGAAAUGUUGGGCCUUGCCAUAAUCUAUUUUGUUGCUACAUUUUUGUUCCUAUUGCAUAAUGCUUUCAUGUAAUUAAUUUACUUAUUUUUAUUAUUGAAAAUGUUCCUUAAGAGCUUCUAAUCACCUUGCUUUGGUUUUUGGUUAGAGCUGCAGCUAUAAGUACAUUCCCAUCACCCCGUCUCAUAAUGUCACAGAGCAAGCAUGUCAAACUCAAAGUCUGGAUCGGGCCACAAACAAGGUUUACGUUUAUGUGGGCCGCAAAAAAAACUCUUAAUUUUUCAUAGGAACAUAGGUUUAUUUUAAAAAGUACAUUUUAAAAAGAAAACAGCUCCCCCUACUAAACCACAGCACCCCCCUCUACCAAAUCUGAUCCUCCCGCUGACACACACACAUUCACUGACAGACACACCGACCCACACAUACUCAGACACACACACUGACAGACACAAACAGUAGUAUAUGUGUGUGUCUGUCUGUGAGUAUGUGUGUCACUGACACACACAUACUCGCUGACAUACAUACAGACAGACACACAAAGAGAGACUCACACACACUGACACACACGCACAUACUCACUGACAGACACACACUUGCACACUGACACGUUCUUGCACACAUACUUUUCUUUAUUGCUCCCUACCUUUAUGGAGUCGAUCUGGGGCAUCUCCCUGGGGUCCUUCCUGCUCCUCACUGCUCCCUUGCGCGGUUUAGUGUUGCUGGCUGCCGGAAUAUGUCAUAUUCCGGCGCCCGGCUUCACUUCAGACGGCGUGGGAGCAGUGAGGAGCAGGAACACUGAGCUCCCUCGCUGGCCUUCCUCCCCGGCUGGGUAAGUGUUAGUAGAGUAGGCACCUGCAAUAUGGGGAAAGCAGGUGCCUACUCUGCUAUUACACCAGAAUGUACUCACGGCUCGUCGGGGCUGCAAAGAUGGUCCUUGUGGGCCGCGAGUUUGACAUGCUUGUCACAGAGGAAAGCAAUGCUUUUACCUACCAGUGCAGGUAUUUGUAUUAGGGAAGCUGUAAUUGUCUAUAAUGAAAAAAUAGAAUGAUGGUAUUUGUCCAGCGUGUGCAAUGAUUUCUGACGUGUAUUUUCAUGAAACAAACAUUUGCUGGGUAUGGGUUAAGUUCAGCACACUUAUCAAACAGGGCUAGGAUUAUACGACUAUUUCCUGGUUCCUGAUGAAAGCUGUGGAUUUACACCCACUAGAUUUGGAAUGAUUGUUCUACAUUUUGUGGUUAUACCUAUUGCGUAAACAUUCACUUAUACCUGCAGAGGAGGACUGGCAACUUCUUGGCAUUAAACAAAUCUCAGUAUGUAUGGCUCUGUUCACAUUGAGCAUGCAGUACAUUGAUUUGACAUUUGGAGGCUGCUGGUGUUGCAUCAAAUAUGACCUCUCUGCACUUGCCGUCAGUGUCCUUAUUUAGGGGUUCUAAUUUGGACCCAAAUCCCUCUCUUUCUUUUCUAUCCUAAUGCUCCUUUUUCAAAGAGCAACAUGUUGUGUUUGACUGUAUAACAGAGUGCCACAUUAAUAAUACUCACAGUAAUGUAUCUUUAAACAGAAAAUGUAUUUUGAAAUCAGUCUGUGUAAAUACCGGUAAGAUGCACUGUUCUUUUGCUAAAUUACAUUUUAGUUGCAUAAAUUAUGAAGCCCCUUAAAAUGACUCAGACCAGCUCUGCUCCUGGCCACACCUCCACUCACACUCCUAAAAUAAGUGUUUUCCUUUGUCCAUUUAGAAACUUAGGGUUUAUGCGUUCGUUUAGAUAAUUCAAUUUUAGAAUUGUAACACAAGCAAAGGUUAAAGCAUGUUGUUUGCACCAAACCUUAAAGCAACACUAUAGGGUCAGGAACACAAACUUGUAUUCUUGACCCUAUAGUGCUAAACCUACCAUUUAGGUGGCUUGUCGUCCCCCACUCCCCUUCCUAAAAGUUAAUAAAACUCCCCUUAUUUCAAGCGCCCUGCACGGGUCUGCUGGAGCUGACCCCGCCCCCAUAGUGACAUCAUCAGAAUUGCCCAUUUUAAACCAAUCCAAUGCUUUCCCAUAGGCACAGAUUUGGCCAAUCAUCACCUCCUUAUAGAGAUCCAUUGAAUUUUCCUCAUAGAGAUUCAUUGAUUCUGAGUCCCCAUACAGAGCGUGGAGAUGCUGAAUGGCAGUGCUGCCUACUGUGCAGCACUGAGCCAGGAAGCACCUCCAGUGGCCAUCUGAGUGGCCGCCACUUGGAGGUGUCCCUAGGGGCAAUGUGAACACUGCCUUUUCUCUGAAAAGGCAGUAUUUGCAUGAAAAUGCCUGCAUAUAAUGCUUAUACUCCCCAUAACAACUACAUUAAGCUAUAGUUGUUCUGGUGACUAUAGUGUCCCUUUAAAGCUCCCAAGUUGUGUUACCUAUUUAACAUGAGAUUAAAAGUUCUGUUACUAAUAAAUUAUUGCCAAAUGUUGAAGUUUGUUUCUAGUAAUGGGUUUGCCAAGAUUUCUUUUAAUCUUGACUUGAAUAAACUCUGAUACCUAGAUAGUUACCUUUUUAAUUGACAAAUUAUUCUAAUACUUUUUUCCCCCCCAAAUUUUUUUUGUAGCUCUGGGAACCUUUUCUGCUGUAUUUGGCGAUGAAUGGAAGGAGAAAACAGAUAGAGAUUUUGUACAGGUACUGUAUCCACUUAACAUUUUAAUAUUAGGAAUAAUCUUAAUGAAGUGCUUUUUUAAAUUUUUUUUAAUUCUAUUCUAAACCUCAAAAUAUAUAUUGCAACAAAAACAGAGAAUAUGACAAGAGACAAAAGCUUAGGAAAACUGAAUAACUUGCCUUUCAGUAAAUACCCUCUCAGGUCUCAAAAUGUUUUUGCUUACUUGUGUCAUUACAUAGUAAACCUCUACUAUUUGCAUAUUAUGCUGAUUCCACCCAUAAUGGCAGUCCAGGACCAAAGUGCUGGCAAGAGAUGCAGCAACCCCGGGUAAUAGUUUCUACCUGCUUUAGGCUUAGUCAGCGUGUUGUAGCUGAAAUCCCUCUAGGCACAGUGAGCACGGGGUCCAAGGUUGCUGUAUCUCUGAUGCAACUUGCCAGCAUUUCGGUAGCGUUAUGAUGCAUUUUGGAGGGCUGGUAAAAUAAUUUACCAUUGCAUUAUUUUAAUUACCGUCUGGAUUUUAUACACUGCUUUUAUUUAUUUUGUCUCUCAAAACAGCAUAGAAUCUGUGGUUUUCUUUUCAUUUUUUCUUCCAAUGAUUGAGUGUGCUUUAUGAAAAAAAACAUUUUAUCAUUAUAAUUAAAAAUUGCUGAAAAUUUGUUUUUUUUGGUGAAAUCAGCCAUCUAGAUAAUACUAACAUAAUAUACAAACCUAUAUAAUCAUCCAUAAAGGUUUUGAAAACCCUAUGCUGCAUGGUGGAUGAUGUCAGCCGGCACAUAAAAUACAAACUACUGUGUGGUGUGACUUAACAUUUCAGAACCCCUAAUCUUAUGGCAGCGCUUAGACAUACCUGAUUAUUUCCCUUAUUUGUAAUUUUUCAAGUGCCGAAUAUAAUCAGUUGGGGGAAUGAGCUGCUUUAAAGGAGCAAACCUUUUGUUCCAGUUCACAACCUUAAGAUAUAUAUAUAGCAUUAUAACAUAGCAUGUAUACAUACUUCUACUGGUAAAUUGUUAUAUAAAAUACACACAGCAUGUAUAGCAUUGAUAGGCACUGUACAAGAACAGAACCUUAAUGUCUCUUCGUGUUCCAGUCCAAUUUUUUGUUGUUAUUUAUUGGAGGAGUAGCUGCUUUGUAGGGUUGUAUUUGGGCAUAUGUGCCUUUUGUUAUAUUGUGCGUGAGCAGUUUGUGGUAUUCUAUAUAAGUAUAUAUGCUAUGUAUCGUGUGUGAAUGUGGGUCGUUUAUAAGAGUUGCUUGUGAGAUUGUGUUUGGUGUUUUGUGUAUGUGCAGGCUGUUUGGGGUGUUGUGUGCACAUAUGUGGGUUGUCAGCAGUGUUGUGUUUGUAGGGGGUAUAUGUGGGAGCUGUUUGUAGUAUCUGCAUAUAGGUGAGACUUCUUAAGCUGGGUGUAAAUCUGGCUCUGUAGGGUGCUUCCUUGCGGGUCAUUUAGAGAUUGGGCAGCCAGAUACUAGUCAGGAACUGUUGCGGUUUUGGCAGCCUGCUCUCUGCAGUGGGGAGUCCCCUGCACAAGCGAUGGAAGGAAGUAAUCUGAAAUGAUGUCCUCCAGUUGCUGCAAUGACUGAAUUAAGGACUUCUCCUCAAUAGCUGCUGCAAUCACUGCUAGUGCUGAAUGUUUGGUUGGCACUAAGACACAGAUUAGGCCACGUCCAGGGGGAGAUCCGCAUAUCUUCUCAACCCGUUUGCGUCUGGCAACUGUGUGUGCAUGCAUGGCUCGUGUGCCAUAGAUUGCUGACCCCUGCUAUAUAGCUCAGUCAGUAUACCCUGUAAUUUUCCCAGUGUCUGACCAGUUAUGUUUUAUUGAAAUCCUGCUCCUACAGAAAAACUAAAACUAAAACCAAUCAGUCCUCUUUAACUUGUGUUCAACAGCAUGAAUGAAUAUUAAAUUAUAUUGUGUAUAUUUUAUUUGGCAGCAUAUAUGGCUUCCACUUUAGAGCCAUAGCCUCUUUUAUUUAGAUGUAGAUUAUUUGAGUUAACUCCCACAGUAGAAUUGCAUUUUACAACAGGUAAAAUAGAAAUUGUUUGCCAGCACACACAGUUUCAAUGCUGCGUCUCACUGCAAAGCCUUAACUAGUCUUCAGUGUUUUGUUGUCGCUUUCUGUAUUUUACGGAAUCUGCAGUUGUUUUUAAACUGUUUGAGAUGCCAUAUAUUAUCAGUAAGUUAGUUUAAUUCUCCAUUUCAUAUUUAUGUCCUACUGAUAUGUUGUACGUGUUGAGGAGCACAGUGAAAUUAUUAGCAUUUUCCAUAAUUUUAUCUUUUCAAAGUAAACAUUCAAAAAUAUACAAUUUCAUGUAAAUAGAUUCAUGCCCGAACUACUAGACCAGGGGCUGACAAAUAGUUGUAUAGUUUCGUAUCCACUUUUCCAAAACCAUGAGUUCUAAAACUGGUAAUUGGCAUCAGUCACUAUAAGUGUGGGGUAUGUCGGUUGUACCUUGACAUGUUUUAUUGAAGGGCCAAAUUAUCCUUUAAAUCCACUGUAUAGUCCUCUCUGGGCAGUUUGGGUUAGCGUUCUAUGGAUUUUGAAGGAGGAAAUCAUGACAAUCGCUUUAUACCUAGUUCUUACAAGGUUGUAUUCCUUGCACUAUAAUUGCAGGUGCAUUAGAGCAUUGCCGCAAUGGGGAUAGGGAUUUUAGUGACACUGCAGUGCGUGAGGACGUCCAACAAAAGUUAGGCUACCCAAAGUCGCCUAGCAAGCAGGAAGUGCCUCAAGUGGCUGUUUGACAGCCAGCAGAGGCAGUCUUAGUGCAGCAAUGGAAAUCAUUGUGGUUUCUCAAAAACUAUGAUUUGCAUUGCAGAACUAAAGGGGACAGGGACAUUGCACCCAGACCACUUCAAUGAGCUGAAGUGGUCUGGGUGACUAGUGUCCCUUUAAAUUGUGGUGGAACAAACACAUAGCAUAAAUACUGUUUUGUUUUGGUUCAGAACAUUUGACUCCGUCCUUAAGGGGUUAAAGUGAUUAGGACCAUAAUAGGUUUGCAUUUCUAUGCUGCCUGCUUUAGAGUUAAAUAUUUUAAGACAGAGCAAAAUCUUCCAGCAAUACUGAUGAGGCAGACUUUAAUAGUGGUAGACAUUGGCUGCCUCCUGUUCUUUUUUUUUUUUUUUUUUUUUUUUUUUUUUUUUUUUUUUUUUUUUUUUUGUAUACUUGAAAUCUGUAGUUUCUUCCCCCCUGAUAUUCUUUUGUACCUUCUAUUCCUGAAUCUAGCUGUGAGGCCUGAGAUUAAUAACCAAUCCUGCGUAUUAUUGCACCCCUAGUCUGGUUUCGUAAUAGAGAUAACGUUGUGUUGGUUAAUUAAAUAACAGCUACAAAUGCUAUAGAAUAAGCAAGCAUGGCUAUUUAAGACAGGUUAAUUAUGCAGGAAACAAUAAGACAGUUCUUUCAAAGUAUCCUUUAUUUUUGACUUGGGAAAAUGCCUUAAGAGGUUUCCUGCCAGGGUGCAUUUAAUUAACCUGUCGUAUAAUAAAGUGGUAAUUGCCAUAUGAAGUAUUUGUAUAAAGAGGACCGCUCAUAAGAGUGCAUGCCGCAUUUAUUUUUUGAUUCAUGUUACAAUAGCUUUAGAAGAUGGAAUGAAAAAUAAGUGUGUGUGUGUAUGUGGAUAUAUGUGUGUAGAUAUAAUAUGUAGGAAUGUAUGUUAUAUUUCUCUAUUGUCAUUCCAUCACCCUUUAGUAUUAGAAAAUUAGAAUAUUUGUCCCUGAUUAUAGCUGUUCAAACAGAGACAAGCAGAGUUAAGAUGAUGCCCUGUUACUUUUAUGUGGUUACUGAGCUACAUAUUAAAGAUACACAUAUGAAUGAAGACAAACCGAUUUGGUUUUCAUGAUACAUUGACUUAAAUUAUCAUUCUCUUCUCUAGUUUGAUUGCAUUCAGGAAUUUGCAUUUUGCGGAAAACUCGCCUCACUUGUUUACCACCUGAGCAAACUUAGCUUUGCAAAACUUUCUCCAAUAUGAAUAAAUGCCAUCAUUUAUUCACUAAACAGAGGAUGUUGACAACCAAUCAGUAAAUUGUAGUCAAACGUUCCCACCGACAGCCAAAUGAUAUUCUUGUAAUUUCUGAUAUGAAUGAGAAGUUGCUGUCUACCCUUAUGGAAUGCACCUAAUUGUAGCAUAUUCUGCUUAUUACUGUCUGUAUGAAUCUUUAUAAGCUACAAUAAAAUUCUAAAUACAAAAAAAAGUAGCUGGAAAAAUAGCCCUCACAGCUACAUUUGAUUUUCCACAGUUAUUGCUGUUUUGACCACAUUUUGCAUAUUGAUCAUCAGCUCACCACCAAUCAUAAUUUCGGAAAUAGACUGGUUAGUCUAUGUUUAUCAAACUAUAAAAGCCAUCAUGGUACAAAAAAAAUACAUAAUGAAAACUAUCAAGUAGUUUUUUUACCUUUUUUUUUUUUUUUUUAAGGAAAUUCCAUGGGUACUUUUGUUAAAAUAAAGUCUUUGAGCCAACACAUUCAUUUUUUGUAUUUAUUUAAUAAAUUCAAAGUGGGACAGAGAGAAAAUAAUAUAAAUCUGUAAACAGUGAAAAAUAAAAUUGCCACAAACACACUUUAUUAUAUGAAUGUACUAUAACUAAUGUAAUGUCCAUAAUGCACAACUUUGUAAUAUUGAAUACUAGAAGAAUGGUGUUUCUAAGGCUAUAUUGGUAUGUGGGUGUGCGCGUGCGUGCGCGCGCACACUCAUCAGAAAUCUGAAAACAUUCUAUGCAAUUUGGAUAUGGAUUACAAAUAUUUAUUUUGUUGUCACAUUACCUGAAUUUGCCCUAAUGCUUUACUGGUCUUUUCAUAGUUCCUGAUAACAUGAUAAUAUGGCUUCACGUCAGUAGGGUGGCAUGAAAACAAACUCAGAUUUGGCAGAUUUAAUUAAGAUGGAAUGGGUUGGUAAGGGACUCUGUAAGAAGAAUGAUGGUGUGGUGUGGGGGAUAGAAUAACAAGAAUAAGGGAUAGUUGCAGGGAGCAAGGUAAAAGUAUAGGGAAAGUAUAAGUUUGGUGGCACAUAUCCGCACAUUGUAUUUUUUCUUUUCUUUCAGUUUUGGAAGGAUAUUGUAGAUGACAAUGAAAUACGUGACCUCAUAUAUGACAAAAAUGGAUACCAAGGUUAGUUAUCUUGUUAGUAAUGCAUAUGUAAUUUUGAUUAUCGAAGGCACGGUGCUUGUUGGCCUUUUCAUCUGUGAAGCUAUUAAACAUAUUUGAUUUUCUAUGAUUUCAGGAGACAUUCAAAUGCUUUGUAAUUAUUAGAGGUGGCUAUUACAUUGGCUAAGGUAACUGUGAACAACCACCAAUAAUUUUCAGCUGGAACCAAAGAAAUAAUUUCUGACUGGUGCAUUCACAUCUGCGUAUUAUACAUAGGGAGCCUUACUAUGCCACUUCCUCUUCUGCCUAUGUUUAAAGAGUCACUAUAGUCACCAGAACAACUACAGCUUAAAGGACCACUAUAGUGCCAGGAAAACAUACUCGUUUUCCUGGCACUAUAGUGCCCUGAGGGAGCCCCCACCCUCAGGGACUCCCUCCCGCCGGGCUCUGGGGAGAGGAAGGGAUUAAACUUACCUCUUUCUCCAGCGCCAUGCGGGGAGCCCUCUGCCUCCUCUUCGGCUGAAUGCAUAUGCGCGGCAGGAGCUGCGCACGCAUUCAGCCAGUCUCAUAGGAAAGCAUUCAUAAUGCUUUCCUAUGGACGCUGGCGUCUUCUCACUGUGAUUUUCCCAGUGAGAAGCACGCAAACGCCUCUAGCGGCUGUCAAUGAGACAGCCGCUAGAGGCUGGAUUAACCUAUUUAUAAACAUAGCAGUUUCUCUGAAACUGCUAUGUUUAUAAAAAAAAAAAAAGGGUUAACCCUAGCUGGACCUGGCACCCAGACCACUUCAUUAAGCUUAAGUGGUCUGGGUGCCUACAGUGGUCCUUUAAUGUAGUUGUUCUGGUGAUUAUAAUAAUUAUAUGCAGGCAUUUUCAUGCAAACUGAGAAAAGGCAGUGUUUACAUUGCCCCUAGGGACACCUCUAGGUGCUUCCUGGCUCAGUGCUGCACAGAAGGCAGCACUACUUUUCAGCGUCUCCACACUUUGAAUGAGGAUGCUGAAGUUUCCUCGUAGAGAUGCAUCUCUAUAAGAUGGUGCUGUUUGGCCCCACCCCCUGCCAAUUUUAGCCAAUCCAAUGUUUUCCCAUUGGGAAAGCAUUAGAUUGGCUAAAAAUCUGCAAUUCUGAUGUCACCAAGGGGGCGGAGCUAGCACUGGCAGACCUGUGCGGCGCUGGAAUUAAGGUGAGUUUUUUUAUUAAAUUUUAAAGGAGCUAAGGAAGGGCAAGCCAUCUAAAUGGUAGGUUAAACACUAUAGCGUCAGGAAUACAUGUAUGUGUUUCUGACCCUAUAGUGUGCCUUUAAGAUUAUGUAAGGUACUGAUGAGUUCUCAUGCUUCAUUCAAAUAAGCUGUUAUGGCACACAUACCUUACGUUUGCAGGUAUCUCAUUCGUGAUCGCUGCCCCAGUGGAUGUGACCAGACUCUUACACAGUUAUUCAUAAAGUGAGUAUUCAAACUGAAUUUCUAAUUUAUGGCCAGAGUAAAUGAACCGUGAGUGGACUUAGACAAUUUUUCUGGUUCAGCUAUUUUGACCUUAAAUUUGAAAUUCACUUUGACUUCUCACUUGAAUGAAUAUCCCUGUAGUGUUACCGUGAGAGGCUAAAUGUUAAAUCUAUAGAUAAAAAAAAAUUCUAUACAUUUGCUAGCUGUUUGGGUUAGCACAAUACAUUACUACAAGUAAUUAUGUAUUAUAUUUGUGUACGUUAAUUUUGAAUGAUACGAAUAAAAUUAUGCUCAAAUCAGAAAUUGGUUUUCUAUUUUAUCUAUGCUUUGGUUUUUUUCUUUUUCUUCCUCUUUUUAUUCUUCUUCAUCCUAUUAUUUUCCCUGUAUGUCCCUUCAGAAGGUACAUCUCCAGAAUCCUUAUGGGACUCCCUAUUUCACCCUCCGAGGAAACUGGGCAUUAAUGACAUUGAAGGCCAACGUGUUCUCCAGAUAGCUGUAAUUCUGAGAAAUCUGUCAUUUGAAGAAAGCAAUGUUAAGCUUUUGGCAGCUAAUCGUACCUGUCUUCGUUUCCUGUUACUGUCUGCUCAUAGUCACUUUAUUUCCCUAAGACAACUGGGACUUGAUACUUUGGGAAAUAUUGCAGCAGAGGUAAGAAACUAUUGAAACUCCUGGAUAGAUUUUUAUCCCCACUGUUUUAUUUAACUAUGUAGGUGUCAUUGUUUUGUUCUCCAAAUUUUAAUAAAGUGACUCUCAACGAACUCUGUCAAAAUGCCUCCCUACCAACAUGUUUCCUUACUUUCCAAUGAGUAGUUUGGAAACAGGUCAGUGGAAUGUCCCACCAAAUCAAAGUUAUCCUCCGUAUUUAACAUAAUGUCCAUUAUUUUCCUUUCAUAUAUCGGCUUCGCUAAUUAACUGUGGCAGUUCCAUAAAACUAGGUUUAAGAGAACAUCUUAGAAUAGCAUGUAUUUGAAAAACCGAUAUAGCCUUGAUAUUAGACCUCUAUCUAAACUUUGAGGUUUGCUGUGGGGGUAAUCAUUUGUAGAAUUAAUGGAUACUCUUACAGAAUACAUUUAUUUAAGGAGUGUUUUAGAGAAACGUGUAGUUAGAUUCUUUUAUUUUUAGUGACUUAAAUAUAUUUUUGGAAGAUGCACUGACUGCUUUGAUUUUGUUUAAGUAAUGUCCAUGCAAUAAUUACUGUACAGAUGGAAAAAAAGAUUUUUAAGAAAAUGCAUAUACUUCGAACGAAAACUGGUUUAAAGAUAUAGUGUAGUUUGCAAUGAAAGAAAGAUUCUGAGUUUGGCUAAAAUUGACAGAGUAGUAAAGUUGUAUCAUCUGUUCAUGUGUCUCUAAUCUGUUUAUUGAUGAUGCAGUGGACAUUAAAUGCCAGCUAGGUCCAAAUAUGUGAAGGUGAUGCAAAAUUUAGGUGACACAUUCUGUAUUGGACGUUACUUCUGUAUUGGAGAUUUGUUUACAAAUUGUUUCACUGGACUGGGACGCAACAGUUGAAAUUGUACACAAAUACGUUGUAUUGGGGUAAUUUACCUAUUUUAGCACUUACCAAUCUCUGCCUUCUCUGCAUUGUUAUCCAAGUAUAUCUGUUCUCAAUUAGGGUGAUUAGUGGACUGAUAGUACAUACUGGAGGUAUACAGGGAUUGGGUUCAUUAUUUAUGCAUUUGUUACUUACCUGCUUUAUAGAGCUUGCUGGCUAAAUAGUAGAACACAAAGAACUGGGCAAUGGUAUAAAGUCCAGGGUAGAUUUAUUGGCCAGAAUUAGGCUCUGUGUGAGCCUUUAUCAAACUUUAUUUUUUUUUUAUUUUCACUUGAAAAACCUGGUUGUCUGUGGACUGGUGUGCUAGCACGCUUGUGACUUUUACAUGUAACUACCCUUUUUUUCUUUCUAAAUUGUAGCGCAGUUGAAUCUGGUUGUUUUCAGACAAAUAAAAAAUCUGCGGGUGAAUCUGGUUGUUUUCAGACAAAUGUUUUACAGUACAGUGAAGUUAUAUUUCAUUCUCUUUUUGACUUGGUUAGCAUUUUCUAGCACAUGACAAGGACACUGCCUGGAAAUAUACAAUACUCUCUUUGGUGGAAAAUGUCAGGCAUUAAUUAUUAUAAAUGACUGCCUAGUUCUGUUGUGCUGAAGGCAAUUACCACAAAAUAGGUGAUAUAAAAAAUACUUUAGUAUUUUAAAAUGCUUUAUUUGGUAAAUUCUUCCCUUUUGUUAAAUUAAAUAUUGUCAUAUCUGUAGUUUGAUAUGGCAUUUUACAGUCCUGUGCUAAUUUACUAUUUUUAACUUUCUGUGGAUAAAUAAAAGAGCUUUCAAUGGUUUAUCUUGGCUUAGUACUAACAAAUGUUAAUAUAUGAAUAUUAACUGUUUUUUUUCUCCUAAUUUCAGCUUCAGUUAGAUCCAGUUGACUUCAAAACCACUCACCUAAUGUUCCAUACAAUUACAAAAUGCUUAAUGUCAAGGGAUAGAUUCUUAAAAAUGAGGGGUAAGCCUAAAAUUUCAUGUUAUAUUGGUUAAAAUUUUUCAUAUGCAUCAAGCAUUGGGAGGUUUAUUUUUAAUGUUGUUUUUUUUUUUUUUUGCAUUUCUAGGCAUGGAAAUUUUAGGGAACCUGUGUAAAGCCGAUGAUAACGGUGUUCUUAUUUGUGAGUAUGUGGAUCAAGACAGCUACAAGGAAAUAAUCUGUCAUCUUACUUUACCGGAUGUGCUUCUGGUCAUCUCAACCCUUGAAGUGCUCUAUAUGCUCACAGAGCUGGGAGAAGUGGCCUGUGUGAAGAUUGCAAAUGUAGAGAGAAGUAUAGGUGAGAAAUGUUAUCAUGGAUUUCCAUUAACUGUGCUUUCAAACUGAAUGCCUUUUAUUUCUUGCUCUAAGAUAUAAAAGAGCCCCUUGAGAGAUAUCCAAAGGUCACUCCAAAUCACACCAACACCACUUCCUCUUGCGGACAUGAUUAUGGUACCUACAGUCUUUCACGUUAAUGUUUAUGUUUUUAGAAAGCUUGUGGCACCACUCCCAGCUGUCAGACAGCCAGGUACUAAUCUUCCUGGUCAGUGGUGUGUGUGUGUGUAUGUAUAUAUAUAUAUGUAUGUGUGUGUGUGUGUAUAUAUAUAUAUAUAUAUAUAUAUAUAUAUAUAUAUAUAUAUAUAUAUCUCUAUCCUUUUAUAUGCAUUCGGACUGUGAUAAAAAAAUUGAAUAAAAAAAGGGAAUCCGGAAGUAUUUUGUGUAUGACUUCAUGUCUGUGUGGCAGAGAAUCUUCUUUUCCUGUCUGACCUACCAUAGAUUAAAAAAUAUAUAUUCUACUGUGGCAACACUACAUAUGGGUAGGUGCUUGGUUUAAAGCGGCACUGUCAUCCACCCAUAAAAAUGAAUAUUUCAUAAAGAUAUUAUCUUCGUGAAAUACUCAUUAUAACUGCGUUUGCACCCACAGUGGACAGAUCAGGUACAUAAACUUACUUUUACCUGCCCUCCCUGUCCCCAAAUGGUGACAGUGCCGCUUUUAGAGAGGUGGGGUUAAGAUGUACACAGAGCAGUAAACUUUACAAAUCGGUGGGGUGGGGAGGAGCCAUAUAACUUGUCAGUGAAGAAAGAAUUAGAAUCUCUUACAUUGGUCUAAAUAUGAAAAUUUUUCAAAUGGAUUAGAUUAGUCUAUUCGUGGAUAAGGUAAAAUAUAUCAAGAGAUGAAUAGUGUGAUUUAAAAACAUGUCCUACAGUUACUUAAGCCAAGAACAGCGGACCUUUACAUAAUUAAACUUUACUUGUGUUAUUAUUUCAAAAUGUCAGUGAAUAUCUAAUCCCUUCCAUUCUUAAUUUAUUUCACUACUUUGUGACUUUUAGAUACUUUGGUAUGUCUAAUAUCCAUGGAUAUACAAAUGUUUGGAGCUGAUGCACUAACAGCUGUGAAGCUUAUUGAACAUCAAAGCUCCAACCACCAAGUUGUUUCCGAAAUCCGCCCUCAGUCUGUUGAACAUGUUGCUGCUCCAGUGACUGCAAGCCCUGCUCAGAGUAAGCUCAUUGUAUAAUGGAAUCUAGAUCUAUGUUUUGGGUUUGUUUGUUUUUUAUAGCUUUGCAUAGGCCCUUGUAAAUAUUCUAAACUGUUAUUUUUUAAACAUUAUUUUGUACAUAGAUAAAACUAAUAGAAUUAAUGGAAUCAUUUCCAUUUUUCUGUGUUAAGUUAAACAUACAUUAAAAAUGUAAUUGUCACUGCUACCAGUUAAGCAGUGGACUUUCUAUCAUUCUGUAUGAUACGUAGAUAAUUUUAAGAAAUUUUGAGAGGUCCAGGGUACUUGAAUCACUUUGAAAGAAUCCCAAAGGUAAGGGUGUGUGGAGAGGAGAACAGAAGUCUAACUCUCACAACACACUCAACUAAGGGUGUGCCCACUGGGGGGUAUAUAGAAUCCCCUGGUGUACUAAAAUAAAUAAAAUAAAUACUUUAUGGAAAACUAUAUAGAGACUAAAUAAAAUGCAUAGAAUCCGGGAUAGGGGGAUGGCUCAAGGUCCGUGAGGCUAUAAUAGUACAAUCGGAGGCCGUCCAGUAGAUAUAGUGAAAAAUUACUAUAUGGCAAUAUUAUAAGCCAGUAGGUGCCUGGGAGCAUGUAUACUAAAAAUAGUAUGUCAUAAUAGAAUAUCUUUAAUGUAACAUAUUCCAGGAAGGUCCUUGGUAAACCCUGUAGUCAUUGCCCUUCUUUCUUAUCCAUACUUGAAUCACUUGUUUUUUGGGUAGUGGUGUGGGUGGUCUCUCACUUGUCUGGCAGUAGCAGGUAUUGCGCCUAUUUGUUAUUCCUCUCAUUCAUCUGUCCUAUUUUUGCAAAGCUUGUUAAUUUUGCUUGGAUAUCUAUGCUAUUUUUUUUUUUGCUUUGAUAUCUGUCAUCUGUAAUAUAUUAUACCUGCUUGAACCCUCGAAUACGUAUGAGGGCUACCAUGAGAAUCUAAUGCCAUUUGUUUAUGUCCAUUUUUUUUAUAUAUCAAUAUAUGUGCACUUUUUUUUUCAUCAGAUUUUUUUUUGGGGGGGGGACAAUUCAUAUGACAUAGACAUCUUUCUACUUUUUGAAAUUACAUAUAUAAGAAUAUAUCGAGUAAUACAUAUGAGACAUACAUAUACAUAAAUCACAAUAAACAUUAAGUCUCUCUUAGAUCCCUUUUUUUCUUUAUUCAAAUUGAUCCAAUAGAGACGAGACAACUUCAUCUACUUGGCAUGGAGACCUUUUUAGGAUAGUAUAUAAUUUCGAUUUUGUUUUCGAUUUAUUGCGUCAGGAUAAUUUAGAAAAACUAAAUCUUAUUUAACCAUUUAUCCCAGAUUUAUUUUUCUUACUCCUUUCUCUUUCCCUUUCCUUUCCUUUUCCCCUCUUUUCAUUUCUUUCAUAUUGUUAGAUAUUUUUAAUACUUUUUCUAUAUAAUUUUGGGUGUCUUAGCACUUAUCAAUUCAAUUAUCUGUCUAGUGGGGAACAAAUGGAUGCUCCACUAAUAUUUACAUUGCAACCUAAAUACUUUUUGUUUUGCAACUGCCUAGUUGUUAUACAUUCCCAUUAUCUUUGGGAAAAUUUGAUCAAAGAUAAAUAUAGAAAUGUUUUUUAUGGAUAAUGUGAUCUGAAUAUCUCUACAUUGUCACCACCAGCACCACGGCCAACUCCAACACAUAAUGCUCCGCCUCCGGGAAUUGUAGAGAUAGACAGUGAAAAGUUUGGUUGUCAAUGGUAAGUAGAGAUUAUUGGAAUACCAUUUGUGUGAGAUGCUGACAAAAUAACAUGUAGUGCAACGUUACAUGAAUUACUUUGUGUUUUCUAUACUCCUCAACAUUUUUUGAUCCAACCUAUUUUUAUUGCUCUGUGAAAUAUAAAAAAUGUUAAAGGGACUCUCCAGUGCCAGGAAAACAAUCUGUUUUCCUGGCACUGCAGGUCCCCUCUCCCUCCCACCACCCAUCCCCGUUAGCUGAAGGGGUGAAAACCCCUUCAGUGACUUACCUGAGACCCCCACCGAUGUCCCUCGGCGGUGGUUUCGGGUCGCCACCACUCCUCCCCUUCAUCAUGUCAGCCAGCGGGGGAGACUUAUCCUGCCUGCUGAGGAGACCUAAUGCGCGUGCACAGCAAUGACGCGCACGUGCAUUAGAGCUCUCCAUAUGAAAGCAUUUAAAAAUGCUUUUCAAUGUUUUCCUAUGGGGAUUUGAGCGAUGCUGGAGGUCCUCACACAGGACUGGAGGUCCUCACACCAGUGCUAUGAAUCAAGUGCCCUCCAGUGGCUGUCUAGUAGACAACCACUAGAGGAGGAGUUAACCCUGCAAUGUAAUUAUUGCAGUUUAUGAAAACGGCAAUAAUUACAGUUGCAGGGUUAAGGGUAGUGGGAGUUGGCACCCAGACCAUUCCAAUGGGCAGAAGUGGUCUGGGUGCCUUGAGUGUCCCUUUAAUCAUGUUUAUAUGAAUGCAUCAAAGGUAGAAGCUCCUCUGAGAUUCAGCAAGCAAAUCAGAACAGGUUUUGUGUAUUCAUGGCAACAGAUGCCAUACCAAAUGCAGAGGAAGGGUAACGUCUGUGUAGAAUUAGCUGCAAUACCAGCACCAGAUUUAUUUUUCUAAUAUUGUCUGUGACUUGUGGUUUUCCAUAAUUCUGACAUUUAUUACACUGGAAAUGAUUUCAAGACUGUUCAUGUACAAUCUGCAAUGGGCAUGUGAAAUACUGCAUAGAAUAGUGUGUUUAGUGUGCAUUUUAUAUCUCGGCCUUUGCAGUACAUUGCUUUACAUGCUGUCUUACUAGCCAAUUAAAAUACUACUUCCACAAGUAUAUCUUAGGACCAGUAUGCUUUUAAUUUACACAGUAUUUAACAUUGACCUAUGGAUACUAAUGUUAAUCAGUAUCUAGUAUUUGAGGAGUCUGGAAAUGUCCCAGAAACCAAUGACAUUUGUGCAAGUAUGGGGGGAGAAAACACUGGGAUAUAUUUUUAUUUUUUUCCUCCACAAAUUAUGUUUAUAAAAUUAUAGUCCUAAAAAGCAUAUUUACAAUAUAGACUAGGUAAAAAAUGUGAGACUGAAAUUAAAGAAAAGUUCAUCAUUUGACUUUCAAAGAAUACAACGUAAAGCUAACCAGACCAGUUAAGUGUAAGUAUUUAAGGACGGGGAAAAGAGAGGGGAUAAGUUACAGGUAAUUGGUGGGAAGGGGGUUGUAAGGUUAUUUCUCAGGACAAUUGCUCAUUUUUACCUUUGAAAUAAACUUUACUCUUGUUUUACAGCUUGAUUACACUAGGAGCAAAAGAUUUAAAUAUUUUAACCAACUUCUUUCUUCCUCCAUAGGUUGAAUGCACAUUUUGAAGUGAGUGCUGAUUGCUCAGUCUCACGCUCAGAAAUGUACUCUGAAUACCUCUCAACCUGUAGCAAAUUAGCUCGAGGUGGAAUCCUAACCUCAUCUGGGUUCUACAAGUGUCUUAGGUACUGUAUCAACCUGCUUUAUUAGGUAUUUGUUUAUUCCAGAUGUGGUGAAAUGCAUUUAUUCUGUAGAGAUUAAAUUAUGUUCUGUAUUAUAACAGUUGCCAUUAGUUUGAUGUUUUCAGGUUACAUCAGUUGUAAAGUUAGUAUUACAAACUCAUGGACCUAAUACAUGAUAUGGGAUUGAAAGGAAUAUUGUUCUUACUUGUUUGAAAGAAUAUUUAUAUAUAAACUAAUACUAUAUUAUUGUUACACUUUCCGAUAUUUUAUUAUGUGUUACUGUGUGUGAUUUAAGUCAAUUAUGUUGGUGUGGUAAUAUUUAUAUCUGCCUUAACAAAACUAUUACAGCUUUACUGUUGUCAACUGCACAAUACACCUUCUUUUCUCAGUAGGGAUGCAAAAUGUUUUAAAAGUUUAUAAAACUGUUGCAAUUUGUUGUACUUCAAGGUGUUGCCAAGAUAUUUAAAGACAUAUUUGUUUUAUCAUUUAAAUUUAAAGAUUACAUGUACUGCAGCUUCUGUAUUCAUUAUUUUUUAAUGUAUACAUGUAAAUAAAUACAUCUUUUCAGAACACCUGGCUCACCUUUGCCCUAUGGGGAACCUGUUUUAAGACCUCUUUGGUCGGAGGCACAGCAUUCCCAAACAAACAAAAAAAUAAACAAAACCAAACAAAACCUAACCUACAAAACAAAAACUGCAGGUAGUUAAGCUAGUAUGUGUUCAUGAGGACUGACAUCUUACACAAGCAGUUUUAUAUCUUCUUAAAUUGUGUGUAGUCUUGGCAGACAAGUGGUGCUUCUGCACAAUGAAAGCUAAAGAUAUGACUGCCACCACUGAGCAACGAUGGGUUUAGGAAAUGCACUGAAGAGAAUUAACAACUCACUUAAUUUAUUACAAAAUAAUAUUCAAGGAUAUAUCACAUGUAAUCUUUUAUUUUCAGUAAUACAAAAAGGAGCAUCUUUUACCUUCAUUUUUUAAAAAACAUUUUAAUGUUAAAGUAGUACUUUAAUUAUCUGUAUUUUUCUUAUUUUGAAAGGUCUGUAUUCCCAAACCACACAAUAAAACGAGUAGAGGAUCCAAAUAAUAAUGGGCAAGCUCAUAUCCAUGUGGCCGGAGUGAAAAGGAGGACCUUACCGCUUCCUAUUCAGAUGUACUAUCAGCAGCAGUCUGCAUCUAGCGGCAGAGUUGAUAUGCCUGCGGAUGUAGCUGGGACGAAUUCUCCAGGUAUUUCCCCUCUCCCCCCUUUAUUACUCAGUAGUUGUUAAAUUUGCUGCAGUUAUCAGAGUAAUCAAAUUGAGGCUUUUAAGUCUUAAAGUAGUAGAGAAUUUGACUUAGCAGUUAAAGUGACAAAACUAGCUUAUACCACAUAUUAUAGAUUACAUGUUCAACGCCAAAUCCAUGUAAUGAGUAGUCACUGAAACUUGGUUGACUGAUUCAAAGUAAACAUUUUGCUGGUGAAAUUGCCAGCAGGUUUGUAGUAAGAAAGGUGUAUUUCGUUGCAGAUCACUUUUUCCUACUUGUAGCAGACACUGCCCUAAGUUACCAGUGUGACAUACCAAAUUAUCUCCAAUCUGACAAGCCUUCUGUUCAAUAUUUCCUAAAAUUAAACAUUCUUUUAAACUUUACACUGUGUCCUAGUGGCAGUGAGUUUAGGUACAUUUUUAAAGGUGUGCCAUCUGUUUUGUAGUGAUUGAUUUUCUUUGCUAAAGACAAGGGAGAUGUUAAAAAAAAAUAUAUAUAUAUAUUUUUUUAUUUUAUUUUUUUAAAUGCUUGUUUUAGUGUUAUUUUUGCAAUAUAGAUAACUUCUGUACAAUUUUUUUGUGCCCAUCUGUCCCAUUUGUAUAUUUUAUUUAAGACUUAUAAGGAACCUUCACAUUUGAGUCUUUCAUAAAAAUAACAGCUGUAUAUGUUUUUUUUUUUUUUUUGUACAAUCCAUUUUGUGACAUAAGUGUCAAAAGACAGACCUGCAAAGUGCAAACAGGUGUACUGUCUUUCCCAUCUAUAAAACAAACUGCUGUCUCUCCCAUCUUGCCAUUUUGGUCACUUGCAUUGGCUAAUGAAAGCCGGCAUCUUAUACACAAGAAAAUCUAUACAGGAUCAUUAUGGAUCAUUCUGUUUUUGUACUUUCACACUAACCAAAAUUUGAAAUGGAGCAGAACCCUGAAGCUGAUCAUACCAAAUAUGGAUUGCUUCAGCUAAGUAGCUCCCACCUCCUCCACAUACUCACACACACUCCCCUAAACAUACAUAUUGCUUGUGGGGGUGUCUUUGCACCGAUCUAAAGACCUUAGAAGCAACUAGGCUUUUUUAAAUGUUGAAACAUACAGUGAAGUGUAAGGCAUUAAUUGGCAGCGAUUUCUUAUAUUAUUUAGCAAUGUGCAACCAUAUUGCCUUAAGUGUAUUUGUAUCCGCAUGCCUAUGUAUAGAUUAGUUUGCUAGUGCAGACUAAACCUAAGGCCACCAAAGCUUAAGUUACACAUCCAUGGGACUUGAUGUGACAGACAUUGGAGUGUAUAUGAAAGCAUUAUCAAUUCCUACCUUAUAUUCACAUUUUUAAUUUUGUUUUGCCAGGAAUGCCACAGACAGGAACAAAUCUUUUCCAGAGAGUAACAGCAACCAACCAAGCACCGACUCUCACCGCAACACAAAUGUCUUUUCCCAUUCAAGGCGUCCACACUGUGGCACAGACAAUUUGCCGGCUUCCUCAAAAUCCUCUGAAUCAGCAUCAUCAAAAUACCACAGUGUCUGUAAUACAAAACAAAACUCCAAUUUCAUGUGAAGUUGUUAAAGCUGCGGUAAUACAGGGCUCUGUUCAACAUUCAGGAGUUCCUGUUAGCAUUGCACUGGGAGGGUCAACACAAGCUUCUUUAGUCCAAAAUCACUGCGGUGCAGGGCAGCAGCCCUCGGUUACUGUAGUAGGUUCUCAGGCAUUAUUUCACCAUCCAUCUGUAAUUCAGCAACAGUCCCCAUUGCACACUGUUGUACCAGGCCAGAUUACAUCAGGCACUCCUGUAGCAGUUAUUCAGCAAACUGUACCCCAGGGCCACAUAUUUGGGAGGGUACAGAACAUGCCACCUGGUGCAUCAUCUCUUUCACAAGGUCAGCAAUUAAUCACCACAUCCUCCCAGGCAGUACAGGUCCCAUCUCAGCAAUCCCCAGCUUCCAACCAGCAGAAAGAUACUGUAAUCAUAACCCCACAACAGUAUGUCACAACCUCCUCACCCAAUAUGGUAUCUGCAACCACAGUGCAGAGUUUUCAAGUUGCAACUGGACAUGUGGUUACUAUAGCAGGUGUUCAGAAUUCCCAGACAUCCAGAAUUGGUUUUCAGAACAUUGCUCCAAAGCCCCUGUGUUCUCAAGUUUCUUCUACAGUUGUGCAGCAACCUCUCCAACAGCAGCAGCAACAACCCCAGCAGAGUGUUGUGAUUGUAAGUCAGGCUGCCCAACAUGGCCAGGCAUAUGCACCAGCCAUUCACCAAAUUGUACUUACUAAUCCAGCUGCUAUCCAGGCUUCACAAACUGUUCAGUUAACAGGACAGACAAGUAUGGCUUCAUCAUCUUCUGGAAUAACUAUGAAUAACCAGCUCCCACCUAUAAUGACCUCAGCCCCUACCACUCCAGUCUCACAAGGACCUGCUCCUACUGUUAGCCAGAUGCUUUCUGUAAAAAGACAACAAUUGUCACCAGCACCUCCCCAGCAACAGCAGGCACAAGCUCAACAGCAGACACAAUUACAAACUCAGCAGCAGCCGCCACCGCAGCAGAUGCAAGUACAGGUUCAGCAGUCCCAGCCUUCCAGUGGCGGAGUUGGUCAUACCACUCCAGGUGAAUCUAGCCUCAUAAAGCAGCUGUUGCUACCAAAACGGGGACCUACAACACCAGGUGGAAAACUUAUACUGCCUGCUCCACAAAUACCACCCCCAAGCAAUGCAAGAGCACCUAGUCCUCAGGUGGUUUAUCAAGUAGCUAAUAACCAAUCCCCUUCAUUUGGUGUGCAAGGUCAACCUACACCUCAGCAAAUCUUGGUUGGGCAACAGAAUGUGCAAUUGGUCCAAAGUGCACUGCCUAACCAGACUGCAGUACAGACUGUACCAAUAUCAAAUCUGCAGAUUUUACCAGGUCAGUUAAUCUCAAAUUCCCCAGCAACUAUUUUCCAAGGAACCACUGGCAACCAAGUUACCAUAACAGUUGUGCCAAACACGAGUUUUGCUACUGCAACAGUCAGCCAGGGUAAUGCAGCUCAGAUAAUUGCACCCAUGAGCGGGACCCAAACAGGAGUAGGGCUUCAGGUACAAACACUUCCUGCCGCUCUUACACAGCCUGGUGGGCAGCUGUCAGGACCUGCUUCUCCCCCAUUUAAAGGUGAUAAAAUAAUUUGCCAAAAGGAGGAAGAAGCAAAGGAAGCAACAGGGUUGCACGUGCACGAACGGAAAAUUGAAGUGAUGGAGAAUCCUUCCUGUCCAAAAGGUUCUGCAAACACCAGCAAUGGGGAAAGCAAUGAAACUGAAGUUCAGAUAGGGAAUCUUCUAAAUGGUAGAAAGUAUGACUCAAGUCUACCUCCAUCAAACUCAGGGAAAACUCAAAAUGAGGCCAGUCCAUGUCAACUGGUCACUAAUGGGUCAUCUGUGGAAUUGGGGGAAAAUCGACCUCCCGGGAAGCAGGGCUGUGAGCAAACUGAAAUGCAGGACACAAAAAAUGACUUUAAAAGGCCACAAGUUAAUGGGAUUUGUGAUUUUGAAAAGGUGGACAGCUCUCACGUGAGCAAAAACAUUCCGAAUCACAAAGCUUCCAAUCACGUAGGAAAUGGUGACAUCUCUAUGGUGGAGCAACAAGAACUUAUAAAUUCUUCACAAGUAACUGCCAAAGUUGAUCAAGUGGAAAAAUUUUCUAAUGGACCUUUAUUACCAAACAGUAUGUCACAUUUUGCAAGCAGCAUCCAUGAUGCUGCUAAUCUAGCGAUUCAGAUACAUUGUGGUACACCAACAGACUUGCACAAUGGGCCUGUAGCUUCAAGUUUGAAUUCAGAUGUGCCUCAGCAACGUCCAUCUGUAGUUGUCUCCACUCAGUCUACAGCUUCUGUUUUACCAGGUCAUCAACUUAUUGCUUUGCCUCACACAGGGCCCAGAAUUUCUCAGCCUGUCCUCCCUGCCGAUAUACGAUCUGCUAAUGGCACAACAGACUGCAAAUCUCUUAAGAGACCAGCAGAUGAUAGUGACAAGGAAUCGAUCCCUGUAAUUCCAAAUAAAGUGGGAGUGAGGAUUGUUACAAUCAGUGAUCCCAAUAAUGCUGGCUGCAGUGCAACAAUGGUUGCUGUUCCAGCAGGUGUUGAUCCCAGUACUGUGGCAAAAGUAGCAAUAGAAAGUGCUGUCCACCAAAAGCAGCAGCAUCCACAUACCUUUGUACAGACUAUGGUUGCACAGGUAAGCUUACUCUUUCAGGAGUUUUUCUCUUUUCUUUUCUUUAAGUAUGUUUGUAUGUAUACAUAUUUAUUGCUAGUUUUGAUUUUAAGGAGCCAUUUGUUCUGCCAAAUACUUUACUAGUAUUAUAAUUUAGGUGUUAGAAAUGUUCACACUAGAUGUAGGGAUGAAGUCAGAAAUUGCAUAUGUUAAAUUUCACGAUUAAACUGUAAUACAAUGUGUGACUAUUCUGGGCACUGUAACAAUUUCAUUGGAUUUUUAUGGUGUGAGGUGGUCCUGAAUACCUGCUUAAGGAGUUAAAAGUUUAAAGUCUUCAGUCUGAUGCCAGUCAGCUCUGCCCCUUUACAUCCGUUCCUGUCUGACGCCAGUCAGCUCUGCCCCUUUACAUCCGUUCCUGUCUGACGCCAGUCAGCUCUGCCCCUUUACAUCCGUUCCUGUCUGACGCCAGUCAGCUCUGCCCCUUUACAUCCGUUCCUGUCUGACGCCAGUCAGCUCUGCCCCUUUACAUCCGUUCCUGUCUGACGCCAGUCAGCUCUGCCCCUUUACAUCCGUUCCUGUCUGAUGCCAGUCAGCUCUGCCCCUUUACAUCUUUUCCUGUCUGAGGCUUCAGCUCUGCCCCUUUACAUCCAUUCCUGUCUGAGGCUUCAGCUCUGCCCCUUUACAUCCGUUCCUGUCUGACGCCAGUCAGCUCUGCCCCUUUACAUCCGUUGCUGUCUGAGGCUUCAGCUCUGCCCCUUUACAUUCGUUCCUGUCUGAGGCUUCAGCUCUGCCCCUUUAUAUCCGUUUCUGCCUGAGGCUUCAGCUCUGCCCCUUUACAUCUGUUCCUGCCUGAAGCUUCAGCUCUGCCCCUUUACAUCCGUUCCUGUCUGAGGCUUCACUCAGUAGCUUCUCCUUCACAAACCAAAGUGAAAAAGAUGCAUACCUUUUUCACUCCAUUUUGUGAAUAGGGAGCAACUGAUAGGCUGAGAAUGUCAACUAAAGUAAAGGGGCAGAGCUUAUGGAUGCUGUAUUGAAGACUUUGGGGUUAAACAGUUAAGCUGGCGGCCAGGACCAUCUUGCACCAUAACUGCAUUCCUCUAAGGUUGUUAUGGUGUCUGUAUCAUACUUUGUGUCUGUCAGAACUAGACCAGCAGUGUAUAAAUAGGGGUGGGUAACCAGAUCUUUCCACUUUGGAGCAUCCGCAGAACCUCCAAGGUAGACCAACACAGAGCAAAGUUGCAGAAAGAUCUCAAAUGCAAGCUGCAAAAUGAUUAUGAAUGCCCUGGGAUCUGGGUACGUUAUAUCAUAUACAACAAAGUAUGCACAAAAAGUAUACAACGAUGUUGUGAUACAUAUUAAAGAAAACUAUAAAACAUUACUGUAGCAAUCUUUCAUUUUAAAAUAGUAUAUUUCCUGCUAGAUGUGCUACUUCUGGUGAAAGUGAAACCAUAUGGAAUAUUUUAAUAUUAUAAUAUCAAGGUGAAAAUACAUUUUGCUCACAUUAAUUAUAAAAUUUGUUUUCUGUACAUUUGACCUUUUACAAAUGUUUUGGGAAUUUUUAAUUCUAAUUCCAUGAAAAGAUUACUCUGCAGUUUCUACCAAAUGCAUGUAGAAUCAGCACUAUUUUGUGUCUAACCUGCAAGUGCAUAUUACGUGCUACACUGUAUGUGUCCUGAAAACAUACCCCAACAUUAAAAAUACAGAUGUAGAAUUAAACCGCGUGCUACAGAUGUAGAAUUAAACCGCGUGCUUCGAAUCUCCCCAGAAAUAAUGAAUAAACAUGUUUGUCAUAUAUUGUCCUUCUGUUUAUAAAACAUACAGAAUUUUCAAAAAGUUGCCACAGUAUCUCUAUUGGGUUUUAAUAUGGUUUAUGCUUGGGAAAAUUAGUUAACAUUUCAAUUAUUGUGUGGCUUUUUGCAUUGAUGGCAGUAGUAGGGUAAAUAGCUAAUUUGUCGGAGUGAGUAACUGUGACAUAUUGAGGAGCUAUCAACUGAUUUUAAUGACAUAAAUAACUAACAUUUAUUAGAAUUUAAUAUAAAAUAACUGAGCUUAUUUGUUAUUUUAGAAAUUAUGGCUACUGGAAUGUUUUCCAUCCACUUAUUAAAGAGUAUCGAUUACUACAUCCGGCCCUAAAAUAUGUAAUCUUUUCCUACUAGCCAGGCCUUAAAAGUGGCUCUCCCCCGCACGCCAUAGCAUGCCUUCUGCUGUGAUUUACUGCUUUUCGGGGCUUGCCAAUAUUAUAAUACUAAAUAAUAUAAAUAUAGGAAGACUAUCACAUGGAGCUAACUGGGGUUGCAAUGCUUUAAAACAUGAAUAAUAUAGAAUGGAAAAGGCUAAUUAAAAAUUAAAAACACUGUGACAUGAUAAAUCGCGUAGAGGCAAAAUUAUCCUGAGGACUCCUGGAACACGCUUGGGGAAUAGUGUUAAUUGGGAAUGGGAAUACGGUGACCUCAGUUAUAAGAACAAAUACAUAUGCAGUGUAUGAAUGGUAAAGUCAGCACAAGUCAUAUUAAGCAUUGCAAACAACACAUUAUAUUUUUGUUUAAUUAGCUUGUCAGUCACCCUGUGUGGAUGUAAUUAUUCUUUUUUCUUCAUUAUAUUCUAAUGUAUACUUUCCUUCAUAUGUUUGUGUUUUCAGUUAUGUUCUUACUACAGGAAGCUGGUUACAUUUAUUUAUGAAUCUGUUCUAUUACUUGGCUAUAGAGAUCCCCUUUAGUGUUGGAGGAGUAGUACUCUGUACAUCCUGGUUACAGUGUGGAUAACUGCUUUCAUUUUUUUACCCUUUUGCCUUACUUGUAUUAGUCCUCAGAUUUGUUACACAUGGUUUAGUAGGUGUAAGAUAUAAUGUACAUUGGUGAAUAAAAUCAGAAAAAAUGAUUGGUAUGCCAAAGGAUUGUUUUAGUGCAGGGGUUGGCAACCUACGGCACUAGUGCCAUGCACGGCACUCGAGGUGUCUUUCCACGGCACUCAAGGCUGCUAGAGUCAAACAGGCUCUGGCCUAUCAGGCAUCUCAGUGAAACUUCAGAUAUCUGCUAAUACGAAAAGGUGGUGAAGGAAAAUCCUCAAUUUAUGCAUUGCAGAACGUAGAGGAAGUGACCUCAGAUCAGUUCCUCCCAGCACUUGUGAAUGAGAAUCCACACUGUAGCAGAGCAGCCUGCAGCUGCUGUUGCAGCUCCUGUCCUUGACCUGUACCUGGCCAGCCUGGUCUCCACUGGAACCCAGGGAAGCCACUCACACUGCUAGAUAUACACAGGCCUGCAGAAUAAGCCUCCCCUCAUACAAAUAAUACAAACAGCCCACACACAAACAUACACACAAUCCCCACUAACGCAACACCACUAACAAUCCACAUACAUGCACACAAUCCCACAUGCAAUACGCCAAACAGCCCCCACACACUACCAAACACACAAAGUGACACAUCCAUCCACACACAAUUCCACAAGCAGCCCCCAUACACGAUACCAUAAACAACUAAUGCACAUAUACAAUAUAAUAGCUCAUAUACGCACAAAUACAAAGAUACAGAUCACUUACAGUAAAAAUAACACAACCAGAAUACAGCAGCAUACACACCUCAAUUUAAAAAAAUAGGAUCGGCACGCUACGGGACAUCAGAAUCCUAUAUCGGCACAGUGCUGCUAAAAGGUUGACUACCCCUGUUUUAGUGAAUUGUCAAACAUACAAAUUGGGUUAAAACUUUUAAUUAAUAUGUCUAUUGUUACAAAGCACUUUAUGCAAGACCACCAAAAAAAUUAUUAAAAUGUAUACAUUUGUUGUUGGUAUGCAAUUCCACACAGCUCCUAAAGUAAAGCUAGUUGUUAACAAAUGCUAAAAACAAAGUGUGACAUUCAAUAAAGUAUCCAUUUUAAAUCAAAGCUUGGCAACUGUCAGAAACAUAGGGUGUUUGACACUUAGACAUUCAGUAGCAUUUAUCCACCACCCAGGAACUAGUCAUAAAACAGUGUGACAGAAAUAAGGUAAAUAAGAACAUCCGCGUGCUAAUAAACCAAAUAAAGCUAAAGGCCCUGAACAUACGCAUCAUAGGUACUCUAUAUUGUGACUUCGAGGGCCCUUAUCUGCUUAUUAGUAAAUAACGUGGGCCUUGGGAAUUAUAGACAUUAAUUGGUUGGGGUUUUAUUACUGCAUAUACCUCUAUUUAACAAAUGAAUAAAUGUUACGUUUUACCCGAUUUAUUUGACUAUUCACUAAGAAAUAAUCCUUUGUCUCCUUUCAAUUUGUAACCUAGGGGUUACCUCCCUCCUUUUUGUUUCUUAGGUACUUUUGAAUUACCUCAAUUAAUAUUUUUUUUUCUUGGUAUGCCAAAAUGUUUAACAGGUUAUCAUUUGUACAUAUGUCUUUGCAUGGUUUAGAUGCCAGACUAUUUUCAGUAUGUUUGUGACCAUGACAAACCAUUUGCAUGUUGGAAUUGUCAUACAUUUUCAUAAAUCCACACUUUGUUUAUGAUGGACUUAGUGACACUGCUGGUCACUCGCUUAGUUUCAUGAAUUGAUGUACAUUUAAUCUUGCAUUAGAUAUUAGAUUAGAUAUUCUCAAAUAUGGACUUUCUCAAUGCCACUGAUUCAAUAGGAAACUGCAUUUGCAAUAUUUGGUGAUUGUGACCACUAGUGAUGUCCCAAACAGUUCGCCGCGGACUCAUCAUUGAGUAAACUUUGACCCUGUACCUCACAGUCAGCAGACACAUUCCAGCCAAUCAGCAGCAGACCCUCCCUCACAGACCCUCCCACCUCCUGGACAGCAUCCAUUUUACAUUCAUUGUGAAGCUGCAUUCAGCUGCAUGAGCUGUCCAGGAGGUGGGAGGGUCUGCUGCUGAUUGGCUGGAAUGUAUCUGCUGACUGUGAGGUACAGGGUCAAAGUUUACUCAAUGAUGAGUCCUCGGCGAACCGUUUGGGACAUCACUAGUGACCACCUCUCUGGUAGAUAGUUUAGAGUUAAAAUCGUGUGUUGUUGUCUCUUUAUGCAUUUUUCCUUCAGAUCCUAUUGGUUGGAAAAUACUCCAUUUGCUUAAUACAUUGCAGUACCUCUGUCAAUCCUCCACGGUUCCUAAUUUUGUGAAUACAUUUCUAUAUCUCAAAUUGAUUUAUACAGGAGGUGUAUUUUUUGUGAUCCAUGUUAAAAUUUUUUGUAAAAAUUGGAUUUUUACCAGCCUCUUUUAAGAUCAUUGAUUUGAUAGAUUGGCAAAUUAAAAAACAAACUUAAAAGGGUCACUGAAGGAACCAUAACCACUACAGUUUACUGUAGUAUUUAUGUUGGUAGGAGGAAUAAUUUCAACCAUUUACAAGCUGUUUCUUAAAAAACAGAAGAAAACAAAAAAAACAGAAGAUGUCAGAGCCCUCUAAGCCCACCCCUUUUGUAAAGGUCAUGAUGUGAAAGUAUGAUUUCUACAUCAUACAUCUAUUUUUAUGGUGUGAACAAGGGUUGCAGUAAGAGGCUUCCCUGUGUUAAUUCUCUUACACAGGUGAUAUCACUAUUUUUCCUGUACUCCAGUGCCUGCAAGCCUCUAAGUGCAUGUCCUGGAAAAAAUAUAGAACUGGUAAGAUCACUAUAAUAAUAGAAACCCACACCUUUCCUCUCCUGUCAUUGUGAGAUGAGCAUACAAUCCUUCAUUGGGAGAUAUAUAGAAUUCCUAGAAACCUUUUGUUUAGGUUCGUUACUUUCGUAAGCAUUGCUUUAUUAUUUUAUUUUUUUUCCUCUCUCAGAAUGAAGGAAAGGCAGGCUGCUGUACAGCUUCACAUUCAAUCAAACUUGUUCUGUUACCCGUUGUCAGUAUUUUAUACUGAUAUGUACCAGUUCUGCAGCACUGUGAAUUGUUCCUAUAUUAUUGGCUUACUUGUUGUGCCGUUAUAACAAUAGACCAUGUUUUUCUCACCCAUACUGCUAUAUACCUUCCGUAGUCUGCUUUUGCAUAUUCCAUAGCUUUCCAUGAUGAGGACUUCUCUUUGAGAUAUUUUCCUCAUUGUUAAUAUUUAUACAUAAUAGUGGAUUUUAUAGUAAUCAUGCCAAUGGUUUAGUGCAUCAAAUAGUUUUUGUACAUAUUUAUUGAGAGAAAAAUAUUUAAGAGCAGAGAAAAUAUUAAAAUAUUUAAGUAUUAGUACGAGCUCUCAAUAAAUGGCUAUUCUAUUGUGGAAGAAUGUUUUCAUUCAGGUUGUUUUAAUGAAUGAAGUUAAUCUCAAAGAAAGCUACUAAAGCAUCUGUAAAAGUCAGAGACAGGCAGGGAAGCAUGGUUGGGAGUAGGUGUUUAUAGCUUCAAAUUACAGUAACAGAAUAAUGGCGGGAGAUAGGAGUUCAUUACAUCAAAACCCAUUCAGUUACUUUUACUAGUCAGUAUCUCUUAUGCUUUUUUUUUUUUUUUUUUUAAGCCAUUUUUGUUGUAUUUGGAAUUUUCUGGCUAAGUGCACGCCUUAACGACUGUCUGUCUUGUCCAAAAAGUAAGCAAAUUUUUACUUGCAUACAGCCUUGAUAGUAACAAUUGGCAAGGUUUCCUUACUUGGAGAUGCAGUUUAAUAACAGUUGUCCAAUGACCGUUUGCUUACAGAGUUAGGUUACUGAAUGUUUUCUUGAAAUGCUACUUUUUGUCAUGACAUUUCUCCUUGGUCUCCUUACACAAGCAUCAUGUGAUUGGCUGGCUGAUAGUGCUGGGCUGUACUGCAAUCCAGGCUGUACUGCAAGCCAAUCACCUAAUUCAUGUGGAAUGAAACAGACAUUGAUAAUGUGAAAGUGUUAAUUCUAAAUUAUCAUUAUGGCUGAGGAGUGGGUGGUCUCUGAGCGCUGGUAAGAGCCUUGGUUAAUGUUAGCCCAUUCCAAAAUGGUUUAAUAUUAAAGGAAUACUAUAGUCACCUAAAUUACUUUAGCUAAAUAAAGCAGUUUUAGUGUAUAGAUCAUUCCCCUGCAAUUUCACUGCUCAAUUCACUGUCAUUCAGGAGUUAAAUCACUUUGUUUCUGUUUAUGCAGCCCUAGCCACACCUCCCCUGGCUAUGAUUGACAGAGCCUGCAUGAAAAAAAAAUGGACUCUCUUUCUAACAGAUAUAAUUUACCUUAAAUAAUUGUAUCUCAAUCUGUAAAUUGAACUUUAAUCACAUACAGGAGGCUCUUGCAGGGUCUAGCAAGCUAUUAACAUAAGAGGGGAUAAGAACAUCUUAAUUAAACAGAACUUGCAAUAAAGAAAGCCUAAAUAGGGCUCUCUUUAGAGGAAGUGUUUAUGGAAGGCUGUGUAAGUCACAUGCAAGGAGGUGUGACUAGGGUUCAUAAACAAAGGGAUUUAACUCCUAAAUGGCCGAGGAUUGAGCAGUGAGGCUGCAGGGGCAUGUUCUAUACACCAAAACUGCUUCAUUAAGCUAAAGUUGUUCAGGUGACUAUAGUGUCCCUUUAAACUUUUGCACGUAAGCUCGUUGAGCAGGGCCCUCAACCCCUCUGUUCCUGUGCGUCCUUUUGUCUGGUUACAAUUACAUGUCUGUUGUACAGCGCUAUGGAAUUUGCUGGUGCUAUAAAAUUAUUAAAAUAAUAACUAGUGGGCACUGCCAGGAAACUCUAGGCAUUGUAAUCACUACACAAGCUUGUGUGGUUAUGUUGUUUAGACUGUUCCCUUUAAGUAAUAAUAUGAGUGACCAUUUGUUUGACAGAGCUAAAAGGUACACACUGGUUGGAUAACAGUGGUUUUUCAGACAAACAAGUGAUUCUACUACAAUUUAGGUUUAUUGUGUAAUAAAUGUUUAAAUCAUCAAUCACUGUGUAUCAUAUAUGUAUUCCUUUAACACCAUAAAACAUAGCACUGUGAUUUAAAAAUGGUUAGCCAACCCAAUUUUACCAACCAGUAAACAUUGAUCAGCCACAACAUUAAAACCAUUGACAGGUGAAUUGAAUAACAUUGAUAUAUUGGUCAGCAAGUGAACAGCCCGGUCUUGAGUGUCAUGUGUUGGAAGCAGGGAAAAUUGGCAAGCAAAAAGAUCAGAGUGACUUUGACAAGGGCCAAAUAGUGAUGGCUCAACGACUGGGUCAGAGCUUCUCCAAAGCUGCAAGUCUUGUGGGGUUUUCCCGGUAUGCAGUGAUUAGUACCUACCAAAAGUGGUGCAAGCAAGGACCACAAAUGAACCUGCAUUAGUGGAAUGGGCGCCCAAGGUUCAUUGAUGCUCGAAGGAGAGAAAGCUAGCCAGUCUGGUUCGAUCACCAGGAGAGCUAAUGUAGCUACGAUUGCUAAAAAACAUAAUGCUGACCAUGAUAGAAAGGUGUCAGAACACACAGUGCUUCCCAGUUUGCUGCCUAUGGGACUAUAUAGCCACAGACUGGUCAGGGUGUUCAUGAUGACCCCUGUCCACAGCCGAAAGCACCCUCAGUGGGGUUGUGAGCAUCAGAACUGAACCAUGAAGCAGUGCAAUACAUUUGCAAGGUCUGAUAAAUCACAUUUUCUUUUAGAUUAGGUGAAUGACCAGGCGUGUGAAUGUCACUUUCCUGGGGAAGGAAUGGCAGCAGGAUACACUAUAGGGAAAAGGGAAGGCUGGCGGAGUCAGUGUUAUGCUCUUGGUAAUGUUCUGCUGGGAAACCUUGGUUCUGGCAUUAAUGUGGAUGUUACUUUGAGACGUACCACCUACCUAGAGAUUGUUGAAGACCACAUACACCCCUUCUUGGCAACUGUGUUACUUGGCCUAUUUUAGCAGUAUAAUGCCCCCUGCCAUCCUGCAAAAAUUGUUGCCUUGACCUCCAAAUUCCACAAAUCUCAAUCCAAUUGAGCAUCUGUGGGAUGUGCUGGAACAUCUAAUCUGAUCCAUAGAAGCCCCAACUUUCAACUUGUAGGUUGUAAAGGAACUGCUGCUAAUGUCUUGUCUUGUCGAGUCCACAAUAUUGGGCAGGGAUUUUAAUGUUGUGGCUGAUCAGUGUAGCUGUGUACAAAUAGUGUGACCAAACUUCAUUUGAAAUUUUAAAUAAUAUUUAAAGGUGUUGAACUCUGCAUUGUGUGUGUGCUUUGAUUUUCUUUUUGCGCCUCUGAUUUUUUAAAAUUCUUUUAGCAAUUCUUAAAUGUAAGAAUUGAAGUGGUCUGAAUGCAGUGUCCCUGCAAUUGUUUUUAGAAAAUGUUUACAUUUCAGGAUUAAGUCAAUCUCUAGUGGCUGUCAGGGUGAGUAAAACUUGAUCAUGUGACAUGAAAGCCCCUAUAGGAAAGCAUUGAUUCACUGUGUUCCUCUGGGGAAGCUUAAAUGUGUGUCUCUAUCUUCACAUGUGCAAUAGAUCCCCAAUGCUCCUCUAGGAGAAGCAUUGGAUUGGACCAUUGCAGGAGGCAGAGAGGUUACCAGCACUGCGUUUUUAACUGCAAAGGCAUAGUAAGGGUGGGUUGUAUAGCUUUAUGAAUAUAUGGUUGUAUUGCUAACACUAUUGUGUUCCUUAAAACUUUGAUAUAGCUUAUAUCAUGAAAUAGCCAAAUAAAGGCAGUGAUUUUAUAAUAUAAUUGAAAGCGAUAAAGCAUUAAAGGACCACUCUAGGCACCCAGACCACUUCAGCUUAAUUUCAGAGAAACUGCUAUGUUUAUGAAUGGGUUAAGCAUUCCGCCAAUUACUCUAGCAGCUGUCUCAUUGACAGCCGCUAGAGGCGCUUUAGUGCUUCUCACUGUGAAAAUCACAGUGAGAGCACGCAAUCGUCCAUAGGAAAGCAUUGAUAAUGCUUUCCUAUGUGAUCGGCUGAAUGCGCGCGCAGCUCUUGCAACGCGUGCGCAUUCAGCCGCAUGGGAGGAGAAGAGGAGGAUCGGAGGCAGAGAGCUCCCCGCCCAGCGCUGGAAAAAGGUAAGUUUUUACCCCUUUCCCCCUUCCAGAGCUGGGUGGGAGGGGGUCCCUGAGGGUGGGGGCACCCUCAGGGCACUAUAAUGCCAGGAAAACGAGUAUGUUUUCCUGGCACUAUAGUGGUCCUUUAAGGAAGAAUUUAAAACUACAUAUGCUGUGAAAUGAAAUAUGUGGCUAGGCAUCCUUGUAACAAUGCCAAGCUGCAUGUCAUAGUGGUCAACUGCUAAUAAUGCAGCUUGUUUAAAAAUCCACUGUACUGCUCUAGUAAUAUCCGUAUUGGGAGUUCAUUGAAAUCUGCCAGUAUCUUCCUGUGGAAUUUGCAUAGUCUAUCAGAACCUGCAUGCUAUUUUUGGUGUAGUGGGGGAGGAGAAUGGAGGAUUGGCUCUUUACUGUAAACAGAAGUAUGCCCCUCUAAUGACCCCAGUCCAACUUGCAUUUUGAUUGUACUUUGCAAAGUUGUAAACUGGUUCUAAUAGUGUCAGCCUAAUUUUUAAAAUGCUAAAUUCAUAUUAACAUUUAAUCUGGCGAUUGUUUACAGCUUGUUAGCAUAUGAUGUUUUCAGUGAGUACAUGAGUGUAUUGAGCCUUUACAUGAACUUUAAUGGGUUAUAUAUAGUGAUGUCCCGAACGGUUCGCCACAGAUGGCGAACAUAUGCGCUGUUCGGUCCGCCCCUUAUGUCAUCAUUGAGUAAACUUUGACCCUGUACCUCACAGUCAGCAGACACAUUCCAGCCAAUCAGCGGCAGACCCUCCCUCCCAGACCCUCCCACCUCCUGGACAGCUCACUAAGAAUGCAGCUUCAAAAUGAAUGUAAAAUGGAUGCUGUCCAGGAGGUGGGAGGGUCUGGGAGGGAGGGUCUGCUGCUGAUUGGCUGCAAUGUGUCUGCUGACUGUGAGGUACAGGGUCAAAGUUUACUCGAUGACGAAUAGGGGGCGGACCGAACAGCGCAUAUGUUCGCCGUCCAUGGCGAACCGUUCGUGACAUCACUAGUUAUAUAUCAUCCUGUACUAUAUUUUUAUAUUUUUAAGGAACAUUUUAAAUUUUUCAGGUUGGUUGUAUUUAACUGUAUUUACAGUUUUAGUGCAUUACCUAAUUAGCUGGUUUUCAAUUCUUGAUUACAACCGUUAGAAUUCAUUUGAAAAAAAAAAAAAAAAUCAUUGUUGAUUACAUAAAAAAAAAAAAAUUUGUUACAUUAAAACAAAUGGGACAAAAUAUGUCUGUUGAAUGUUAAUCUCACUUGUUUUCUAAAAGGUAGUAGAAUUGAAAUCAUUUGUAAUAGAUGCACUAUUUUAUUUUUAUUUUAUUUAUUGGUGCUACACAUCCCUUUUUUUUUUAAAUAUAUUUUUAUCAAAUCCAAAAGUCUAGAAAAUUGAAUUUUCUUUAUUUACAUAAAAACAGUCAUUUUACAGUGGGGAAAAAAAAGCAACAAGUUGGUCUAUUUGUUUGAGCCUUAUGGUUAAUUUCCUCUUUUCCUAGAGCACACCUGUGACAACAAUACCAGCAUUACAAGUUCAAGGUCACCUUGUCAGCUCUCAGCCCUCUCCCUAUCCUGCAACAUCUAUAAGUCAUCAUGUGGAGCAGGUGAAGAAACCAGGACAAAACUUCAUGUGCUUGUGGCAGUCAUGCAAAAGGUGAAUGUUCAAUGGUUUCUUAUAGCAGGAGUUAGCCGGAUUAAAUUGUAUGCCACGCACUCUUACUUUCGUUUCUUAGCAAGCAAUGCAGCCAGAAAAAUGACCAGUUCUAUGUCGCAUACCUCCUAACAUUUAAUUUGGACAAUGCCGGGACACUUUAAUUUUAUGUGUGAGGGUGUGGCAAGGGGCAGGGCUGCUCUGAGAAAUUGUAGGUGAAUUACUAGUAACAAUUUAUGCAACUAAAAUGUAAUUUUGAAUAGGAACUGAUUUCUAAACUUAUUUAUUGUCGUUUAAAAUCACAUUAAUGUGAGUAUCAACCCCUUAAGGACACAACUUCUGAAAUAGGAAAUUAUGACGGAAAUAUUCCAUCAUCCUAUGGGGUCAAGAAGGAAUUUUUUUCCUAGUUUGUUGCAAAAUUGGAAGCGCUACAGACUAGGUUUUUUUUGCCUUCUUUUGGAUCAACAGCAAAAACAUAUAUGUGAGGAAGGCUGAACUUGAUGGACGCAAGUCUCUUUUCAGCUAUGUAACUAUCAUGUGUCCUUAAGGGGUUAAUGCUGAGGGACUCUGUUAUACACUCAGACACACUAACAGUUUGGAGCUCAAAGAAAAGUCAAUUAGGAUUAAAAAGAGAAACCAUUGGAUUUAGUCCAAAAAUAGGGACUGUCCCUCCUAAAUAGGGCUCUUGGCGGCUAUGCUGUUGUGUUGUGCUUUGAAAUUUCAAAAAUUUCACUUUCUAAAAACAUUUUUAUAAUUCCUUAUUUUUGCUGUACAGAUGAUUAAACUUGCUUUGCCACGACAGCUUCAGCAAGCACGAAAUAGACAUAAUUAAACAUAAUCAUGGCAGUUAGACAUUAGCACAACUUUAUAUGCAAGAAUGGUGCAAGAGAAAUACUAUAGAAAUACACUAGGUGGUAGAGGAUAAGGACAAUUGCAGUAUGGUACUUAUACAAAGGAAAUUAUUUAGACAAAGAGAUUGAAGGCAGUGAAACAUGCUGAACUGUAUACUGCAAAAUAGGGAACUAUUGUUAGAGAGACAAAUUCUGAAUUCCAGCGCAUUCCUGAGUACCUGUAACAUCAGUCCCAUAGCAGAAUGCUGUUAGAACUCAGGGUCCCCCGGCAGGUUGUUGUAUCACAAGUUGAGUAGUGAUCUCCCAGAUGGGAGUAAAGCUUUGAGGGAGUAGGCCGCUGCCUAGAAAGAGUGCCGUAUACCGCCGGUCUAAGUCUUCAGCCCUGAAGCUCUCGACAGGGCGCAUGCCUCCUCCUCCCCUAUAUCUGAGGAUUGUUGCGCGGUUUCACUUGGCAUUAUUGCUGGUGGAGCCUCCUCAUGUGUGCCCAUGUGAUAAGAGAGCUUGGCCCAGAAGUCGACGAACAAGCGAUCUAGUUUCUCAGAGAGAGAGAGAGCAGUGAAGAACUAGUUGUGGAGAUACACGUGGCAUCCGCCAUGGUUGUCAUUGUUGGUCCGGUGGGGAGUUGAGGGGAGAGAGGGGGAGGUUGAAGUGGGGGGAAACGGCAACUUACUCCAGGUGAGUAAGCUGCAAUCAGCUAAGGGAUCGUCCACCUUCAUCGCACUGUCUGAGUAGGCCUCUUGUAGGGCUCAGGGCUAUCCCUAGGAGGAAGCCACCGCCGUUUUCGGUCGAUGACCCUGUUUUUUGAAGGCGCAGUGGUAAACCCCCGUCUCUGGGGCUUGUGAGCAGGCAGUAUUUAGGGCUAUUUUCUAUAAUUUUGGCUGAAUUUGAGCUCUUUAGCAUGGAGCCCAUAUGAUGUGCGACCGAUCAGCGCGGCUGCUAGGAUCCUCCCCAAACAAUUUCACUCUUAAAACAGUCCUAUUCCCUUCUUGUUCACUAUCCAUUCUACUUUGAAUCAGACACCAUAUUUCUGUUUCCAUUGGUAAAGAUACUGCAUAGGCUGUAUACAACUGGAGGGUCAUAAUGAUUGUAGACGUGCCAUCUGAAGUAGGCAUUUGGUCUGUGCCGCAAUACAAACUGCUUAUAUGUUUUAUGAGUGGGCUUUAAAAUACUGUUUGUUCCCCCAAUCAUGGAAAAUUGAAAAGUACUGGUGAAUACUUGGAACACAAAAUUCUGUUCAAGAUGUUGAUUUAUAAUGAGAUCUGUGUAAACCUAAUUGUGUUUAGGGCUUCUUUACAUGCAUGCAUUGCACCUUUUCUUCCUGCUAUGGUUUAUCCAGUAUCCAGUGAUAGUCUUUGUAAAAAGAGCAGCGUGUGUAAUUACUUUUGUACCAUUAUAAUGGCAAUUAUAUUUGAAUGCAGAGACUGACACAAAACAUGUAUUUAUAUGGCUAUUUUUUUUUUAAAUUCUUUUUUUAAUAAGGUGGUUUGAAACACCAUCACAGGUUUUCUACCAUGCGGCCACAGAGCACGGGGGUAAAGACGUAUACCCUGGACAGUGUCUUUGGGAAGGCUGUGAACCCUUUCAAAGACAGAGGUUUUCUUUCAUUACCCACUUACAAGUAAGUUGUUCACAUAGAAGAGCCAGUAAUGGUACUGACAUUUCAGUGAUGUAUAAAAAGAACAUCCAUAUUGAAGCACUGUAAAAAUGUAAUUGUAUGUACAUUGUACGUGUUUGUACUUACAUUUUGAUUUUUGCAACUUGAAAUUUAUUCUUAUCAGGAUAAACACUGUUCGAGAGAAGCUCUGCUGGCAGGACUAAAACUGGAGGAGCAAGGACAGACUGGAAAUCAAAAAACUUCCAAUAAGUAAGAAAUAUAGGACACUAGUAUAGCAAGUAUAAAACUGCAAAUGCAGCUUGCUUUUCAUAUGCACAAUGUGCUGCUUGUUGCCUGCAUGCUCAGACAUCCAAUAUGCACAGGAUUAAAAUUAACCACGGGGGGGGGGGAGGGGGAUGGAGUUGCACCUAAGGCAGCAGAGGGGUUGACACUUAGUAUGUGCAGUGUUUCACAGCGAAGCACUUUUCAUACAGAUUCCAGGCAUCAUGACCAUUGCAAAUUGCUGAAGUAGUCAUGGUGCUUGGAAAAUCCCUUUAAACGCUGAGGGAACUGGUCAAUACAGUACCAUAAGUACAUACCCACUUCUUAAAGGGACAUUCCAGUGCCAGGAAAACAAACCGUUUUCCUGGCACUGCGGGUUCCCUCUCCCUCCCACCCCCCAUCCCAGGAUGCUGAAGGGGUUUAAACCCCUUGAGUGACUUACCGGAGUCCAGCACCGAUGUCCCUCAGCGCUGGUCCAGGGUGAGCCCACGCUCCUCCCCCGCCGACGUCAUGGUGGGGGAAACCGAUUGCGCAUGCGUGGCCGCCGGUGGGGUGAGACCUAAUGCGCAUGCGCGGCGAUGACGUGCACGCGCAUUAGACCUCCCCAAUGCUCUCAAUGCUUCCCUAUGGGGAUUUUAGCGAUGCUGGAGGUCCUCACAUAGCGGGAGGACGUCAGCGACGCUAUAGCACAAAAUCUGUGCUAUGAACCAGGAAGUGCCCUCUAGUGGCUGUCUAGUAGACAGCCACUAGAGGAGGAGAUAACCCUGAAAGGUAAAUAUUGCAGUUUAUGAAAACUGCAAUAUUUACAGUUGCAGGGUUAAGGGUGGUGGGAGUUGGCACCCAGACCACUCCAAUGGGCAGAAAUGGUCUGGGAGUGUCCCUUUAACUGUUAGUGGUGGAGGUUAGAGAAGAUCAACAUUUGUUAGAUGUUUUACAGCUUAUUGCAUGAUGUUUUACAGCUUAUUGCAUGAUGUUCUCAUUGUAUGAGCACAUAGUUUGCCUUAAUAUCUGAAAAGGGGUGAUCUUGAAGAUAUGUAUGGCUGUUUAAUCCCUAAAACAUUAGGGAAAUCAGAAUAUACCUGGCAUAUUUUGUGCCUGGAUUUACUGUCUGCAAUUAAGUACAAAUAUGCUUUUGCAUCAAAUAUUUACCUAUAUGAAUUCUCCUUGUAGACAAUCUGGUGCAAGUGCUUCAUCGACUCCUAGAGCACAGAAGGCCAUUGUGAACCAUCCGAGUGCCGCCCUCAUGGCAUUAAGACGUGGCUCAAGAAAUCUUGUCUUUAGAGACUUUACGGUAAGAUUAGUGACUUGAAGUAAUAGAUAAAGGAUUGCCUUGAGUAAGGGCUUAAGUCUUGUUAUUGUGGCCCUAUCCUGAGCAAAAAUCAAUAAAGAGGCAUGAAACACAUUGGUAUUUAAAAAUGCAAUUUCUAAAAUUCUGUGUGUAUGUAUUAUACAUUUUUAAGUUGUCACAUCCUUGUCUCGUGGAAGUUGUCACUCAACAAGCAAAAGGGUCUGCGGGGCUAGACAAACAGCAUCGUAUGGCUUUUUGACAUAGAGUGGGUUAGCACUGGCAGUACGGUUUAGUUAGCAAUACAUUGCAUCUCCGAAAACAAAUGUGAAUAAUAUCUAAAAGUUUACUAAAUUGUUGUUUCAUUCCUGAUUGUAUAGAUCAUUCUGUAAUAAUGUUAGUAUUUAUUUUAUACAUGCCUUUUAAUAUGUCUACCUCUGAUUUUCUCUUUGAAUUACGACUUUGUUUUGUUUACUCCAUAAAGGAUGAAAAAGAGGGACCAAUCACAAAACACAUCCGAUUAACAGCUGCCUUAAUACUAAAAAAUGUUGCAAAACACUCAGAAUGUGGUCGCAGGUAAGGUUCUAUACAAAUAUUUAUAUUUAUUUCUGAACACAUAACUGUUUCAUUCCUUAAAGGGACACUCCAGGCAACCAGACCACUUCUGCCCAUUGGAGUGGUCUGGGUGCCAACUCCCACUACUCUUAACCCUGCAAGUGUAAUUAUUGCAGUUUUUUUAUAAACUGCAAUAAUUACCUUGCAGGGUUUACUCCACCUCUAGUGGCUGUCUACUAGACAGCCACUAGAGGGCACUUCCUGGUUUCUAGCACAGGAAACCUGUGCUAGAGCAUCGCUGGACGUCCUCACGCUCAUUUCAAUAUAGGAAAGCACUGAAAUGCAUUUUCAAUGCUUUCCUAUGGGGAGUGCUAAGGCGCAUGCGCUGCAUUGCCGCGCAUGCGCAUUCGGUCUCCCCGGCCGGUGGGCAGGAUCAGUCUUGUCCACCAACCGACGCAGUCAGGAGGAGCGGUGGGGGAGGAGGAAGCAGCGACGUGGGACAUUGUCGCUACCUCAGGUAAGUUACUGAAGGGGUUUUCACCCCUUCAGCAACCGGUAAUUGGAAGGUGGGAGGGAGAGGGAACCUGCAGUGCCAGGAAAACAGAUUGUUUUCCUGGCAUUGGAGUUUCCCUUUAACUAAAUGUACAUUGCAUGUUUUGUCUGUAUGUCAGUAGCUUGGUUUUAUUAAUUGAAUUGAAAAUCUAAGAAAGUGUCUGUGUCUAAUAUAUAAAAAAAGAUUAUCUUUUUAGGAUAUAUGUUAGUAUGUAUUUUUUUAAUUUUGUUGCUCAUGUUUAUAUCCAUGUUACCUUAAUAGACACUUUGAUCUUUUCACAAUUCGUAAACAUUUCAGUUAGUAAAUGUGUACAAUUGAAAACAGCACAAUUUUUUGUAAGUUAGAAGAAAGAAAUACAAGACUGAGAUAAGAGAUAUGAGCAAAAAUGUAAAUAAAAACUGAGGGCACAAACACCAGCAGUAUCAAGAGUCUCACUUCAACGACUCCCUCUAAAGGCACUGGAUAGUCCUGUCGUGGGCUGACUGACUGCCUGCAUGCACCUGGACACCCAUGUCGGCAAGGCAUGUAACUGGGCUGUGUGGUCGCGCCAGUGUGUGGACGGUAAGGGUCUCUUCCUCCGUGGGAGAUUCUUCUGGGCUAUUGCCCCAGCAAAGCAGCCCUCACCGUGGUUUACAGGCUUGCGGCUUGCUGUAGCUAACGUGGUACCUUGCGUCUGCAGCUGCCGGUCAUUUCUGGCCCCUUCUUCUGUAGGGGUUGGCGCUUCUCGCUAUUUUGUUGGAGGUGAGCACUUCAGAGGUUGGUCAUAGUUAUCUUGCGUGGUCGGCAGUUGCAGGCACCGGUUUAGUUUGUCACAGAAGUCGUCAAAGAUUCGAUCUAGGGUGCAGGGGUUCACAGUCCAGUUUCCAUUGCUCUCAGUGUGACUUGAGGCGUGUGGAGAGGAUCCCUCUUCUGCUCAGCAAAGCUAGAUCUUAAAGGACCACUCUAGGCACCCAGACCACUUCAGCUUAAUGAAGUGGUCUGGGUGCCAGGUCCUUCUAGGGUUAACCCAUUUUUUCAUAAUUAUAGCAGUUUCAGAGAAACUGCUAUAAUUAUGAAUGGGUUAUGCCUUCUAUCCUCUGUGGGCUGUCUCAUUGACAGCCACUAGGCGCUAGUGCUUCUCACUGUGAUUUUCACAGUGAGAGCACGCGUAUAGGAAAGCAUUGUAAAUGCUUCGACGGGCUGAAUGCUGCAGCUCUUGCCGCGGCAUUCAGCCGGCGGAGAGGAGGAGGAGAGCUCUCCGCCCAGCGCUGGAAAAAGGUAAGUUAUUACCCCUUUCCCCCUUCCAGAGCCGGGCGGGAGGGGGUCCCUGAGGGUGGGGGCACCCUCAGGGCACUAUAGUGCCAGGAAAACGAGUAUGUUUUCCUGGCACUAUAGUGGUCCUUUAAGUUGCAGGAGGGCCCACAAGGCGAGGACUGGGAUCACUCACACCGGUCCAGAAGGGAGGGGGGCGAAUGAGGCCAUUACCAAGUUGCACUAAAGGUUUUGCUUGUAGUCGCUAUUCAGGAUAGUGGGGGGGCAGCAGCCGUCCACCCCAGUCACUAUUUAUGUAGGCCUCAGGUACCAUGAAUGUGUAGCAUCCUUUCAGGGGGCCAAAAUUUGUAGAGCAGAUGUUUCUUCAGUUCCCGCACAACUGUGCAGGCAGGACCACUUUUUCCAGGCUGUAUUAAGGCAGGUUAACGUUUUAAUUUCAGUGUAAAUGCAGGAGCUGAUCGUCUUUGCGACCAUUUAGCAUGGCGGUCUGCCUACCGUGUACAUAUUUUUGAAUUUAACAAAUAUAUAUUUGUGAAAUGUGAAAAAUAAAAUUAAGUGUAAAAAUUGACACCUGUUUAUCCUGCGACUGUGUGCCUCCAUCUUAGCUCCUUGUGAAAGAUUAUAAACUGACAUUUGAACCUGGCAGUCAACAUAAAUAGAGUAUACAGAGAAAAAGAGAAAUUAAACAAUAUUUCUGUUUCUCCUUUUCUUUUCCAACAUUUGCACUGUUUUUGUUAUUUAGACUAUAUUAUGGUGUAAUUUGCUAAAUAUGUAAUGUAAAUUCAAAAGAAAUCAGAGCAUUUCAUAAGCGAUUAACUCAAAUUAUGGCUGAUUUUUAAUGUUUUAUUCAAUGGUAUACAUUCCGUGUAAGUGACCGUUACCCUUUUGCUGAAACAGUGUCAAACUUGCUUUACAAAAAGCAGAAAUAUAAUCUAUGUAUUAAUCUAAUUAUUAUUUGUCCAAAUGUUAUUCCAUCCAUAUAGAAGCGUUAAGAUACUUUGGGUUAUGCACAGUUUAGGUACCCAAGUUUAAAUUUUGGCUGUGAUUCUUUGUAAGCUGUUUUAGCUUUUUUAAUGUUCUUUUUUAAUUGUUCCAUAUUUUUUUUUCCAUUACACAGAUCGUUAAAGAGACAUGAAAAUCAAUUAUCAUUUUUAGCCCUUAGUAAUAUGGAAGCUUCCUCCACACUUGCCAAAUGCCUUUAUGAACUCAAUUUAACAAGUCACAGUAAAGAACAAGAAACAGACUGUGAAAUGCUACAGUGAGGCAUGCCCUUUGUACAACUGGGACUGUGGUAGUCACACAACAUUUCAAGUACUGUUACUGGGGAAAGCACUAAGUCUUAAUGGAACAGAGACCAUCAAUUUCAUCACUAUGUCUCCUCCCGUGUUGCUGAGAGGAAGCUUCACAUUCUGAUCACUGAAUGAAUCCCUUAGUUCUCUGUAAAAAGCAAAAUACAAAAAAAAAAAAAAAAAUAGAAACUGCCAUGGGAUUUUUAACCAGCAGUCUACAGGAUGUCUUUCGCAGUUGAUAUGUCCUGAAGGAAACUGGUGUGUUCAGAAUUCAGUACCAUCCACAUUGGAAUUAACAUGAAAACAUUGUAAAACCUUACAUGAGCAGAUAAAAUAGAAGCAUUAAAAUAUUUUUAUCUAUAUCCAAAAGGAGCACAUUUUUAUAUUUACGGAACUGUUUAAGCUGGUUUGAAUAAAAAAUGUCAGCACAUCUGUAACCCCCUCCCAAUAUUGGUGGGUGCCACCAAUUUCUCGCUCUGGAUUGCGUGUUUUGUUUAGAAAUCAGUAGCUUGGUUUUCUUACUUGAGCCAAUAUAUUUUCACGUAUUUAUUAUCAUAAAAUUUACCAGUCUGAAUAGAUCUUGUAAAUAUUUGUGAAUAGAACACCUUUCAUGCCACUGCAGCCACUGGAAGAAAUACAUUCUGUGGUGUUCUAGGAGAAUUAUAGCUAGGUUCAAAAGUUUUUUAGACUUUUCCUGUCAAUUGUAACUAAUUGUGAUAUAUUCUACGCAGUGGAUGAAUGUUCUUUAAAUUUGUGUAAAUAAUUCUGGAAAGGUACUGAUGCUGUAAAGUCAAAACAGUUUUGUGGAACUGUGAUAUUUUUCCCAUUAAUUUUCUUUUUUUUUUUUUUUCUUCCUGUUUUUUUUAUUUUUUUUUGUAUUAUACACCUUGUUAGAACUCAUUUGCUGGCUGAAAGAGUAUGGAAUAAUAUAUCACAUGUCAUUUUUGUAGAAGAAAAACUAUUUGAAGGUAUUUUUUGGUUUUUCCCUAACAUAUAUCCACUGUAAACGUUUGUCACAGUGCAAGCUCAGAGCUUGUACAGAAUUUUUUGUAUUUGUAAAUUGGUUUAAAUACAUGGAAUUUUAUACAGGUUUUUUCCUGUGUUAUAUUUGCAUUAUGUGCAGGUAUGAUAUUUUCUUCACUACUUUUUCUAUCUUAAUAUAGUGUGGGAUUUUAUUGUAUUAUUCUUCCAUUCUUAAUACUGUACCACAUUCCUGCUCAUAUCCUGCUCACGAGUCCUUAAAUUUGUCCUUCCUUCCCACCCUCUCUCACCUUGGCGUGAAGUGUAUCCAUUUAUAACUGCCUAUUGCCUGUUGUAUUAGCAUCCAAAAUGUGGAAGACCUCCCACCACCAUUUCUGCUGUGUCCGUAGGAUGUGCAGUAAAGAUAUAGACCUAACAGUUUAUGUUAUAGAAUGGCUUUAUUUACUUUGGUGACUGUUUAUAGUUUUUAAAUAAAAGAAUGAACAUUUCCUGGUCUCUUAUUUUGAAGGAUGUACAUCAGAUUGUGUGGCAGGGGGUGGCGGGAUUUAAAAAUUACUGUUUGCCACAUUAAUAAAUAAAUAUAUAAAUGUUCAGUUAAAAUGUAUUUAGCAAAGUUUGUGCAGUUAAUAAUAUUUGAAGAUUAAAAAGUCCAGUGUAUAAAUGAACAUUUAAAAUGACCAGUGGCGUUCAAAUAAGCUGCAUUAUUUCAUAUGUAUGGUACAAAAAGGCAUUAUUGUUUUUCGUUUUUUUUAUAUUUCUGAAAAUUUAAACAACCAUACAUUUUAAGUGUAUUUACAGUUAUUUUUUUUUAUCC